ACAGUUGACUCAGUUGAGCCCGCACUGGCCCGACACACUCACACACUCUCUCGCCUGCUCUCUCUCACACACGCAGACACUCAGAGAGCCACCGUCUCUCUUGCUCUCACUCACUCACAUGCUCUGCUCUUAGACACACACACAUACACACACACACACGCAGCGGCUCGGGCGCUCAGCUCAGUUCCUCAGCGGCGGCAGUGGAGUACAGAGGAGUCUGAGAGAGAGCGAGAGAGAGAGAGAGAGGAAAAGAGAGGACAGGCAGCACGGCGCGGACGUCGAAAGAGGGACACACAGGGAGGGAGAGAGAGAGAGAGUAAGAGAGUAAGGGAGAGGGAGAGAGAGAGAGAGAGAGGAACGGGAGGCAGGGAGAGCUGGAUAGCUGGUGGCUCACUCCCACACCUCAUCUUCACUUUGCUGGGACAGGCACAGAAUUGAUGGUAAGAGACAUUCAUGCUUUUGGCUCAAGUGUGUUUUCUUUAUUUUCUGGACUUUAACUUUAUUAUGAAAAAAUUAUAUUUUAUACAAGUCAAAGAAAAUGACAAUUAUUUCUGUCAUGCUCUCUGACUUGGUUUAUUUAUGCUACAAAUGUAGGGUUGUUUGCUUUAUUUAUUUUUUAAAACACCUACUUUGUACUUCAUAAAAUAUUAUUAGUCGAUGACACAGAUUUACAAUUUGUUUUGAUCCAUAUGUUGAGUGGACUGUUUGCAGUUUCAAGUUUUUAUAACUUUUUCUUUCUCUACUUUGAAAACAAUUUUUUGAACAAGAGUGCAACAAGCCUGUGUAAGAGUGUGUGUGCGUGCGUGUGUGUGUGUGCAUGCUGGCAUGCAGGUGAACAUGUGUGUCAUUCUGUGUGUUUGCAUCUAAGUGUGUAUGUAUUGAGUCCAUGUCCAAGAACAAAAUGACUGACAGAUGGAUUAAAGCAAAAAGCUGAGGCCACUGGCAGCAUCAUGCACCCUCCUCGCUGCUUCCCAUCACCCCCCUCUUCUUUCUUUACCUCCAUUCUCGCUCACCUUCUCAUCAGCCCCCUUCUCACCUCCAUCCUUCACCUCAUCCCUCCUCACCUCAUCCUGCCCCGUCCAGGAGACGAGGCCCCUGAGGAAAUUCUCAGCAAGCCCUCUUUUUCUCUCCCUCUUCUUGAGUAUCAACUUCACACACACCAGAGCUGCCAAGAAACCUCACACACAUCCUCUCCUCUCAACUCCCCUCUUGUUGUUAUCCUUCUCGAGAAGCAGGACAGAAGAAAAAAAAAACCAACAAGACCCCAAAAGAACCCACCUUCACUGACUGUUUUUUCUCUCUUCUCUCCUCCUUCACACACCCACAUCCCUCCUUCCCCUCCCUCCCUCUCUGUCUCUCCCUCUCUCUCUGUCCAAGUCCAAGGAGGCAGAGUUGGAUGUGAGAGGCAGUGAGUGCGACACAGUCCCACAAGAGCCCGGCACAGACCCUGAGCUGCCCAGGCCACCUUCAUCUAAGUCUGACAGACCCACCGGCACCACUGGCGAUAGCAGGAGCAUCCCCUCCAGUAGCCACAGUAGCAGCAGCACCACCAUCACCACCAUCACCACCUCCACCAGCAGCAGCAGCAGCAGAAGUGGUCUGGGUGGCGUUAGCAUCGUUAGCAGCAGCGCUGAGGGAGCAGGCGAAAGCUCUAUGCAGUUCAGCACCAGACCGCCUAGUGCUGAGCAGCCGGGCUUCAUGGGGACAUGGCAGCAGCAGAGCACUGACAGCAACCUCCUCUACAGAAUGUCCCAGCAGGUACGUCAGACUCAGACUCAGCCUCUCACACACUCAGCCUCUCCAUCUCUCACUCCUUUCUCCCUGCAUCUUUUAGCAAUUUCACUUUCAUUCAAGGAGGGGAAACUUUUCUCUCUUAUUUUUCUUAUUUCUUGUAUGUUUAGAUCAUUGCUGUUGUGACUAACUGUGUGAAUAGAGUGUGUUUGUACGUGUGUGGUUAGGUGUGUGAGUGUGCGUGUCAUCCAGGAGGUAGGAGGUCGAUUGUGGUCAGUUAAUCGCAAGUUAUAAUUUAAAUUAAAUGUCUUUACAUUUUUGCCACUUUCCUCCUUCAUUUUAAUGUGUUAAAAUUAAUGUGUGUGUCCUGAUGUUGUUGUCGUUUUACACACACCAUGUCUUCAAGUGUUUCUUUUAAUCUAUUUUACCUGUAAGCCUAUCUGUUUAUUUUAAUUCCACUUACUUCUUCAUUUUCUGCUUCCUAGAAUAAACAAAAAACUGCAUUUUUGUGUAUUUGUUAAAAACACACUUUUUUAACAGAGAAUUUCAUGGUUCAGUUAUUUCACCCUUUGAUGGAUUAUCCCUUGUCCGGCUUCGUUACAUACAUGCUUAAGUCUCCAUAAUUGUUCUUUGGCGGUGUGGAGUUUAAAAGCAAGCACUAGCUGUGUUUUGGUAACCUCAGUGCCGAUAAAGACCCGGGCAGGGGCUCCCCUCUGGGACCGGCUAAUUGACUUCAUGUGGCCGAGGCAGGAAGCCCCUCGCGCGGCUACAGAACAGCAGAGGAGCCGUGAACGAACACAGGCUCGUCUGGAGAAGUAAUGAUGAUAACGGACAAGCCUGCAAGUCUACAUUUCCUCUCGACAUUUCUCGUCUGGAUGUUACAGCGAAUUUGACUCUAGUUUACAACAUUUAAUUUUCCUUCUUUUUAAUUCUUCCACGCUUAGUUUUAGGGGGCUGUUGUGAGUUUCGUGGUUUCGUCUGAUAAAUGUCAAAGAAGAAGAAGAAGAAAGAGAGACGAUGCGAAAGGAUGUAUGUGUGUGCUUUUGUUGUAUGAGUGUGUGUGCGUGCGUGCGUCCGCUGGUUCGCGCGCACGUGUGUGAGGGGGAGACAGUAAAGAUAGAGGAUGGUUGUUAGGGUGCAGUUAAUCAUAGCGGGACCUGCAGGCUCUCGCUCCGUACCAUGCACACGCUGUUACGCACGCAGGCCACAGCGGCUCUUGCGCAACAGCUCUGCCGCGGCUCCGUGUUGUUGGAGAGAAGGAGAAAGUUAUUCUGUCACCUUCACAUCCGCAGGGAUUGGCUUAUUUUAAUCUCAAAGGGCUAACCGUGAAUGGGAAAUCUGAAAUAUGCUGAGAUUUGGUAAUAAUCCGAUGUAACUUUUAGGAACAUUUGUCUGUUUCUUCGUGGAAAAAGAAUCACUCAGCUCUUUACUCAGCCGAAGAAUUUCUGAGUGAAAUAAUUUAUUGCAUUGCUGCACUUAGCGUUAUAUUCUGUCCUUAAAACGGAUGAUACAAACUAUUGAUGAGUAAAUUGAAGCCGGUGAGAGGCAGGUGGAUGGGGCCCCUGCGCUCAGCAUCUACUGGGACCCCAUCCUCAUCCCCAAUCCUUUUUACAAAUGCGCACCGUUGUUUCAAUAUAAUCAGCUGUGGGACUCGAUGUUAUUUAUCCUUCCUCGCACCACUUAGAAGACAUCUUCCCAUGUUUAGUAGCCAUGACAUAAAUUCUCCGAAGGAAGCCUGUUCCUUGACAGACUCGCCUUCUUGGAAUCUAACCGAUAAUGACUUUGUGUUUGCCGAGGCUCGCGCACCCUGGGGUUUUGGAGGAGAGAAAUGCGUUAUGGGCUCGUGUUUCAAAAUCUCCCCACUCUCUCUCUCGCUCCCUCUCCCUUAAAGAUCAACUAGGUGACACGAGGGAUGCGGUAUUUUAGCGUUGUUAGGCCAAAUUAUAUUUCCACCUGAUCGAUGGAGACGCGUGAGAGCUGCGCGCACUGCGCUCUGGACGGAUGCAGUGGGUAGAUAGGGCAUCAUCACCGAGACAAAACACGUGAAAAUAACUUUGACGUGGAACUGUCAAGGCAAAGGUGGAGAAAUGAGAUUAAACUACACUUUAACAUGAAAAAUACAGAUAAUCUGGAGCUUCACAGCAGGUGUCUGAGCAUCUCGGUGCUCAGAUAACAGAGAGCAAUAAAAAGAGAAAAGACAGAGUUUUAAUAUAUGAGGUGAAAUGGUUCAUUAUUUGCUUUUUUUCUUCACUUAAGGAUUUUUUUCCUACAAAAACGAGGCCACAAAAUUCAGCACCUGUCCUACAUAAAAUUUCAAUAAAACAAAAUUUCAAUCGAAAAAAUCCUGUCACCUCAUUCAUUUCCGUAAUAUUUGGACUCUGAUCAAAGGAUUUUGACAUUUUAAUAGUCAGUUUGGGUUUAAAAAAAUCAGAUAAACAUUUUUAGUUAUUUGCAUAAUCACCCGAAUGUCCCUAUCAGAAAUAAAAAAUUAAAAAUAUACCUGUAAUUCAUCCAAAAAUAUUCGUCUCAAGGUGAUUCAGUCACAUAGUAGAGAAACGAAUGAAGCACAGAAUUUUAUGUAUUAAUAAAUAUAAAUCUGACAAAGCUCCUAGUGUUCAGAUUGCACAUAAAUAUAUUUAUAGAGCUGCAUGUCUGUUUGCAGUUGCAUGUUAACUUUAAACCAACGAAAUUAACGACGAUGAAGAUUGUAAAAAUGACUGAGCGAGUAAUUCCCACCUUUGGAGCAAAAAGGCCUAAAUAGGCUUUUAAUCUCUCCAAAAAACUUUAUUUUUUCUUCCUCGUGGACACAUAACAGGAGAUUCACAGCCUUCAAAACCCACGCAAAUGUCAAACGGAAACAACAUGAACAGCAUGCAAUUUAGAUGAAAUCAAUGAAAUGGAUUCGAUAAAUACAGGCUGUUUUCUCAGCUUCCUAAUGUUCAGAAAUCGCUGCACAUUUGACUAAACACUGCGAAGGGGAACUUUUAUAAUUGUUUUAAUGGCGGGAAAUAAAACAAACAUUAAUUAGGAGCUGAAUUAUUUCCCAGCAUUACGCACUGAUAAUAUUUGGAGCCUUAAUUGACCCGCUGCUGUACAUGCGUGCCUCUCUAUAUCGACCCUCGCAAGUUAAAAAGCCCGGAGUUAAGUGAUACUACGAGCCUAAUUGGUUCAUCAGGGAUGAUUCUUUCACAAUACAACAGCCGGAGGCCGCGUCUUCUUCUCCUUCUUCUACUUUUUUCUUUUUCCUUUUUUUUUUUUUUUUUUUUUUUGGACCUAUACUUUCCACUCCGCUUCAAGCCGGGAGAAUGUGGGAACAAUUCAUGGUUAGAAAAGCUCGUAAAAGAAGUGUGCCUCCUAACCUCCACCUGAGGGUCUGAUGCUGCCACCCAGGCUUACAGCAGAGCCCCGGAGAGAGAGAGAGAGAGAGAGAUUAAAAAAGAAAAGAAAGAGAGGAAAGGAAAUCAGUGCAUGUGUUCAGUCAUACUCGCUCUCUAAAACAGCCUCUUCCUUUUCUUUUUGCAAGGGUGCUGUAACGCGGCUUCCUUUGAAGUGCGACAGGUCGACAAUGGGCCGAGACCUGGAAGAGGUACUGUGGCAUCAUGUCUGCUCUCUGCUGCUGCCUGCUCACCUCACACCGAGACUCUUAGACAUCCUCCACAACUAGCACUGCAAAGAAGAGCUUCAUGUAGAGGAGACCAAAAUAGAUCAUAAUCAUAAUAGACAUGGCAAAGGCCUUCUUCUUCUUAAAAUGUUUAGGUUUUGCAUGCUUUGAAUUUUUGUGAUUUUUUUUUCCCCUUUAUAAAUUUCUCUGAAUUUGAGCCCAGAAUUUACUGAGUCUGCAGCAAAUUCAUUUACUCUAAUGUGCAACUCAGAUAUUAAAUAUAAUUUAAACUUUACUAAAAAGAAACAUUUAAAAGAAUUUAAUCAAUUUUAUCAGUUAUUUUUUAACUGUAAUAAAAAGAAAAGGUGUAUACGUUUCAUUCAGAAUUCAAUUUUUUAAUACAAAUAGAACAGUUAAAAAGCAUGCAAGUAUAGACCAUUAAAAUACAUUGGUGUUAUUUAUUAUUAUCAUAAAAAAAGUCAUUAUCGUCUUCUGCCCUCUUCACUUUUCCUUCUGUGUUCCUCUUUUCUCUAAACUUUUUAAAUUCAUUCACAACUCGUAUAACUCGAUUUACCCUAAUUCUUAAAAUACCGUCGAUCAAUCGCAGACUAGAGCUGAUAAAUCUCUGAAUGUGAAUGCAGAUGAUGACAGAUGUUUCUGAAGAAUAACUCGCUCUGCUUUGUUUUGUCUGACUGCAGAGAUGAAGUUGAUCUUAUCCUCCUCAGUGCAGAUCACACACACACACACACACACACACGCUAAUCUGCACAUUAACACACUGAUACACUCGUGGUGGCGAGUGAGUGAGAGAGUGUGCGCACACAUUGUUUUACACUGUGUGGCACAGGCGUGUUGCAUAUGCACUGCUUCUUAACAUGGUGUGUGUGUGUGUGUGUGUGUGCGACUGAGAGGCAGUGAUUUGGUGCAUAUGUGUAGAAUUAUUCACAGUCAUUGAACAUGUGUGUGUGCGUGUGUGUGUGUGUGUGCUGUUACCCUCAACUGUUAUUAUUUCCAUGUCUGUCUUUGAUGGGUCGUUGCACACAGAGCAUAUGGACGCCUAUACGGACAUGUAUCUGGUGUCAAGUGUGUGUGUGUGUGUGUGUGUGUGUGUGUGUGUGUGUGUGUGUGUGAGAGACGCUCAAGUUUUUGUCAGCGUUUGUGUCUGUGCGUUUGCCAUUUCUUUCUCAGAGUGGGUGGCUAAAUACUCAUAUGCCAGUUUCUUUGCGAUUGUGUGCGUGAAAAAGACAGAGCGAGAGAGAGAGAGAGAGAGCAAGCGUGCGCAGUUUUGUGGGUGUGUGUCCUCUCCUUCUGAGUGUGUGUCUCUGUGUGUUGGCUCGGGCUCCAUGUGUGUGUGGGUGCGAGGUGAAGUGUCUCUUGGCUGGCCUUGGCUGGAGAGCUGGAGGAGAGCAGAGGUGAAAGAGGAGAUUUGCAGAAAAGACACGCACCGCUUCCCCCAUUACUACUUUUUCUUCUUCUUCUUAUUUUACUAUGUCUGUCUUUCACUGCUCCUUCUUCUUCUUCUUUUUCUCUCACUUGCCUUUCUUUCCUUGUCCUGCUCCCCACACCUCAACCCUGUUUCCCUCUUUCUUCUUCUUCUUUACAAUCAUUUCCAUCUAACACUCCAUCACCACCGCUGGUCUUCCAAGUGUUAAAACAGAUUUCAUUCUGCAGCUACUGUCUUCAUACGGAAGAAAGGCCUCUUGAGAUUGACACUAUACGACACGGGGGAAUACUUAGGGCGUUACUUUUGAUGUGUUUACAGAAUUAUUGCGAACGUUUUCACACAAAGCAAAUGCCAGAAAGAGGGGAGGUACCUGAGUCCGUCUGCGAGAUCUGGCUCUUUGACCUUGCACCUGAUUGGAGCUACAUCUAAACCGGCUCAGUUCACACCUGCCUUUAACUGUAAACCUGCAGCUGGCUCGCAUUUUCUUUACAGCAAAAACUGUAACCAUAUUGGGCAGUUUAAAGGGUCCAGAUCCCACUGACAGUCCUGAGCAAGGCCACUUUAGCACCGAGCACCUCUCUCAGUCUUUGUGCAUAUGCAACAAUAAUGAUGUGUUUGCUGAAGGCAGCGUUAUUUCGUCAAGACAGAGCUCAGAAACACAGAGUGAGAUUGAGUGGGAAGGUGGCUGCAGCUGCUUGUAUAUUUACUGUAUACGUGUGUGUGUGUUUGUAUGAGUGUGUGCACCAUUAAGAAGCCAUCGAGUUUGAUGGAGUAGGAGGAUGUACAAGGUUUCAUUCAUGCUGUGGUCCCCACUUUAUUUACCCAGGCACCAACGGGGAAGAUAUGAUGUCCACAACAUUUUACUUUCAACUGGUUUUAUAGGUUUUUCUGGAACGAUCACGCUCUGCUUUUUUUUUUUUUUUUUUUUUUAAGUGCGAGGAUUCAUUCAUAUUUUGUGUUUCCCUGUUACGCUGUUUAAUAAUCUUUAAUGCAUAUCCCCGACUCAUCAAGAGUAUACGUUGGUUAAAUCAAUAUCUAUAAUUUUAAUUCUAUUGUUCUCCUUUAGCUUUAGUUAAGUUUCACACUGUGAGACUGCUGAGAAAAUUGAUCAAUACCGCUUCUUAUGCACGCGCCUCCAUUUUGCUUUCUUUGUCUCACCUUCUUUCAAUUUAAAACAAAUUAUACCCCUUAUAUGUUAAUAGUAAAUUUUACUCCCUUAAAAAAUGACACCCCCCCCACAUGAUCAUGUGUGUCCCGGGUCAUGCAAUAACCUCUGCAGCCGUGCAGUAAUGCCCUGCAGGAGCUGCGUUACGGUUAAGCACCGACCCUGACUCAGUGUGUGAGACCCGGGGCCAAGCAGCGAUCAAUAAGCAUCAUGUGAGCAUCACUCACGGGGUCCAUGUCAGCUGUUUCCUGUUUGUCCUGAGGAGACGGCCGCCUCAUGGCCAUGCUAAAAACCCAAAUAAUGAAUGUAAAGACACUAUCAUGAAAGUCAAAAGGCUGUCUUUAUCGCACGUCUGGCGGGGCAGAGCACUGUACAUUUUUUGUGCUAGUGCACAUUAAGCAACGACAGAAAUGCAAAACCAUCUGCUCUGUUUCUUAUCAGAGGGCCGAGGAGUGAAAUGCACAGAGCUGAGUCUUUCCCAGGGACUCCUUUUAGUCCUGUGUGGGUAUGUGUAUUUAAAAAUAAACAAAUACAUUAUGUAUUUCCUCUUGUUGUGCUUUAUCUCCUCUUAUCACGCAAGAAUAAUCAAUACGCUGCUAUUAAUCUGAAUAAAAAUCUCUGCAACAUCUGAGAGAUUUGAAAGAUAUUUACGUUUAAAUGAAAACACGCAUUUGAUUAGAGGUGUUUUAUUUUAUAUAAACGUAGUAUUUAGUGUCGCACUUUACAUUAGUAAUGUGAAACAUGUGAGGAGACCCUUUAUGCAGUAAGAAAAUAGAUUUACAAACAAAGCCAUUCGAUUUCAAGGUUUGGACGCACAGAAAUUUUUGAGUAUUUCUACAUAUUUCUGUUUGGCUUCGUCUGAUUCAUUGAAUAUAUUUUAGCGUCACUGUAAAUCUAGUUUUUUGGAUAUCACCCUUUUGUCUUUCUCUGUUUCUCUUCAUAGUAAUUAUUUUUUUCUUUUUGUGCCAUGCUCUUUAAGUUCUAAGCACUUCUCUUCUUAAUAUUUUUUUUCCUUUUGUCAUUUCCUUUAAAAAACUUAUUUGUCUUUGGUGAGUUUCCUGAGGCGGGGAGAAUUCGCCGGUGUGAAAAGGAAGCGUGUGUUUGAAGGGCCAGUCGCUCAGGAUGUCACCACCCCGCCACUGGUUAAUGAGGGGGACAUGAGCACAGGGCCAGGGCAGCACACACACACACACACACACACACACUCACACUCACACUCACACACACUGUGACACGGCAGGAAUGCAGCAGCUGUCACCAAGGUCCAGGCAGUUAUGAAAGGGCUGAAGUAUUUUUGUGUCCUCACUGUGCGUGUGUGUGUGACAGUGUGUGUAAAGUGGCAGUACCGGGGGUCAGGAGGGUGUUGAGUGCUGGGAGGGGCUCGCACUUGCUUUGGUGACCCAGAGAUUGCCACCGGUGGAGAGGAUCAUCACAUAUAACUGACUAAAGUGGAGAAAGAGAGAAAGCGUCAGAGCGAACACACACAUACAGCGCAGUGUCCUGUCUUAUUUUACGACCUGUCCAGAUGGCAGACACAUUGUUGUGCGAGGCCGCUCUUUCCCGUCCUGCAUGUAAAGGAAGGUGACAUUAGGUGUGACCUGCGCUAAGUGACAGGAACUUGGGCAUACUUUCACCACGGCUUCUCCCUUUUCCUGUUAUUUCUCAGCUCCUGUGAUUUUGUUUUCUUUGGAGCAGCGCCAGCACGACGGGCAAAUCGACAGCCUACUAUUUUUACAUCCGUCUUAAGGACCCCUGUCUGCUCACUCUGCCUGCCAAUUUGCCCCAUCAGCAGAGGCAAAAGAAGCUGAAGAAGAAGAGCUCUCAAGGCUCUGAGUCUUUCAUUUUUCUGUUGGCAGUGUGGCUAAUGCUGUCACUGUUAUUUGAAAAAGCACUCAGGCUGAAUUGCUAUCAUUAUUGUUAAAGCCAUCAUCAUCAUCAUCAGGCUUAUUUAUGGUUAUGUAUAAUCAUGGUAAUUUUGUCCAGGGCUCACAGUUGACUCUCUCUUUCCCCUGCUAAUCCUACAUGUACUGUGGAGUGUGUGUUUGUUUGUGUUAGAUGUGCUGGCAAAUUACCAAAGCAGAGAAAAUGGGUUUCCAACAGGUAACAGCGAUUUUAUGUCUGUAGUUCGCAUGUGAGGUGAGGAGAGCUUGCGUGCACACAGGCUGGAAUAAACGCAGCGUCUCUCGAUGUGUAUGUUGAACUCUGUAGUUCAUAAAGAGAAGAAGAAGAGAGGUUUUCUCCACCAUUUUUUCAUUUCUUUCUCUCGGUCUUUCUCGCUCUCAUGCCGUACUCUGCGUCUAUCUCUCCGUUCUUCUCUGUUCUGUCUCCAGCUUACCGUGGAGAUUUGAUUGCUAGAGGCCCAGGGAGGAUUUUUAGGGAGGUUCUGGAGAAGGGAGGCUAGUGGUACAGGCUGUGGUAGGCUUGGAGCCAACUCACACGCACGCACACACAGGGAUUUUCAGUCCUACAGGCAUAUAUACCAGCUUACACAAACUCCUAUCAUGUCUUUCCUCUAUGCAGAUUGUGGAAAUUGCCCGCUCACCGUCAUGUCGUUUUAGCCCCCCGAUAAAAAAAAAACCUUGAGAUUUAACUCAUUAGCUACUUUUCCUUGUGUGCAAAGUGUUAAAGUAACAUGUGUAAGCAUUUGUUUGUGCUCUCUGCUGACUUUGUAAAGAUGUUUGCGCUGUUGGAUUAAUAACAUUUAAUGGCCACUGUUAAAUGCAGCUGCCUUGGCAUCCCACAGCUCGUGUUUUUCUGGCAAACUGAGACUCUGGGUGGCUCUUGUUUUUGUGGGGAUGUGUGGUGUGUGUGUGUAUGUGUGUGUAUGCCAUGUGGUGAAAUACCACAGUGUGUGUGGGCUGGGUGGAGAAGGCAAAGUGUGUGUUGUCACUGGGCAUACCUGUUCAUUUAAAUGUAAACCCGACACACUCGCUCUGAACGGCGCCUCUCUGCGUGUUGGCCCACCACAUAUUGAGCAGCAUUUCACUUCACUUUCUAACAAUCUAUAAUGUCAAUUAACUCACAAAUGAUCUAAUUAGCCCACUAUGAUACACAUCAAUCGGUAUGACCCUGUCUCUAUGGCAACCAGCCAGGGGUAGAGGGUCAGCAUGCGUGACCUCUGGCACCGCACAGUGUUGGCCGCUCGCCUCUUGUGACAUUUAUUGUGCAACCGAAGUGACAGCUGAGCCUGUUUAGAAACGGGACAAAGUGAGAAUUCUUGUAGCUCUGUUUUUUUUUCGGCUGGUGCGAUUUUGUGUUGUCGACACACAAACGCACACUCGCACAAUCAUGCGUGGAGGCAAGAGUAAAGCCACACACAAACACGUAUGCACUCAUGUCCUCUUUGUUGAUGUUUUCUCUGUAAAUGGCCUGAGCUGCCUCUUCCAUUGUCGGGAAACACACUCAGCGAUAAGUGCUUUGUUGGAGCACCAUCCGCUGCAUGAUGUGUGUGAAUCUAACUGGCAUUUAAUAUUUCAUGGCAUUUAAUCCAUUUGCUAUGUUUCCUCCAAACACAAAAAAUAAAAAUCUGCAGCUUUUGUUUCUUUUAUCCAGGCCAUUACCUCGCAGCUUGUUGAUCAGUUUAGAUUUGUAAAGGCUGGCGACUUGGGAUUUAUCACCCAGAUUUACUGCGAUUUUCAGCACCAGCAUUCAGCUAAUAAAUUUAGCAUCUUGUUUGAGGCUUAAACGGGGCCUCAUGAGGGCAAAGGUGAUCCUUUGUGCCUGAUCAAUGGGCGGCCUCAUAUAACUCAAUAACAUAAAUAAUAAAAAUAUCAUAGGCCAACGGCGUUGAGAUUUAUUGCAGGAAAAGCAGUGAAAUAAAAGCACUUAAAGAGCAGUCAAGUCUACAGGAUGCAGCGGCAGAGAGAGAUAGUGCAUUAUGACAAAGAAGAGGAAAAGGAGCCGACAGCUCGAGCAUCAGUCAGAAGGUGAGGUGGAGGCUCUCUCCAAGAUCAAUUGGUAAUAGGCUGAAGUCACAGAGGCGAUUAGAGGCGUCGACUUGCCUGUGUUGUAAAUGCUGUCAGAUCUGUUAAAGGAAGCCUAAUACCUCUCAGGUUGAAAGCUGUAAUAACAUCAACUGUAACUGGAUCCGCCGGGAAGUGCAAGUGAGUCUGUGUGUGCGUGCAGGAGUGAGAGGAAAAGGAGCGGGAGGAAGGUGCAAGAGUUUCAUUGUGUAUGUGUGUGUGUUUGUGUGGAUGUGUGUUGUAAAGCAGCAGCAGCAGCAGCACGCAUAAAAGGCAAGAGCCGCAGGGUUGCUCCUGGCAUUUUUUCGGCCACCAGAUGCCUGUCACCGCUUUAAGAAAAAAAAAGAGAGCAAGGGAUGAGAGAGGGGAGGAGGACAAAGAGGAGGGAAGAGGAGAAAAAGAGGGAGAAGAGGAGGGGGGUGCUGCUGUUCAAAUCAUGUCACGUAGCGCUAAUUCAUCCAGCCUCAUUAGAGAAAGGGAAGGGACCAGAGGGCCUCUCUCAGGACAGGGCCCCGGCUCCAACACACACACACACACACAUAUACACACAGAGCCACUCGCAGAUAUAUGCAAACACACAUUGUCUCAGUUUUUCUCUGGCACAUACUUAAACAUUUCCCUCUUCCUCACACACACCAACACACACACACACACACACGUACAGGAUCGUACACAGAUGACACUGGCACAUGGCGCAGUGCGGGGGCAGUUUGGGGAAUAGAAAAUUGCCUUCUCAGGAAGGCCCCGGCCAAUUAAGGACCUGACCGUAUUGAAUGUCAAGUGUUAAUUUGGGCCCCCCCUCCUCCUCAAAACCCCCCACCCUCACCCUUCAAUUUCCCAGCAGUGAUGGGGGUGGGAGGGCGGGGUUGUAUGUAUGUGUGUGUCCCAGAGAUGAGCAAAUACAUGUCAAGCCAAAGUUGAUUGCCUGCUCCGUAUUAUGUGUCACAGGCAAGUGGCAAAUGCGCUCCCUCCUUUUAGCCUUUCGCGCAAACCCCUGAGGGACGCCACCGUGGAAGGAGGAGGAGGAGCGGGAGGAUUAACUGUACCGGAGUGAUAAGAAUGGGGGGUUUUACACCAGGGAAGAAGGAGAGGGAGAGGAAGAGAGAGAAGGAGAGGACGGAGGGGAAGAGUGAAGGGGACAGAGGAGGAGAGAGGGCGCAGGGUUUGUUUGAUCUCAAAGGACUGGGUGGUGACUUUGAUAGUCUUUUAAUUGCCUUCAUUUUCACAGAGGUAAUGUUUUUUUUGCAACAAGAGAAAAUCGUUUCAAAUAGAAAGUUUCUGAACUUUAAAGAGAAGUUUGUUGGAGACAAACUUUAGGAGAAACUUUAAAAAGCUGUCAACGCGACGUCCAUGUGUUACACGCACACGCGUUUGCACAGUUCAGGGGCAGACAAGGUUGUUUGUGAGUCGGGCUGAUGGUAAAUGCCCACCUCCUUACCUCCAUGAUCUAAUAGACAUCCACUUAGUCUUAAUGGGCAGAUUCCCUUUCUCCUCUCAUGAUGACUGUUGCACUCUUUAAAGGUGGGACUGCCUGCUUGUCUUUCCUACCACCCCCCUCCCCCUCCUCUAUCCCGUGUAUCUCAUGUUCACUACCUCUCUCCCAGGAUAGAGGGGAGUAUUUCUAACUAAAUAAAUAUUAAUGCCUCGCUCACAUUCACAACAAAGCCGAAGCCAAUUCUCCUGCUUUAGCCGGCCCUCUGGCUACAUGUUAGUCAAAGGCCUUUUGUUUUACAUUCACAUCGGUGUGUUUUACAUAGAGAUGUGUGCGUGCUUAUGCGUUUGUGUGCUGUGAUAGUAGUGAUGUUGUGAAAUUGAAUAGAGAGGGUGAGUAUUGAUUAUUUCCCCCUGUGUGUUAUUAGUGCCUGCUGCUGCUGACAAAGAGAGCAUGAGCCACCUGCACAAACACAAACCGACAAACACACACAUGCACACUCACACACGCAGGAACGCGGUAUGUUGUUUUCAUGUUUUGACAACCGUAAUGUAUCGCUUCAACGAGAGGAAAGUAUACUUUCCUGCUGCAUAAUAUUUAAUGGAAAUAUCAACGUUAUUGCCGAGAAGAAGUGGUGGAAACCUGUAAAGUGUAGCUCCUGUAGUGUUAUGACGGAUCGGGUUAUGUGUCACUGACUUAUAUGUGUCAAGGGUCUUUUCAAAUAGGCUCAACUUUUUGUACUCCCGGCUCACACACACAUUCAUGUUGUUUUAUUAUUACAAUCUGUUUUUUCAAUCUCCUGUAAGUGAUAACAUGUUGGGAGUUCACGGAGGUCACUGCCAAGUGUAAUUCAAUCUGUGAUCAGUGAUAUCCAAACAGGCGUCUGUACGGGCCUCCAGGGCCGGAGUUGGGAGAGAAAGUAUGCUAAAGCCCAGGCUAAGUGCUCUGUCUCCGGGUAGAUAGUGAUGUCUGGCGGGCCUCUGGAGCUCCAGUGGUCAGCCAGGUCUAAGAAGUCUGUCAAGGCCUAAUUGAUCACCCUGACCUGGGGAGCUGAGGACAAAAGGAGAUGGGGGUGUGGAAGAAUGCAAUAGAUAAAAGCUAAAGGGAAAAUAAAAGAAAGGAAAAAAGAAGAAAUUGUGCGACGGGUGGCUUAAUCUCUCUGGACUGGCCAUUUUUCCCCUCCGGAUGAUAGAUAUCGUAGGCCUAGUGCAUGACACAGAUGGAUAAUACAGGCGUCUGGGGUGAUAGAGUUAUAAAUUAACACAUUACUGGACCUUAAUGUGGACUACUGUGGAUGACCACACACUAACAUCAUCAGCCCCUCCAGGCGCACACACUUGCGCACACUGAAAACGCACACACACAUACACGCCUACAGUCUCAGUGAUGCGUCUCGCUGAGCUCAGGGUGUGGAUUGUACUCCUCAAGUGGCAUUGAUUUGUUAAAGUGCUGAAUUAGCAGAAGAAGUCCAGCUGCUGGCGCUUCUCUACUUUCUUUCUUUUUUCCCGUGUUUUACAAUUUCACACUCGUUUCUCUUCUUUCACUCCUUCCUUGUUGCUUAACUCUGCAUGCACAAACGCUGAUUUUUCCUCUCUCUCUCUUCCUGUCUUCUCGCUCUCAGAUUGUCUCACUUCUUCGCCCAAAAUCUCUUUCUGCUCAGUCACAAGUGCUCCUUCCAGCGGCUCUGCUCUCUGCUCUGCUUGGUUGUCCUGGCAAACGCCUGUUUCUUUUUUUUCCUCUACAUUUCUGUGUCCAGCUGGAAGGUUUCACCUCAAAGAACAGUUGGUUUUUCUCUCCUUCUCCUUGUGGCCCACACAAUACUGCCAGCCAAAACUGUUAUGUCCCCGACUUUGAGACUGGAAGGGAAGUGGUCUGUGUGUGUGUCUGUGUGUGUUAGUGUGUGUGCGUGUAUAAAUGUGUGGCUAGGGAUUGGUAUUUAAUAGCCAGACAUACAGAAGAACUAAUAUCCAGAGCAGCAGUAGCCUGCACAUUGUAAGGCCACACACAGUGACAAGGUCCCGCUCAGGCUGCUGCGUUUAAGACUCAUGCUUUUCCUGUACAGCAGAACAUUGGCCGAUACAUGAACAAGCUAACCACGGCAAAUUCCAAUAGUGUAAAAGAUCUUUUAGGACAAACGAGUACCUCUGGAAACACUGUACAGUUAGGGUCAGCGGUCCCACUGUCUGCUGAGUGUGUAGUACAGUGUUGUACCCGGGCUUAUGAGUUGGACAGACGAUCUGCUUUUUUGACUCUGAGUCAAGGCCUCUCGCCAAAAGGUGCAGAUUUGUUAGUGUCUGCUCCAUUAUCACCCAUCACUCUCAGAGUUUGUUUUGUGUGUGUGUGAUUGUGUGCAGGAGGAGAGAGAGAGAGGAGGAGACAGAGAAAGCAGAGCAAAAAAGACUGUCCCCUUCUUGCUUGCUUGCUGUGGUCCAGCCCAAACAGUUACCAUCUGGUGACCAGGGACUGACCCUUUUCUGUCUCACAUACACAUACGCACGGACGCGCACACACCGAGCGCCGGACUGCAUCCAAGUGAUGAGUGAGUGACCACCUCAUUCCCCCCCUACCUCCCCCACAGAGAGUCGGUCCCUGCCAGACUUCCCAGGUCCCUCCCCUUGCUGCACAUGAUUGGUCGAUGAAAGGUUGAUGGGCGACUGAUCUGUCCUCAGCUCCAAUAAAAUGCUCAAUAAAGCGCUGCUUCGGGCCCUGACGGGGCUAAUAGAAAAACACCUAAGAGGAAGAAACACCCAAACUCAGGCACAGCACACACGUGUGCACACAUGUGAAUUAAAGUGGCCCAAAGUAAAUAUAUAUCCCCUUGGUAUUUUUGCAUUUUUUAACUAUUUGCUCUUCUUAUAUUUGCUUGAUUUAUUUGGGGAUUGUUGAGCUGCUGCCACAGUAACAUCUAGCAUUUUUCUUAAACUCAUAAAUCUACUUUUUUCCUGGUUCACUGUGACCGUGUUAAAGCCAAAACAGCCUAAUUUAAUGAGUAAUAAAAAAAUCCCCAUUUAACAAUAGAGAUAAUAAAUAUGCAGUGAUGUUGAUGCAAUAUCAGUUUUUUUGGUAACAGUAAUUCUUGGUCUUUAUGGUUGCUAAGACAAAAAUAAAACUAUCUGAACACAUGGCCACGGACUUUAGAAAACUCUAGUGGGCUUAUUUCACUUACUCCUGACAUUGUUUUGGCACCAAAAUUCACUUGAUGACUCAAGAGAGCAAUUGGCAGAUAAGCCGAGGAUGAAAGUCGUUGUCAGUUUUAGGAUCCAGUAGUCCGGUGGAGUACGAAUAACUACAGUCUCGUAAAUAAAAAGUAUACAAAAUAUGAUUCGUACUGCAGGCCCGUCUUUUUGUGUGUGUGUGUGGUGAUGCACUACAAGAGAAACGGAUGUGUUUGUCUGGUGUGCUCGGGUGACAAAAUGUGAGCAGGGUCAGAGGCAGAGAAGAAGUGACACAUGCAUCACAGGGUUGUGAGAUGCCAGGGUCACAACAAAGGUCAGUGUUGCUGUCCAGAGAACACACACACUCAUGUCGAUGUGUGUUUUUGUGUGUGAAAGGAGUGACGGUCCCUUUGAAGGAGACUAGCGGUUGAAGUGAACCCAACCUCUGCUUCUCCUGGUGAGUGUUGCAGCGGGGAACAAGGAUUCAGUGGAGAGCAGGUCGCAGGCAGGGAAUAAUGGCUGUGGGAUGUUGUGACAGCAGUUUUUUUCUUUAGGUUAAACACAGUGCAAAGAGGGGGAGAAAGAAAAAGCAGGAGAGGGAGGAUGUGGAGAGUGUUGGGAGAGUUACCGCGUGAAGAAAAGAGAGACAGAGCGUUGAAGAGAAACCGAGUGAAAGCACAAGUGGAGCAUCUCAGCAAGAAAAAUACUUUAAGUGAGGGAUAGCGAGCGGAGAUUGGGAGGGGGAUGCAGCCGGGGGACUCGCUGAAGGAGGGAGGAGGAGGAGGGCGAGAGAGAGGGGAGCAAGGGAGCGAGUGAGCGUCCCUGGCCUGAGGCUGAUGCAUUGUGACAGUCACUUAGAAGGAUUUCACUUCCCCUAAACUGUGGCUCGCAGGAAGAAACACCCUAAGUUGGGACAAUUAUGGGCUGAAGGAGAUAUGACAGGACACAUGCAGAGUGAGCUGCAGAGGGGGGACGGGGUGAGCUGAGGGGGGUGUGAAGCAAAGAGUGUGUAUGUGCAUGUACUGUGUGUCUUGCCUUGUGUGUGCGUGGAGAACACAAUCAUAUCUUCUGCCAGGCUGAUCUAUGCAUGUACUGAGCGCAUAUGCCGUCCAAAUACUGUGUGUUUGAGCGUGUGUGUGUAUCUGUGUGUGUGUGUUUGCCUGUGGGGGCCAAUGAGGGGUUUUUGCUUGGUGCACGCCAUGUCAGGGAGAGCCGGCGUCUCGCUCCUCAAGGUACCGUAUGUUACCACUCUGCCUCCCUCAUUCCUGUGCCUCAUGUGUGUAACUUAACCUGGUGACGGAGGGAAGGAGGGAGAGACAGAAAAACUGAGGUUGGAUUAAAAUGCUGCCAAAAACAAGCUCCAUUUGUUCUGUCUUUUUGUUGAUUCAAUUUCUCACUGAGAUUUUUCUUUCGCUAUGAUAAUGUUGAAGUUUUCUGUGUCCUUGAUAAGAGUCCCGAAAAGUUCCCUUUUUUUGCUGCAGUACAUUGUAUUUCCCCUGUGCUGUAAACUGUGCCAAGAAUGUCACUGUAAUUUGAGCGUAAGUGGAGUCCAAGAAUUACACUUUUUCUGUUUCAUUGAGUCGUUUUGCUUUCAGCGCUAUUAUGUCCUAAGUGCAAGGGAGGUGCUGGUGAAAUUGUCUGUUUUUUCCCCCUCUGGAUUGUGCCUUUUUUUUCUGCAUGGCACCUACUGUUGGAGUUCACCUACUCCUAACUCUUCUUCCAUUUGUUUGUCAGUGCAAUUAAUAAUGAUGACAGCAAAAAGGGGCUUUCAUUUUGGAAAGAAAAAUCCACCAGAAAGCCUCUGUUUGGCACAGUCUUUCCUCAGUUUUCAUUAGUUAUGUCAUCAAAGUUAUCCUAUUUGUUUUACAGUUUUUUGAAAGCAUAAUUACUUGAGCUUAUUCUCAAAGAAACAUGGUGUUUAUAGCUUGAGUCCAUCCUCUUUACAAAGUCAAGGCCUGUAGAUUUUUUAAACUCAAGAUUUUAGUCCUUAAGCAAAAUCUGUGAUGUAUAACACUGCAAAGCUAAAGAUGAAGACAUUUUGAUGAUAAUUUUCUGCGCAACUUGCCGCAGCCACAAAGACACACUUCUCCCUGAAGUGGUGUAUAAGCUCAGCCUCAGUCCUCCGUCCUCGCCCUGCUCUGCUCCCUCCUCAUCAGUAUGGCAGUUGUGUUUGCUGAGCUAGCUUUUGAUAGACUUUCGUUCGGUUCGGUCAUCUGAGAUUUGGUAUUAGCUCCGUUUCUCCUCUCUCCCUCUCUCUCCCGCUCUCCCACCCCACCUCUCUCUCUCCUGUGGGUAUUAUUCAGAUGUACCUUCAGACUGUGCUGGGAGGCUGUGUGAGGGAGUGAUGGAGGGAUAGACGGAGUGAUGGAGGGAAGGAGGGGCAGGCUGGGACAGAGGUUGAGGGGUAUUAGACCCUUGCACACAGCUGGGACCCCGACUAUCAAAGAGAUGGUAAUGACCGUCUGCUAGCAUUAGAGGAGCUGGGAUGAAAGAAUGGCCAACAAACCCACUGAGAGAGGAGAGUUUGGCACUCUGUUGAGUCUGAACACAUGACCAACACUACCACUGCCGGCUGUCACGUCUGAAAAACACUUUGUUGGAUACAUCUAGUUAAACUUGGCAAAAAAAAAAAAAAAUGGAAAAAAUUGGGAAAAAAAAACAAAACAAAAAAAAAAAACGGGGGAUUAAAUUAAUGAGACUUUAAAAAAUCGAGUUGUUUGUCUCUUUUUCAUACGGUCACCUUAACUUCAUAGGGUUUAAACGGCCAUUAUAAUUACAAGGUUUUGGCAUUUAGGAAGUCCUUAAUGUCAAGCUUUAUUUCCUCAGCCGUACGUCACUUUCUCACCCAGAUCCACUGCAACACCUUCAAACCAAAAAAGUGCUUUAAAAAAAAAAGAGCUAUUUCUGGUCUGAACGCCUCUGAACUGUCUUAAGCAAACAAACACACACACACACACGCACACAGUUGAACUUAUGCAAGAAGUUUUGUUUAUGUUUAAUCACGAGAGGCUGGCCCUACCCUUGCUUAGCCGAGCCCACGUCCUGACAGUUGUUAGCCUGUAGCUACAAAAAAGGGCUGCUUCCCACUCCUUAGUGCCUAUUACCCAUAGCCCCUUGCAGCAGUCAAUACCCGUGACAGAGGUCAAGAAGGGUUGUGGGCUAAGCACUUCAUCGUCUGCAGAGUCAAUAAAGGAUUCAUGUCUGUCCACAAUGACCCUUAUAGUGAUCUAUUAAAGCGAGACAGCACUGUGCAUGUGUUUGGAGGUGGUGUUUGAGGGGAGAUUACCAGUCAGCAGAUUAUGAUCCAUGUUGUGACACGCCAAAGCUUCUCUCAAAGUGGAUUGGAGGAAAAGAAAAAGAUUUCUUUACUGCGCAUCUCCGCUAUUUACAAAGGUGCAAGCAGGGACAGCAGCACACAUAUUUUUCUGGCCCUAAGUCCAUUUUCACCACUGGUAGCUGACUGCAGCUCUCCACAAAGUCCAAGCAGGCUUAAAUAAUUUAUCUCCUCUUGCUCUCCCUCGAUCUCACGCUCUCGCUUCAUGUCGCUCUCUGUUGCUCCCUCCCUCCCUCCCUCCCUUCUCACCCCCUGUUCCUCUUAGCACUUGCUUCAUUUGUUUGCUUUGAGGAGCUAAAUCUUGUUUGCGCGUAUUAAUAAGUCAAGGCGGAUUAUCCCCCCCCCACCCCACCCCAACACUCCAGCCUCGUAGCGUCCUCGCCCCUCUCUGCUUACACUGUGUUUGCGGCCGGGUGGCUCUGUUUGCAGAAUGCCCCCCUCCCACCCCUCCAAUACCAGAGAGGCCCAGUGUGCUAGGCUAAUUAGAUUAAUUCCGAUGCCUGUAAUGAUUGCUCGCCAUCUAUUUUUAAUGACUGGUGCAUAUCAAAGAGUAGUAAAGCAUGCUACCAGCGAAGCCUGCCCUCAGUCCCCCAGUGUGUUAGACACUGUAGGGGGCACUGGCUUACAGCGUUAGCAUAUUGCCAUUGUGUGUUUGGCUGUGUGUGUAUGUGUCUAAUGUUUGUGUCACAGUAGGCUAAAAAGGAACAUGUGUUCUGUUUGGCCUCUGCCUGGCCCCCCGAAAAAAAAAAAACAAAUAACACACAAAUAAAUAAAUUAGCAUUCACUCAGCAACAUGACAUUGUGAUGUUUUUGUGGUUGAAAUAUGCAAACUUCCAGCUGUCUGUUGCUAACACACUUUUAUUUUGGGGGGAACUGGAAAAUAUAAUAGACAAAGGGGGUUAGGUCAUGAAGGAAAACAGAUGCAGAACUAAUUUUAAAUCUGCAUAAAGUAAACACUUUUACCUUUUUUUUUUCUUGCACUUUUACUCCCAACUGAUGUGUCUUUUUUUUCCCCAAAAAACACAUCCUGUUUUCCCGGCUCCUCAUGUAGUAAAUCAAAAAGCAACCCUUCUUCAGAGUAUGUCAUUAAGCAUUAAGCCAUGGCUUACACCUUGCCAUCCCCAAGCAUGUGUGUUCAUCACCCCUCUUUAUGCAUUUGAGAUGUUGCUCAUCUUUAAUGGAUAGAUCUAGGUCUUUUCUCUCUUUCUUCACCCGUCUGUCUCUUGGCCCUGUAAAAGGGCGUAUAAAUAUUUGAGAGGCGAGUGGUUCAAAAGUGGGGAAAAAAGGGGCGUUUAACGGAGCCAUUUGGAAACACAAAUCUGAAAUGAGAGACUGUGAAGAGUAAAGGAGGAAUGAAAGGAAGGGAGCAACACCAUGAGGCAAGAGCCAGAAGUCAUUCAGAACAAGAACUCUAACAAGAAACGAAUCUCCCUCUCCUCUCUUCUUCUUCUGCUCCUACCUCUCACGCUGAAUAAAUACGUGCAACUUAAAACACACACACCCAUACACAUGGGGUAGAUUUCCAUAAAAUAUUAAAGGAGGUGUUUCCUGUAAUUAUAGCACUGUUUGCCUCUGCCUCAAAGCCUGAUCUGUAAUUAAACAGGAUUGCACACGCACAUGCCAAGGUAAAGCACGCACAAACACACCUCCGAGCCUCCAGACACACACACACACACACACACACACAAAGAAAUACACACGGACGGACACACUAAGUGAAGUGUGUGUAGAUCGCUUUAAUUCAUCCUCUCUCAUAACACAUGCUCAAAUUUGCACACACGCGCACGCACACACACACAGAUACUCAAAGGGCUCAUUCAUAGACAAGUGCUCAUAUGCAUCAAGGCUUGAGCAAAUACACACCUUGCACCACCCUCAUCUCUCUCUCUCUCUCUCUCUCACACACACACACACACACCCAUCUUAACUUCCACAAGGUAAAAAAAAAAGACGUUCUGUAUUACGCUAUCUUUCCCAGACACCCUAUUGUGAUGUUAUCUCCAUAACUAUCCAUUUAUUGAUCCACCUCCCUUCUUCCUCCUCUUUAAUUCUCUCUCCAUCUGCCCCUCUCCACCUCACCCCCCCACCCACCCAGCCCUUAUCUAAUCUGGCUAUGCCACUAAUGGCCGCCAUUCCCAACCAUGAACAAGUGCCAUAAUGUGCUCUGGUAAGCCGUUAUGAUGUGAAAUGACCCUAUUGAUUGGCUUGCAUCCCCACUGACAAAAAAGAAGUGGCGGCAGUCACUUAUUACUGUUAAUGAGCUGUGGGAUGGGCCUUAAGUGGCACGGCGCUCAUACACACUUACACACUCAUACACAAACACAUGCAUAUGCGUACAAAUGCAGACUUGCACGGUUAGCAUAAUUGUGGAGGCAUUAUUCCUACCUGUCUGUGUCCCGCCACAUUUCAGCUCGUUAGCGAUGGGAGGUCCCACCGUGUGGGCUGGUGACGAGCUUUUAAUGGCCGCCACUUGGCAUUGUCAUGUCGCGUUUUCUAUGACUUUUUCAUCUGUUUCCUUUUUUUUGCAUCUGUUGUUCACACCUGGUGUGGCGUGUAAUGAAGAAAGCAAAAGAGCGCCACUUAGCCUGACGAAUGAUACAAGCUUUUACUUUUUGGGUUAAGUAUGUUUGAGCACAGAAGCCCAGAUGUGAGCCCAUGUUGGCUGUGUAAUAAAGGCUGUAGCAGCAGCGAGUGUAAUGAUGGCCAAAACAAAACUGGGAGGUUUGGUGAGACAGCAGCGUGUCAAGGCCACAGGCGUAGAUCUGACUCCGACACUCAGAGUGCAUGCCAAGCUGCCUUAUGAAUGAGGGGAGUCUUUUCCUUGCUUGUGUGCCUGCGCAUUCACAGUCGACGCAUGUUUUCCAAGCUGGCAGAGUCUCCUGGGGAUAAUCCAUGGGACACAACCAAUCAGCCGCAGUGCAUGUGCGACACAUGUUUUUUUAUUCAAUCUUCUUGUCUUUUCAUCUUCCGCCACCACCAGAACGCUUCCUGCUAUUUUCUUCCCAGCUCGGGACAAACGAAUAACAGAUGUGAGAGGUUGGAACGUACCCUUCCCCUCCACCUCUCCCCUUCUCCUCCUCCUCCUUUGCUGUGACUCGUCUGUGACAACCUUUGCCCUUUCACUCUUUCUCUCCUCUGACUCUUUCCCGCUCUUUUGUUCCCCUGAAGUCUACCCAUCCCUUGUCCGCUAUGUGGGGACACAAAGCUGCACCCAUCUCCCACCCGCUCCCACUGGAUGACUGUGUCUCACUCUGAGAUAGCAUUUUCCAUUUUAAUGCUUGUGAGUAUGACCUGGAUAAUUUUAGUGUACAUGUGUAGACAGGUCCCGGUCCUCAGGGUCCCCCCCAUCUACGCAGUGAAUCAUGGAUUUAUUUAAUUUACGGGAAUGACAAGUCAUUAUGGAUUUGAAGAAUAACUGUGUUAUACAGUUUCUCUGGAAGUUCAUUGAGACAAAUCAUUUAUCCCAGAGGGGUUGAGAUGGGGAAGAGCUACAGAAAGCGCUGUGGAAAGGAGUGCAGUCAUGUUGAAAUUAAAUGCCAUUUUUCUUUUCCGAUAGUUCACACACAGCUCAAGAGGAAAAGCUUUAAGUUUAAAAAUACAGGUUUUUCUAAAUUUUGUAUUGGAAGUUAUGAACACGUCUUGUUUAAAGUUGAAUUUUAUAUUAUAGUGCGCCUAAACUGCUCACAUAUUCUCAUACAAAUAAAUCAAAAGCUUUAAUAAUUAAACUAUAAUUCAAUACAUUUGCUUAUUUAUUAGAUCCACAAACUAAUAAAUCAAUGGCAUAUCAAUGUUGCGUACUUGAAAAGAUUUAUUUAUGCAAGGCAGCAGCAGAAACAGAGGAUAUAGUGGGGUGUCUGGGAAGAGUCAAUAUUUUCAUAUGUAAGCCUGUGAAAUUAAUGACCUAAUAUCUGCAAUGAGAAAGCUCGUUUUAGAGGCAUAAUCCCUGCCCUGUUUCUUGGGAAGACAAGAGAAACUGAAUCAAUGAAGGUUUAGGCUCUGGGAAAUUAUAACUGCAGACACACACACACACGCAAACACACGUCGCUAUAACCAAGACAGCACACACACACGCAGUUGUGCUGUAUCGUGGAGGGUUGCCUUUCUGCACAAAAGGACAACAAGGGGAAAUAAGUACUUUUAAAUUGGUAUUAAUGUUCUUUUAUAUAAGGUGAAAGGAACCGAUUAAAUAAAACUUUACCUCCAGCCUGCACAAGAAAAAUCAGUGCAUGACACUUGGCAGUUCUUAAAAGUAGCAAUCAGUUACUGUAUUAAAUCCAAAGGCUGCAUAUGAGGGGAAAACUGUACCUGCUCCUUACAUAGUGAAAACACAUGUUGAAGGAGUGAUUUCUAAUUUUACUGUACUGUGCUCCACUUCACAGACUGUACACUCGGAGGAUUCAUUCUCUGAUUGUGCAGCAAUCUUUCUUUGAGUUGUGAGAGCUCAUUCAUUUAAAGCUACACAUGUAACCCUAACCGAGCUGAUUCUUCAGAAUGCAAGGAAAGACAAAAGCUCUUUUGCAUUCAGUAAAGAAUAGUAGUUUCUUGUACACACACACAUACACAGGCACACACACAACUACAGGAGACUCAUUCAGAAUUAAAUUGCCAUUACUUAGCUGGAGCUCAACAAGACAAGGAAAGACAGGGAAAGACAGGGAGAAAGAGAGACUAAAAUGGUACUUAAUUCUUUCAUUACCCAGAUGAAUGAAAAUCACACCGUUGAAUCGAGACAAUGCCAUGCAUUUGUCUCAAAAUUAACUCAACCAAUUAUAUGAGGUAGCUAAUGAAAGCAGGAGCUCAGUGUGGCCAUGGCUCGCAGCCGUCAAAAAGCCUUUUGAUUCCAUUUGGAGGACAGACCUCUGAGGGCAGCCUGGUCUGGUGCCAACUGACCCUCUUUGUCUGACCUCUGACCUCAACAGUGGCUCGGGAACUGGGCUGAUAGCUGAUUUGUUGGCUUGCCCAAUAGCCCAGAGAAAGAAAAAGGGAGAGAGAGAGAAAGAGAGAGAGGGUGUAUUUUUUGGAGAUCUUGCUUUCACUGAACUUCUCGGUGCUUGGUAUGGAUAUUUGGAAUAAUUACAUGCUGGCUGGAUGACUUGUUAACAGCGUUGCAGCCUUGCAGCACACUGACCCUGCACUCCCUACGAUGCGAGUGCCAACACUGUGUCUCUACAACGUGUUUUCAGUAUCCAUAGGAGGCCGCAGCAGCUGAGGAAAAACAGGAAGAAUAGGAUGGUAGGGGGCAUGUAGAGGACAAUCAUUAGACUGCACAGAAGGAGGGAUGAGGGGAUGAGGAGAGGCGGUUGGGAGUGUGAAGAAGAGAGCGAGUCGCCCAGCGGUCCCCGAGCAUCUGGCAAUGCGUCGCAGGGAGCCACGGUCCCUGUCAUUAAUAGUGAUGAAAUCAUUUAAGCCAUCAGGACUAAACGAGCCAGUUAAGAGACACUCAACGCUACACUUCUGUCUCGAGACGGAGAGGCAUCGCCCGCAUGCGCUGCUGGCAUUGACACACAGUGAGGGGAAAAUAGAUGUUUGUAUGUGGAGGCUGACAGAGUGUAGAAACUUCAUUAUCUAAUGAGGCUGAUGUGUUUUUACUCUGCCAUGUUUAUGGUGAUUGAUUCAACUGGAAUCAAUGAACAGGCAGUUUCUCAUGUUUUUUAGCCGUGCUGUAGGCAUUUUUUUUUUUUUUCGAGGUAGUGCAUCUUAAAUCUGCAUCACACAUUAAAUACGCUUUAAUUAAGUAUUCUUUUUAAAUAGAGUACACUUAAUAAAGUAUCGUUAAUUAGGAAAAUAAUUUUGUUAGGUGUUUUCAAACAAGUACCAAAUUAAGUGUCAUAUCUGAUCAUUAUAGAAAGUCAAGUUCUAUAUGUGUUUUUUUGGCACUAUUUAACCUCUGUGGUGGAAGGACACGGAGGUUGAUAUGCAAAUAUAAUCAAAAAAACUGAUGCAUAAAGAAAUUUAAAAAGCCUUAAAUGAUAUCAACUUUAACUACUCAACCACCACAAAACCAGUGACCACUAAAGCUUGAACUGUGUGCAUUUAUUUGUUUUAUACAUGACUCAUGUGGUGUACUCCCCCUCUAAAAAUUGUGUAUCUUGUUUAAAUGGAGAGAUAUUUUGUAAAAAUGAGGACCAGAGGGCUGAAAAACAGUAUAGACUCACCACCAAGUGAGCAGAACUGCUAAUGUGGUACUUUUUAUAAAAAAAAAGUUCCUGCCUGAGCAGCAGCCCUGCACACACAGUUUGAGAAACAAACAGGUCAAUUAUCUAGUCUAAGCUCUACAUGUACCUUUAGUCCAUGCUCUGCGCUGAAAGUCUGUUAUUGGAGUGAAUAUUUUCUGCAAAUCUGUGUGUUUGUAUGAAAAAAGUUUGAAACAAGAAACAAAUUGUGUUUCUUGUGUGACACCGUUUACAAUAGAUGUCCCAUCAUUAGAGUAGCAGUGAGUGAAGAAUCAAACCACUGGCUAAAUCUGCCAUGAAAUACUAGACUGCUGCAAUAAAACCUGAGCAUCUGCACCAAACUGGAAACAGAUGAACCCCGUCAAGGAUACAUUGUGCUUUUUUUUCCCCUCCUUGUUUCCUACAGGGCUGCGGGUCUUCUCUGGAUGACUGCUGAGAAUUGUGAUUUUGUGCGUAAUUACAUGUGUGGAAGUGUGCGCGCAGUGCACAGCGGCAUAUGCUGAUCGUGUAUGUGUGUGUGUGUGUGUAUGUGUGUGUGUGAAAGAUUGUGCAUACUGGUGUACUCUUGCCGGCCUUUGUGUGUAUCAUGUUAUGGCCUACACAAGUACCGAGGCCACAAAGGAAAUCCAUUGCCAACAACAGCACAGCUACUGGCAAGGAGCCAUACCACCCCAGAGGCUUAUGGGAUAGGGUUUACAACGAGAGAUGAAGUGUAGGAGGCUGAAAUCUGUGCGGGUCACUCUGUGUUACUCUGCGUGUACAGAGUGUCCAGUUGGUCCUCAGAAACUGUGUUCCCAGAAUUUCAGACUUAAAAAAAAAAAGUCUGUUUUCAUGUUGUGUAUGCGGAGAUAGAAAAACAACAAUGCUCUGCCUAUGGCUGCUCUGCACUGGUUGCACAAAUCAGGCUAUUAAUACCGUGUAUUACACUGAUGUAGAGCAGAGUAGCAGAGAUUUAUAGGCUACAUUAGCAGUCAGACGAGAACAUUACGGUGCUUAUCGUGAAUUAGGGCAUAGGCUCUCUGCCUUGUUUGUUCCAAGGGAGAGGUUGUGAUAUCCUGUUACUUCCUCCCUUAGAGGGGACAACUGUGCUUUUUCCAUCUCACUCCCAGACAACUUUAUCCCAGUGUGUUGGCUUUUGUCAUAUAACAAUAAUCAAUCAUUGGGGAGCCCUGGUUACAUGAUACAGAUUUCCAAUGGUGAUUGGUUUAUUAGCCAUAUCAACAUAAUGAUGUGGUGUGUUUGCUUCUUUGGAAAAGCAGGCUAAAGUAACUGUACGAUAGCCGGGUUCUACUUCCUUCCAAUUCUCCUAGUGGCUCAGUGCAAUGAUGUGUUAUGUUUGUGGUAAAUCAUCUGAGUCAGUGUUAACAGCGAGCGUACAUUUUCUAAUGGCAUAAUGUAGGAGUUGAACUCACGGCCAGAAACCACCACUCUCGCUGCUUUCUCCCUCUUCUUUGUCUUAUCAUCCUUUUCUUCGCCCUCUCUUGGUUCUGCCUCUCGUCAGUGGCUGUGCAGCCUAUUGACAGAGUCGUACAUUCUAGGCAUAUCUUGGGGAUUAAGUUGCAAAUUUAAGCAAUGGGAAAAUCAAUGGGUUCCUCUUUUAAUUCAUGAGAAAGGCUGUCACUGGGAAAAAACAGCAGGGAGAUGUGGCUGCUGAGAUCACAUUCAUCCAGGGAGGAGAAGAAAAAGGAGGAGAGAGCGAGGACAGCAUCCUUUAAAUCUUUCCAUCAAGUGGGGGGGCAAGUCUAGUGGUGGCUUAUAAAACACACAAAAAACGCAGAUUCUCUGUUUUAGUCUUCAUCAGUGCAUGAGAAACGCAAAGGAAACGCUUUGUACCCUUGUUCUGGGGCAGGAGUGUGUUUCUUGUAUUUUAAGUCCACUGCAACACAAGAAGUCAGCAGUGCUGGGAAAGGCUGGAGCAAAGGUUUGAAGUGAACUCUCGGCCAAUAAAAAUGACUGCACACAUGUAUAAUUUCACUUACCAGGCGUUUUUCAUUUGCACUCGAGAAGUCACCCAGCCCUUUCCUUGUCGACGGCACAGACUUCAUGCUCUUUGGAGCAGCAAAUUUAAUUUUUAAAAACUUUUGUAAACAGAAAAGACAAGAACAAAGAGUACCAAUAAAAGAACGAGAAGUGAGGAGGAGUAAAACCGACUUUGCUGUGAUUGCAAGAAAAAAAAAAAACACAUUGUUUUCUCAAACACAAGUCACCUAAUUCCUGCACGUUCAACAUUUCUGGCGGACAUUUAGUAGAGUCAUCACAUUGCUGUGUUUUAUGACUCCUCUAAACAAGUGGCGUCUAUCCCCAGGUUACACUCUGCGACUGUGUAUCCCUUGCUGACUUCAGGGAAUUUGGGUCUUUUUAAUGAACAGCUCAAUAUCUAAUUCAUUAAAGUGGCUGUUUUAUUUGAUGCAUUUUCCUUACUCCAGCUGAAACCAGCAGAGGAAGCCAGAGGAUGAUGGGAGAUGGCCCUGUGGAUGGACAUCCAGUAGCAAACGCAAAGUGUGUUGAGUGUGUGCCUGCAGUUGUCCCUUUGAGAGACCCUAGGGCUCAGGUCGAUGGUGGCUCCUCCCUACGGGGGAUGAGAGCCGGAGUUUUACUCUCUUUGACUGCUGGAGGACAAGAGCUGUAAUUGGCCUUACACACACUCUCUCUCUCACUCAUCAUUACAGGCAGGCCAAGAGGCAGGCUUAACAAUAGGCGUGGGGCGCACUGCCAGUACUUUCUCCUUUUCUCUGGGUGUCUAUCAGGUGGUGGAAAAGCAUUAAGAGGCACGUUAGGUUAUAGAGCAGAGCGAAAGAUUUCGCCCAUGACUCCAGUUAGUGAAACUAUGGGUUGCGAUGGGGCAACAUGUACAUUUCCAAUAAACACAGCUAAGAGAUUGAGAUCUCUCCGUUUAUAGGGCCCCUCUCAGACGUUCUUCAGAUGUCUAUCUGUCACUGGUUAACCUGGAUAAAGAGGGCUUGAUUUGUGGAUGUGGUGGGUGUCAUCGGGGGUACUAGAUCACCUGUGACUUGAGAGUCCAAUGAUGGACUUGCACAGGGUUUUACAAUGGAUUGGCUGGGUUUUUCCACCAAUAUGUUGAAAAGUUCACCUCAAUGGAUCUUGAAAUAAAAUAGAGUGUGACACUACCUGUAAAAAAUGUGGUCCCCGUAUAUUGCAUUGAUAUUUUACCCUAUGAGAUGGUGCUCAAAGAAACAAGCAACUGCUUCACUGCACAGAGCAUGCUUGGAACAUACUAUCAAGGCUGCUUUGGGACAAUUUUUUUUAUUAGCUCAUAAUUAUGCAUUUUGAGAAGACUGUGGUGCAUCAUUGAGUGAGUAAAUUGGUUGCAGCCAGUGGGUCCAUCCUUACCACCUAAGUAUCAACACUCCUGUAGGCUGAGCUCAACUCUAAUACCUGUAGCUGGCAGGGUGGUAAAAAGAGACAGUAUUGGGCAGAGCUGCACAGCUGCACAUGUCGUAGACUUUGCUGAACAUAAAUAAGUGUUCAUGUUGCAGGGCACUUAAUUUUUUCUCCUCUGGGCCCUCCCCAAAAAAACAAAAGUAUUUCAAUAAAAAACCCUGAUCGCUGGACAGAGAAACCCAACUAAAAUGCACCAAGAUUUAAAAACAGAGUCAAAUUUAAAUCAGAUUUUGGCAAGUUAUCGAUCAUCUUGAGAGAAGAAAAUACAAUUUGUAAAGACUACAAUAUUUUUUCCACCACUAUUUUGUAAUUGUAGGUCCAGCCUGGGCAUGUAACUUGCAUGCUUUAUCUGCUGCUUAGUAAUCAGCAUGGCUUUUCUUUUGUAGUUCCUUGUGCACCCUUUGAUCGACUGUCUGAUCACCACAAAGAUCACAGGUCUUAAGUACACACUUAUUCCUUUCAGAAACACAAAUGUGCUCUAGAUACAAAUACAUGAGGCACAGUUCAUCCACAGGUAUAAUAGAAGCAAGCAUUGCAUAAUAUAAGAUUCAGGGAAUCAGAUAUACAGCAGGUUGGAAGCCCUGAAGAGAAACAAGUGCAGAAAGAAACGGAGUAUUAAAAAGAAACUGAGGGCCUUGGUGGAAAUAUGAAGGGGUCAGGAUGAGAGUGGAAGGGGCUCCCUGGCGAGGGCCUGGAGGGGCGGCUGGGGAUGUGUCAGGUGUGUGAGCCGCGCUCUGCGCUGGGCAGUGUUGUUGUUACACCGAGGGCAGCGCCACAAGUCCGAAAGUAUUGAUUUCCCGCCUUGUCGAGAGGCAGAGAACUGUCAUGUGGAGAGCACUGACCUUGGUACACACACUAAGACAACUAUUCCCCCCGGCCCCCCACGGCACAGAGAGGAGAGAAGAGAGGAGCAGAUGCAAGACACCAGCAGCAGCAGCAGCAACGGCAAGCAACAAACAACAGUGAGUCUCCUUCGAGGAGGGGUGGGUGGGUAGGUGGAGGAGGAAGAAGAGAGAGGAGGUGAGCUGAGGAGGGAGAAAAAAAAAAAGUGAGAAAUUUCAGAAAAAAAGGAGCAGGAAGCAAGUGAGAUAGAGGGAGUGAGGGGAAGAGGGGGGAACUAACAGUCAAAGCCAGGGCCAGUUCCCCUGAGUUGUCAGUGGGCAGCCCAGUGUCUGGUUAUCACGCUGUUUGAAAUGACAAUGGCUUGACUUGUAUUUUCCUCCCGAGACCAAACUCAGAUCUAUAAGCCAGAAGAAGGGGAGGGAAGGAGGAAGAGCGGGGAGGGUAAGAAGAGCAAAGGAAAAGAAAAGGCUGGUUGUAAAAAAGAGACGAUAGAAGAGCAAGAGGAAUGUAGGAAAUAGUACAAGGAAAAGGAUGACAAAAAGAGAAAGCGAGGGGGCUAAAGGAGUGCAAGAUUGACUCUGUCUGUCUGUCUGUCUCUGUAUCACUGCUGUGGUUGUAGCCUUUGACAUGUACAGAGGGGAAGGAAGAGAAAGGAGGCGGCAGUGGCAGCAGAGGCUCGAGUGAAAUGUUUUUCAUGUGGAAGCUCCAUCAGGAUUUGACAACAAAAAGGAGCUCCCUGUCACCUGAAGCUACACGGCGGGGCUCAUCCCCAGUCACUGCGGAGCACGGCGCUCAGACAGAAGCAGACAGAGAAAGAGAGAGAGUGAGAGAGCAGGGUACAAAGAGCUCUCCCUGGGUUAGAUCAGGGUGACAGACACUUAAGAGACCCAGCUUUAGUCACACAUCUCCCGCCUCAGAUCAGGAUGUUUUGCUAACAAGCUCCACAGCAAGUACCCCCGCUAGUACGCUGAAGCUUAUGAAUAAAGGCCACUUUUCAUGAUGAAGAGUUCUGUGUAGAGUUGUGAGGGAAUCUAUUCACCAAGUCUCUUUUUUGGGAGAUCUCAAAGACGUUGGAGUCCUAAUUGAAUUAGCUGGCUUAUUAGUGUUUGACAUUGUAAGCUUGGAUAUAAGUAAGGAAGUGGGGGACUUGGGAAGGGGAUUUGAAGAACAGUGCGGGUUUUGGUUCUAAUUUUACACUCUCCUGACACACAUUAUUCCCCUCUGCUGCAGUUAGGCCCAGAUAUGGUAAUGCUAAUAAUAUGUGCGCAGGGGGGUUUAAGUGGCUCACUCACCUCAAUUGGCAAGCCUGGGUCAUCGCAGACAUCUGUAAACCUGGCGGUCUUGUAAAUGCUGCAGACUCACUCCUCAUCGAUGGAGCAGAAACCGACAGAAGAUGUGACUGAAAAGACAAAAUACAGAUACCGUGUUUUUGUUCAGUCCAAAGGUAGAAACGCACAACCUUCCUCGUCCUUUGCCAGUCUCUGUCUGCGCACACAAUCCGAUUAUUUCGACAUGACUUCUAGGGGAAAAUAUCAGACUAAGCACACCUUUGGCCAUAAUACUGUUAAGUAACCUUGAUGUUGAGUUCUGCCUCUCUUAGUCUGCCUUCAUUUGGUCAAAUCCUAAUUGCUAAUUACACAUGCUUUCAUUAUCUCAGUGUGUUAAAUCCAAGGGCUUUACUAGUAUUAUCUUUACUCACUGAGAGAAAAAAGUAAGAGCCUUUGAUCAAGAUUAACAAUGAACACCCUCCUCCAGUGUGUGCAAACACACACACACGUCCACACAAAGCCAAACACUUACUGCACAAACUUAAUGAAUCUGUUUCAUCUGUCUUCUUCACUUUCUCUUUGCGUUGUCGAUAUUCACCUCCCAAUGCCCCGAGAGCACACAAUUUCUCAAAAGUACAAUGCUUUUGGAGCGGAGUGUUAAAUAACAACAUAAUCACACUCUGAAUCCUCACCACUACACUUUUCAUUCAAAAGUUGUCAAUCCUUAAAAACUUGUACCUGCUGAGUAAAGAGUUGAAACGAUUGUGGCGAGUGAUGAGCAUGUUAAUGUUUCGUCUCGUGUUUGUUGUAAGCUUCCCUUGGGAGAGAACUCUGACCAUUGAAAUACAAAAACAAAAACAUUGGUAUUUAUUGCAUCACCCCAAAAAUAAAGUGGGACAACUGGCAGACAAACAAAUGAAAAUAUGUAAUCCUGCACAAUUAGCCUUUGGCUCUCUGCGGAUGCAUAAUGGAGCUUGCUGCACAAAACGAUUACAUGCCACUUGAGAUACUGACAGAUUGUGCUAAAAGGAGUGACUUUGCCCACUUAUUCAGCUCUCUUUGGGGGUAUCAUGCAGAGAGAGUGUGUGUGUGGUUUAUAGGGACAGCCCAGUGAGGCCUGUGGGGCCCUCAGCCUCCCUGAGUGCCAAAGGGAUUAAUGCGUAUAAAUACCGACCCUGACACAUGAUAAACUUGGGGACAGGUGACCUAAGAGAAGCCGGCCAUUCCUAACAUUGGUGCCAAGUUUGCCAGUAAUGACAUGCCAGAGGAGAGCUGACAUGUCACUUUCACUUCCAUAAAUCCAGCAGGAAAAAACAGGUCCACACUCUGACAGCUGUCAACAAGUGUAAUGACAUCUGGGUGCUCUAAGGAUAGACAUUUUGACGACAGCUCUUUUGCACUUUGUGACUGGCUUAAAGAGGAUUCAUUGUGCUCAUUCCCAUGUCAAAUUUGGCAUCUUUUCAGCUGCUGUUAAAUAACAGCGCUGAGUGCAAAUGACUUAAUGUUACUUCAGUGCCAGAGUGUGGAAGUUUGAAAGUUGCAUGAGAAAAAAAAAAAAACAUCAUGUCAUCUCAUACAAUGCAGUAGAUAACUUAGGACCAGGACUAGACUUGUGCUGGUUUUGGGAAAAGAUAAAAAAAUGCUUUCAUGUGAUGACAUGUUUGCUCUGAAACCAGAUCAGAAGAAACAACAGGAACUAUUUCCAAGCAACACCUUAAUCUGAAUAUGGAGUUAUUUUUAAAAAAUGUGCUCGAAUUUGUGAAAAAAACUCAAACUAAAUCUAAGUUACUUCAGUCACAGCAGCCCACUGUGAUGAGCUGUUUGCUGACAUAUUACAUCACAUUGGUUGUUGUGAGUAUGAGCCAGUUUCAUUUCAGUUUAUUUAAAGGUUAUUGUUGGAUGUAAAAGAACUUGUAAAGGCAGCAGAAGCCCAAAAACAGAUAAGAGUGUGGGGAGAGAAAUAACGAGAUUUCUGCCUUUCUUUGAGCACAGAAUCACCUCGGCGCACGACUCUGCUGUAUUUCCAGCCGUGUUUUUACAUUGUUUUCUUUUCUGCCCUUGUCUCGCACAUAUCUCACGUAUUCCCCACUGCCCGUGACAUACUGGAAAUGCCUGGUUAAGUGCUGUUCUGACAUUAGCUGAGUGUAGUCACAGCAUUUGGCCUGGGGACAAAAGCUAGAAAGGCCCUAUAAAUAUGGAUGCCACCCACCCCUCCUCUUCUUCUUCUCUCUCUCUAUCUCUCUGCUCCCUGAUGAGUUUGCAUGUGUGUACGUGGCACGCCAUUUGCUCUGUCACACCAUGUCCCCUCUGUUUGUUUACUCACACUGACAGAGAUACACCCGCUUGCCUGUCGCUGCUCGCCGCCUACGCCUGCUAACCAAGUGCCAAAGAGCUCGCUAAUGCUCCAGCUUUUGCUGUAAAUAAUGUAUCCGGCACUGCCAGGCAGCUAGCUAACGCGGCAGCUCCAGCUGUCUGAACUAUUUCAUAGGCCGAUGGGUCUGUUAGUCUGCGUGUCACUCUCAGUUUGUCUGUGUGCAUGUGUGUGUGAGUGUCAUUGUCACCCGCUGUUACAUCCCAGAGAAUUACACUCACAGAAAACGCUGCCAGUCGAGUCAGGCAUCCUUCCUCUGUGUCCCCCCGCCCAGGACUGUGGCGGCCCUGUGGGUGCCCCGUGGCUGCACUGCUGCCAGCACGUGUGGAGCUGCAGGGAGGGUCCCCGUGGGGAGGAAGAGGGCCAUUAGUACAGUCCUUGCCCCGGCGUUUUACUCCAGUUCAGUACACAUCACAGAAGGCCGCCCUCUCGCUAACUAGCUAACACAUGCUAAUUAGUGUGGCGACAGAGCCAGUUCCUCCUCGCUUUGGGAGCAUAUGUGUAGCUCCAGAGCAGAGCUGGCUGAGAGGACCUGGCCAGGAACUGAUGCUGCUUCAUUAAAUUUGCUUUAAUGUGCUUCAAAUAAACAUGGCAUGGGUGACUGUAGCUCGGCGUUUAAGAUUAGCCUGAAAAUACUAAUGGCAGGUUUUAAGGCGUCGGGUUUCUCCUACCCUCAAACUGCUGCGUGACUAACAACCCACCCCUCCAAACAGGUAUCUCACCUAAAUUAACUGUUUUCCGACUUACCUUCCAGAUUAAUGUAGCGUGCCCUCUGUGCUUCAACCGACUCGCCUUUCCUGCAACGUCUUCACUUUCUGGAAACAAGAACAACCACAGGCUUAAUGAAACUUAAUGAUGAUAGUCAUAACACAACAAUAAUCCAGUGGUCUGGAAAACUAAUCAAUGCGUCUUCUCUCCUUCCCCUAAUGACCUGUGAAAACAAAGCAAUAAAAAGGCGGCGUGUGUUUAUUUUGGCCAAAGCAACAGGCUGAUAAGAGCGGGCAGGCUGAUUAGUGUCGAGCAAAGCUAAAGGCGGUCACAGAGAUUAGGACAUCACACAAACUUAACGUCACCAUAUGAGGUAAAGGUGUGUUUGAGUGUGUGUGUGUUUCACUCUGGUACUUUCCUCCUCAUGGAAAGUUUGCUGGCUCAUUUUCUUAAACUCAAAUGUUCUUUUGCAGUAGGUGUCUGUCCACUUUGUUUGUUUUUUAGUUAGUGCAAGUACAGUUGGUGGUGAUAGUUAGUCGUUCCAACACUGCCAUGAUAAACAUGUUGUUUCCCCUUUUCUCUCUGUGAAGUGGCUGACCAGUGUAGCUCGUGUUAAAGCCCGCGUCCUGUCUUUUGGUCUCUGGUUGAUUCCUCACGGACUCUGGCCCUUCACCACAAAUCAUUGCGGUGUGCUAGUGUGCAGCAGAAGUGAACUAGAAGAGGUGCAAACGCUCUACUUUCAUUAAUCUUUUCAGGAAGAGAUACAAAAAUAGAAGUUUAAAAAAAGAAAAUGGUUGUGAUUUUAACAGCUUCUUGACAGCAUGAUGGAGAUAGAGAGUCGGUUUGAGUGACUGCCUUACAUUAGUGCAGACAGAGGAAGGUAGGAAACAGAAUAUUUUUCUUUCAGAGUGCAGAGGGAUUUGUAAGACGGAGGAAAGAAAAAUACAUAUUUUUAACACUCAUUCAAAAACACCACAAACUUCUUUUCUAUCAACAUUUUUUGUCACUGGAAAAUUUUCUGCACCCCCCCAACUUGCUUAAGGACAAGUCAGUCAGUGAAAAUGAUGAUGUGUGCAACACAAACACACAACGGCAGAGAACACCUUAACAUCCCCCUCUAGGGUCUGGAACAAGUAUCAGUCAUGCAUGCAGUAUUAGGAUCUGCAGAUUUUCUGAAAUUCUCAGAAUUCGAAUGACUUAAAAAAAAAAAAAAACUGUAAUAAAUGUAUUUUGUAUUCCCUGAUCAGAUCAUAUGAAUACCUAAACACACAACACAUUUCACAUGACAACAUGGGAGAUCAGUGUCAGGUGGAUUACAUGGAAUGAUGGGGUGAUGUGUCUUUCUUCCUGCUAGCCGGAGAGCCUGGUGUCCUGAUUAAAAAUUUCAGCUCCACUGCCUUUCUAAUUAAUUAGCGAGGCCACUCAGAGGAGCGCUGUGGACCAAUUAGUCUCUAGCAAGCCGAUGAUGCCUAUCGCUACAGCAUCACUGUACAGCUGUCGCUCCCCGCUCCGAGGACGGCUGGGGAUGGACCCUCAGGUGCUUGAACAGGUUCAAAUAGCAGCCUGCGUGCAUGCACACUACAUCAGAUGCAUGCUUACACACAGAAUAAUAAAAACUGUAACAUUUAGAAAAAUGAGGGAUGCAUUAAAUAUACGCAUAAAGACAUGUAUGAAACAGGGUCAUAAAAAUAGUUCCAGGUUGAGCUCAACUUUCAUCAUAUAAAAAUGAUUUCAACAAUAUGCAUUUGAGUCAUGAAAUUUAAGUGUUUUCAGCCUGGAUUACGAAGAAAAAGCUUUUUUUACAUGAGGCAUUUAGUGUGAAGGAUUCUAUCAUGAGAUUUUGGAUGCAGACGAUAAUGAAGGUACCAUCGUAAUUAUUAUUUUCUGUUAGUCAGUAAGUCAGAGCCAAUCAGUACGAGCUCAUUCCUGAGGACUCUGACAUGUCCAUCUUUUUGAAUAUUUUACAUCAUGUCAAAAAUAUCAAAGGUGUCUUUCAUUUUUCACUAAAUUUUAAUCAGACCUCUUCUGCAUUCCUGAAAACAAAAAUUUAAUUGGCUUCUUGAAAAUGUAACUAGUAGUCUUUGUACUCUGGUUUUCAAAAUGUUUUUUUUGUUUACCAUGUUUACUUAUCUAGGGUGAUAACGCAGUGUUACCAAGAACUCACUGUCCCUAUUCAGCCCACUGUAGCUGACACUGAGAGAUCUUUGAAAUUCAGGACAAAAGCCACCUGCAGAAACCGAAGCUGAGCCUCUUUCAUCCUGACCCCUUCCAUCCACGAAAAAACACAAAAGCAGACGUAACAAGAUGUUUCAGUCUUGGGUGUUGAUGGUGAAUUCAUCUUGCAUGCUGACCACAGGGCUGUGAGGGGAGGAGGGGGUGUGUGUGUGUGUGUGGGGGGGGGGGGGUCUAUAUUUCUGUGGGGGGGGGUGGCAGAGUUUGCUGACUUUGUGAGAACAGACUAGUUAGAAAGCAGAGGAAGCUCAUUUCCACUUCAAGGGGUCGUCUGAAACAUGGUAUCAGCAGGCCUCUCUCGCUCUUGCUGUACACUCUCACGUGCAUGUGUGUGUGUGUGUGUGUGUGUGCGUGUCUGUGAGCACGGGUGUCGAUGUAGGCUCACAUAUGAUCCGAUCACCUCAUGUUCGCAGAUAUUAAUUCUUUCUCCCCCAUCAUCUCCUCAACCAAUGUUUGUUCGUACUUGAGGAAAAGGCGCUGAUACAGUUUUUCUUGGAGACUGAAAAACAGCCAUAAGCCAACAAAAAUGUGGAACUUCAAAGACCCCCGUGGUGAAGGGUACACAUUAAUGAACACAUCACAAGCAAACACACACACACGUAACGCCCUGCAAAUAAUUCAUCUCUCUCUCUUACAAGUUUAAUACCAUAGCGGAGAGUGGGAUGGCACGUUCGAGCAUUAAAAAUGUGUGUGCGUGUGGCUGUGUUUGCAGAGCGCAGACACACGCUAACAUGAGUCCCUUUGCAAGCACAAACAGUCAAUACUGUAGUGGCUGAUUAGUAUGAGGAGAGGGGAUGAAUAUUGGAGAAGGACUCUCAAGAGCCACCCGUGAAACAUGGAGAGGAUGUCAAAGCAUUUUGUUCCCAUCUCGUUCAUUAGAUUUAACUCAGGCCUGUGGAUGCUCACGCUUAAUUCACAAUUACACACACAAAUACACACACACACACAAGGAGGAAAACUGCACACACAGAAAACAACACUGUUGGAAACAGUUGUAGUUAUUAGAUCGGCAUGUCUGACAUUUUGUCGACAUAAGUAAUUAAUUUAGCCUUUCUAUUGGGAAAGUCCAAAGAGCCCAAUUAACAUGGUUAAUAUUGCUGCAUCGUGUAAAAACAUCAUUUUUUUUAAUACAGAGGGAAUAUUCAAAUGACUUGCCUUCAUUAUUCAAAUGUAUAAGCAAAGUCAUCACUGGGGAAAGAGACAAGAUGGGAUUUACACUCAGAGGAACAAGAAAAUGAUAAUCAAUCUUUUAUUUCUGCAAACUAAUCAAACAUUCAGCGCGUGUGUGCCUCUCCUUCAUUUUACUAUUCUUUGUUUGUGCCAUCUGUAAUUUAACACCGGCUAGCGUUCGUCCUCGUUAUUUUGCACGGCGCUGACUUCUUUCGGUGUGCAUCGACUUAACGCCAUAAUUAUCAAUCAUCUAUAUUUGAGAAUAUAACCGUUUUUGAAAUCUGGGCAGCAGGGUUGUGUGAUCCUAGAAACAGUAUGUUAUUAACUUGAAAUUAGACGCUAAGUCGGGCUUUGGAGAAUGAGGAUUUUUGACGUUUGCAGUCGGUCCAGUACACACUCUCAGACAGGAAGCCAGGCCAAGACUCACUCUCUUGCCAAAUCCCACGGCUUUGUAAGCAACACGCUGCUGAAAUGGAAUCAGACAAAUAAUAUUCUUAAUUUAGAGAGCAAAAAUGUAAAGGUCAGAGGCAGCAGCGAGGGACGGUUUAUGGUUUAUUUGAAUCUGUUUUUAUGGAUCGCUAUUGUGGUGCUGUGUUUUCUAUUUUCACGGCUCGUUCGAGUAUUUGUUUUCUAGCAAGCUCAGGGGCCCCACUACUGCACGGCCCGGGCUCUUGGCUUCACUCUCCCACUCGUAUAGCUAUAACAAAGUCAAUAUUACAAAGAGGUAACACAUGUCGAGGUAUGCUUCGGGCCUGCCCUGGUGCUGUGAUCCUGGAUUGGGACACACGCACACACACUCACAGGGUGAAAGAAUGCAUGCCUUCGAUAGGAGGCUGCCUACCUUCAUGAAGAUAACUUUUUUCAUCUCUUUGCAAAUUUGUUCUCUGGACAAAGCCAGUAUUUUGGCUUCCACAUAUGUGAAAUUGUUCAUGUGAGUGGGAGUGUGUGUGAACUUUUCUUCCAACAGUGUUAUGUGUGAGCGCAAAGUACUUGUUGGUGUCUGUGCGUGCACAUAAAUUUUGACUCCCCUUGUGUGUGUGUGUGUGUGUGUGUGUGUGUGUGUGUGUGUGUGUGUGUGUGUGUGUGUGUGUGUGUGUGUGUGUGUGCGUGUGUGUGAGGGCCAGUUUGUUUUGUUUUUCCCUUACUUCAGCACAUCUGAGAGAGCUUUUCUGGAACUCCUGAGCCCUGUCCAAACAAAGAUGGCCGAAUGUGAGGGAUGGAGGGGAGGUGGAUCAGGGCGGGCGUGCGUAUGUGUGUCUAUGCAUGUGUGUAUAUGUGUGUUUGUGAUUUUUUAAGCUGGGACCAGAAGGGCCUUGCGAAAAACCGUGAGGAGGGAGAGAAAACCGAGCCCCUGAGAAAGGCAGCUGGAAACACGGAGACUUGCGGUCUCCUCCUCCUCCUCCUCCUCAUCCCCCACCUCUCUCUCUCCCUGGUCCAGCUGCACUCAGAUGUGUCUGCCUGGUCCCCCCCUACAUCCUACCCUGAAUUCCUCCCCCCCUUCACCCCUGCGCUCCCAAACCCAAUGCCACUGCCAAGGAGAGAGAGAAAGGGGGAGAGUGUCGCAGCUGGUAAUACUUACUGGCCAUUUUACCGCGGUAAAGGCAUGAGAUUCAUUAGGCCAGGGCCCGCGUGUUUUCUGCUGAGUACCGGCCGUGUUAUUGUUAGGAUGUGGUAAAAUUAUAAAUAUGGAGGGGGUGAAGUGGGGGGGGGGUCUUGGAGUGUGCAGGAAUCUUAGUGGAAGAUUUGGAGAGGAGCAGGAGGGGAGGAGGAAGGGGAGAAACAUGCCACUCAUUAACUCCUCUGCCACAGUCUUGUUUCUCAUGAUUAGGUGGCAAUAAAAAAGUCUGUCACAAUUUGUCAAAGUUAAUGACUCAAUGGCACACAAGCACUCAAGGGCUGGAAGACAUGCUAACAUAUGUCGAAUUAGUCAAUAGCUUUAUAAUUGCAGGAAUAAGGAUUCCAGCUUCAGCCAAAUGAAGCGGACUUUGACGGUCCUGAGAGGGAGUUUGCAAUUUGGUCAGGUCGAUUGCAGAAUGGCAAUCACGAUAGCUUGGCGCUGCUUUCCUCACGCUAUUGUGAGUUUCUUUCCUUUUUCUUUCUCCCUCUUUUCUUCCCUCCCACCUGUCUGAGCUGCUCCGUGUCUCCUCUGUGACCUGUGACUCGGGAACAGCGUCUAGCCUCCACUUCAGUCCCUCUAUCUGUGAACUUUGUAAGACUGAUAAAGGCUAAAACACACAGAUGGACUUUCCUUUGGUCUGCCGUCUGUCUCCCUAUCUCCUUCCCUCCCUCUCUCUCUUGCUGUCCCACACUCACACACACACACACAUACUUGAUGUCAUGCAAAGACACUCCUUACCCUCUCCCUCAUUUUGUGGCUUUGGGAGUGACACUCUUGUCACUGCAGUCAUGUAGCCAUUGGUUAAACACUCUCUGCGUCUCUCCCUCUCCUCCGCGUCUGUAUAUCUGUCCCAUGUUACCCUUUUGUGUCUUUUGCUGACUGAGACUCUAAAAACUGAUAAAAGUUUCAGCUUUUACUUGGAAUUUUCUAUCUUGAGUGGGAUUUACUGAUUCAGAAGAGGUCUUCACAUUAUGCUGGCAAAGGUAAAUAAUUUCACAGAUCAGUAAAUAACAAAUAUCCAGGUCAUUUUUGGUGAAAUUUCAUGAUGUGGUACUUUAUAGACGCGUGCAAAAAUGAAGUAAGAUGCAUGUAGAUGGAGAAAUUGACUGCAAAUAUCUGAAAAAGAAUAAUUAUCCCUGUUUAGUGAAGUUUAUACAGUCUUGUAUUUCCACAGCUGCUGGGUGUGCAGCACCAGGUGUUUACAAGUAAACCGCCGUGCUGACACACUGUUUGAACAAAACUCUGAGGAAAGAAACAAAUAUUAUUGCCCGGUCGUGUGUCUUGAAAAGAAGCCAAUCUGUCCACAGUAGUGUUCGGUUUAGUUGAAAAAUCGCAUACACAUAAUUCGCAGAUUGCUUACACACAAUUAUUGCAGGCUGCUCCUACAUUAAAAAACGGUCAAAGAAAAUAAAGAGCUAUUGGUGAGAUUAAAUCUAGGAUCUCCUCCAAGAUUUCCUGGCUUGGAGCUGCUUUGAGAAGGGGAAUUCACGGAGCGUGGGUGUUGGUGUGUGUUCUUGUGUGUGUGUGCACAUGUUCGCAUGAGAGGGAGUGUGGGCGCUCAUAUGUGUGUUGUUCAAAAGGUAGAGUCCCGCCCUGUAGACUUGUGCGAUGACUAAAAUGUCAAUUUGGGGAAGUCUCAGCAGUGCUGGCCUCCUGUCGUCAAACUACUGUAAGCCUGCACCCCUGUGUGUGUGAGAGAGUGUGUGUGUGUCCCGUCGCCCACACAGAACAAUGAUUGCCAUGGAGAUGUCCCCUCACAGAGAGGGGUCGGUAAUAUGUCUGGGCUCUGACUAAUACUCUCUGUUUGUGUUAGGGUGUAGACAGGAGGGAAGUAAAGAGCAGACCAUGCUGUUCAUCUUCUCUCCCUUUUCUCUUUUCCCACCAAAACCGUCCCCCCCCCUUCACUCCUCAUGUUUUGCUUUUUCUGUCCUUUCUCUGUCUUCUUCUUCUUCCUUUUUUCUCCUGUUACUCCAGUUUCAAACAUGCAUCUGGUCGCACUGUGUGGUCAUGUCACUCCCUCAUGGUCUCCAGACAGAAACCUAGCAUGUUGUUGCUCCGCUGGCUGUCACUGCGAUAUUUGCAUUCGGCGAGGGCGAUCAGUGGGCCAGCCAGUGUGGGUGUCAAGUCUGACAGGGACUUGUCCUUAUCGGGUGCAGGUCAGUGCUCCUUCUGAUAGGCUGAAGAUCAGAGCAGAUCUUCUUGAGCACAGUGACGACAAUGUUUGACUUUUCCUUGUCUGUCCCAGCAAUUACCCGUGAUAAGGAGGUGUGACUCUGAGCCUCGCAAAGUUUACAACUCCAGCUUCUCCAGCUUUAGUUUGACUUUGUAGCUAAAACGACACAAACCGAACCAACAUCUGUUAUCAGUGAUUUUUAAUUCAAGCAAUUCGUCAGGCAGAAACAACCAACAUUUUCUGGUUUUAGCCUGUAAAAAAUGAUGAUGUAUUAGCAUUUUCAUUUACAUUACUCUAAAUCAAGCAAGUUUUUAAGACUUUUAGAUGUCUUGACUUUACACUAUGGGGCAACUAUUUGUAGACUUACAGAUUAAAGAAAAGCAAAAUAUAUACCUUAAUAUAAUAUUCCUGCUUUUCUUUUCUUCUCUGGUUUGAAAAGAAAUCUUUUUUUUUUUAAUAUCAAUAAAGAAAACGUUUUUGUCAGCAGACAAUAUACUGGUCGUACUAAUUGUCGAAUGUAAUAUAUAAUAAAGCAUAUGUGGCUGUUUAAUAGAUUCUCACCAUAAUCACAGUAUUUUAGUUUAUCAUCUACAUUUUUGUCAUAAACUUGUAGCAAAAGUUUCAUCAUGCAGGAGAAAAUUCAUCCUGACAUCUUUAGCACACCCUCGUCAGUUUUCUUCUGCCUCCUCCACCUUUGCUGCAACACCUCUUCCCCACCUUUUCCAGUGCACCAGCUUGCACGACCCCCCCACCCCACUCCCCCGCUUCCUUACUAUCUCACUUCUCUUCCUUUUUUGCCAACCUACCCUUCCUCCCUUCUCUCUUUCUCUCCCUCCCUCCCUGCCUCCCUGAGCACCCUGCUUUGAACCUGGCCUUGAAUCUGUGCACCCAGAGGUCUGUCACUGGGCAGAUGGUUUGAUCUCCGGCUGGGGAAAUGCUUUGAGGAGAGCUGAGAGGGGCCAGGGGCCUGGACCGGGGUCCUCUGCCUGGACCUGCUGUCUACACAAAAGAUGGGAGGAACUGCUACUCCCUUGAUGCCUCGGUAUUUGAACCGACAGUGUAGUCCAGCGCUUACAGUCAGGUACAGCUUUCCAUCUGCACUGAGAGCAUGGCAUAUGAUAGCCAGAUCACAGGGUGUGUGUUUCUGCUCCAGUAUUGUGAUAUCCUUCUCCCUCACGGUUUCACAAUAUCAAAGCCAGCUGGUGUCCUUUAGUGGUCCACUUGAUAAACAAGCAUGACCGUCCUGAAGUACACGUCUAAGUAUUUAUCGUUUGACUGAAAGUUUCGUCACUCAUCUGAUUUGAGAACUCUUCUGAGGCGGUGAACAUGAUGGGGAAAUUUGACUUUCUGUGACUGAAUCACAGAGAGAGGGAGAGAAGAUGAACACAAUUGAACUUCACGCACGCAAAAAAGGAGGAAUGUUGGGAACAGAAAUGUGGCUGAGUUGUGUUUGUUUUCUUGUGAAAUGAAUGUUCUUGUGUCUGUGUGUGUGUGCGUGUCUGUGUGAGAUGGGGUGCAGAGCGUGAGUCAUAUGUGACAGCUGACAAACAGAAAAAGACAGGACUUGACGUGUGGUUAGAGUUGAAAGUGGAUGUCAUUUGCGCUGCCAACUGAUGACAGAUAUCAUCAUUUACAGUUUAAUUGUUUAGAUUGUUCAGUUAUGGACUCCAGAUUCAUGUUUCUGAUUAUUGAUUCUUAUCGUAUUAUUAAAGAGGGAUGAGAAAACAGGGUUUUAAAAGUCCAUCGGAAAGUCGAAUAAUUUAGUGUAUAGGGUCUAAAAAGAGAAUGAUCCUCUCUAUCCUCUCAGUCAAACGAACCUCAGUUUAUUACUUUGAGACGGCAUUUAACAGCAGGUGAAAGCAAAGUGCAACAAGACUGAAGGGAACUGCCAAACAUCUGAAACUUAUGUUGGAAAUUUUCACAGAUGCAUUAUAUUAACAGAUGAAAGUUAUUGCUCCCCAGUCCAUGUUAAAUGUUUAUUUACAUUGUCCAGUUCAUUUUUCAACUUUGGCUCUUUUCAACUAAAAGUUUAAAUAAAUUGAUACUAAGUGACUCAAAGAGCAAAACUAUGUAACGUGUUUUUGUUUACAUAUGAGAAGAUUCGCAAAAAAAAUUUACAGAUUUGACAAAAAAAACGUCAAAAUCUGCAAAGUCACAAAGUGCAUUAAUUAAGGGUGCGUGCAAACAGCAGGCAUGGCUGUUUGCCUUUUGCUUAGCUUAAAGAAAAGAAGAAAAGGAGAGGGGUCCCAGGUCUCCAUAUGAAUACAUGAAAACACAUGCUUCUCUUCUCCUUCUGUAAUCCAUUGGGGACUCACGCCCCAUUUGGUUCCCAUUAGCAUAGCUCUGGUCGCUCUGCCCCGUGUCAAAGCCCAGACACACAGCUGCACAAAGGACAGGGACCUCUGGCUCUGUGACUGCCAGCCGCCGGGCUCAAACCAGAACUGACGGGGUCUUACACUGUGGGGAUUUCUGAGGAAAGGCUCUACUCUUUUUUUUUUUUUUUUUUCUGUUUCCCUCUCGCACAGUGUUAACUUCUUCACAGUGCACAUGUGAUUAAUCGAUGUUUAUUUUGUACCAUUUUGUAAGGCAAGAAAAGCUCUGUUUCAAGUCAAAUCCAAUGUACAAAAUCAAACAAGCAAAAAUUAGCCUUGGCAUGAGAUAUUUGCUCCCCUGUAUUUUGUGGCGUGCAAUGUCUGACUACAAAGACUUUCUUUAUUCUGCGUGUUUUAUUUGUCACCUGUUUCCAAUAUGGACACUGUGAAGCCCUGAUCUAUCUGACUGAGCCAGGGCCCUGUUUUAUGACACGCAAAGCCGCUGUGCCUCUUUUCCUGCACACGUUGGCUGCACAUUUCUGGCAGGAAAUUGACAGAAUUUCAGCAGCUAACUCAUGGAUGAGAUAAUAUCUUGUGGGUGGAAGAGAGGACAAGAUGCUCCCAGUGUUUUACAGUGACCCUAAGCAGAGACAAAUUUAAAUCCAAAGCUGCUGCUGCACAGACGAGGCGCACACAUGCACACAGAUGCGCACGUACACACAGGGUUUUCAUUUAAAGCUCGGCUUUGCUUAACUCACCAACACAAGAAAUGCGGUCUGUGGCUGUGUGUUGAACAUGGUAAAGGUUUCAAUUAAAGCACGAGGAACAAUACCCACCCAGCAUCCAGCAGCUGUCUGAGCUGGCUUUCCACUGUACACUGUCAGGGGAGGAUACGGAGAGGGACUGGUAGUGUUUUAGUGGUGUUUUCAGGGGCAUAUGGUUACAACAUCAACCUUGAAAAAUGACAGGGUAGUAAUGGAGUUGUACAGGAUAUUAGUUUGGGAUCGCCAUCAGUUCUGUGGUUUCAUAAGACGCGUAAUGGCCAAAAUACUGUCUGCCUUGAUUUCUACAUAUGUUGCAUGGUUUAAGGGUUGGACUUAUUUGCAUGUAUCAAUAUCGAUCCUUGGCCAUGGAGUCUGUUUUUCUCAGUCUGUUUUAAAGUCCUCUUGGAGCGGGACCAUAAAAGUCCAGGCUGAAGCCAUCUUGUUCCGCAGCUCCUCUUCCCUGCAUUUCUUCAGUCCAUCUGUCCUGUUAACAGUCUUUUAAUUGAGAGUCCUCCCCGGUCUGAUGCUGGCCAUUGCUGACUGUCGGUGUUUAUACAAUUGGGCUGGGACAGGGAGUGUGAGCCAAGCAAAACAUCCAUGAAACAUCAAGCCUCCAGCUAAACAAAACCCAGCAGUGAGACACACACACUUGAAGGAGAUAAGAGCUGGAAAUGAUGCUUUCUGAACACUGCUGGCUUAAAAUGUGAACCAAAGUGGGAAUGCAGCAGCUGUAAGGUAGAGUGUUGUUUCUUCAGUUUUUAACAGUUUUCACCUUUUUACUCCUCAUUUUUCCCUCUAUUUACUAAGUCUCUCCCUCUCUCACACACACACACACACUCCUCUGUCCUUUUCCUCACCGUCGUCCUCUAUAGUCGUGAGCCAAAUAGGAAACCCUGGCGAGACACUAGCACACUGACUAAUGCUGUAUAUCUGGCCAGGCCUCAGAUAACACAGACCUCCUCCCCCGGCCUGCUGUGACAAAUAUGUGCGAGUGUAGCAGUGGGAUCUGGGCCCAAGCUUGUCCCUGACCCAGCCCAGGCCAGACACAGGUUAAACCACGGCCAGAUGCAAGCCAGAGCCAUGCGAGCCACAGAAGCAGACUACUCGAGGGUCUUAAUAGGAAGUCUGUACGAUUUAGUCAAUCUACUAAAAAGCCACACAUCCCUGAUGAUGAGUUCUCUAUGACACAUCUGUCUCCUGGCUGCUCUUGAAACUUUGCAAUGGGAGUCGAAUCUUUCAUCUUAUUGCGUAUCAUCAGUAUUUCACAAACACCUCCCGUGUCACUUCUCUCUUGCAUGUUCUAAACUAAACGUGAAACAAUGCACGAAUGAAUCCCAAGAAAUAACAGGCACAGUGCAUUCCCUCCCUCCUUCCCUCCUCUUUUCUCCCGUCAGUGCCUCCUCAGUUGAAGGGGGCUUGCUGCUUUAAUGCUUCUUAAUGCCGCUGUCUGCUUAAUGGGCCAGAUAUGAGAGGUGCUGCUAGCCAACGUAAUAAGUCAGUGAUUAGAGGGCGCCUUGUCACAGCAGCAGCCUCGCAGACAGUGGCACGCUCUAAUUGCCGUAUUAGACGCCCCUUAACUAUCUUGUCAGCUGUCAGACCCCAGCUCGUAAACAGCAGAGGUGCAUUUGAUAUUUGCAAUUGUUUAUUUCCGUCUGCUGCUGCUGCUAGCGCUGCUGCACCAAGAAGUAAUUAGAAAUAGGGUUGUUUUUGUGUGACAUCACUGUGCUAAAUUUGGGAGCUCUAAGUCAGAGUUAGAAAAAUCCUAAAGAAAGAUUUUGGCAAAACAUCUGACAUAAAAUUCAUCCAAAAAACUUAAAACUUAGCUGCUGAUCAUUUAUGUAAUUAAAGCAUUUAAUGUUUCUGGUCAACAAAUAUUGUCGACAGUAAUUGCAGUUUCAAAGCAAAAGUUAAUUGAGAAAUAUUCUUUUUUGUUAUUGUUGUUCAAAAGCAGCUCAUCUGACAACUAUUCGUGUUGAAAAAACCGGAACCAGUAAUUUUUAGGGUUUUUUUUGUUUUUUUUUUUUGGUUCAGAAAAAUUAUUUCGACAAAUUAAUCAAUAUUUAGAAAAGCCAGAUGAGUUCCUAUCAUAGACUGAUUGGUAAAAAGUCACUGCUUCUUUUGCACUAAUCAUAAACAAAAGUUAGAAAAGAAAAGUUUUCUGGAAAUCCAAUGCAACUAAUUUCUGUGAAGUUGACAAAAACAAUGAAAAAUAUAAAAGGGUACAUGAAAGAAGUGCCUUUAUAUCUGCAGACAUGAUUUUAGGUGGAAGGAUUUCAUAUUAGUACAGUUUAGGAUACAGAAUUGUGAGUAACUGCACAGUGGACCAGCUUCACAGACACAGAUGUGACUUUAGAGACAGGAUCGCAGUAUUAACCAAAUCUAAAAGAGUCAACCCCGCUCUUUACAUUCAGAGCCACUUUUUCAGCAAAAUUGUCCUGUUGGGGGGCAGCACUGAACCCACUUAUCCCACGCCACUCAGGAUAAGAACACCAGCUCAGUAUAUAACAUGCACAGGAACUGACACACUGCGUGUAAUCCUCACACACACACACACUGAGAUUUGAUGUGCCUGCACCUGGAGAGCUUAAAAAUGGUGUUCAGUCCAAUAAUCUCUGCCUCCUGUCUCGUUCAGCGUCAAACGGUGAGGUGACGUGGUUAGAAGUGGUGUAAUUUAGUGUUUAAUCUUGGAUUAGCUCGUGUUCACUUUGACACCUCCAGUUACUAAUCUGGUUUACAACACCUAAGGGCGAGCAGGAGGGAUUCUGAUAGAUUUUAUGGUCCCUUUAGUAGAUUAAGAGCGAGCAGAGUUUUACAGGAUACUGGUCUAAUCCAAAGGCUGGGUUAUGUCAUUUGCUGUUAAACAACAGGAACAGCUCUUGAGUCAAUAGCGGUGUUUGUGUUUGCUUGUGUGCAUGAGUAAAAAGCCGAAAUAUUCUGUGAUUGCUAAUUGUGCGGUGACCUCAGCUGUGUGGCGUAAAUGCAGAUCAUGUGGUAUCUUAAAUUCGCUGACGUUGUGAAAUAUCGGCUGUUGGAGCAGACAUGGACUCCAACCUACGACCCUUUGAGCGCAUGUGCACGUCUGUGUCACAGUAUUGUCCCAUCGCAGCCUUAGAAGAAUAGCAGUGAGACCAAAUGAGAUAACACGUUUAGUGCUGAUUGUAAGGUCAUAAAGUUUGAAAACCUGAUGGUUGGGCCCUUCUGUGAGGACAAACAGUUUCUUUGUCAUAGUAACCCCCCUCCCCUCCCUCCACCCUGCUGACACUUGCAGACAACUUUACAGAUUGUGCUUCAAUACUCUGACCUGGAGAGUUAUUCAUUUUGGAUACUCUUUAAAGAAAAAUAAAUACUUGUAAAAGUCAUCUUGAACACUACACUUCAUUUCCUCCCUUUAGACAUUCCUCACAUGUUUCACUUUUAGUUUUCUGUAAAUCCACACAGAUACAAACCUGAGUGAAAAGUAGAAUACAUGAGCCAUAAUCCUCCUCAUGCAGAGUCCCUGUUUAUUUUGCCAAGUUAUUAACUCAGUGGUUUCUUUCCUCUUACAACAUUAGCAGCCUGAAUACUUAGAUUUCCAUGUCGAUGUUCAGGGACCAGCGUUUGCUUUAAGAAAAGAUGUUUUGCAAGGAUAAAAUAGUUCCAAGGUUUUUGUUUUCCACAAACGGCAUUAAUCCUACUCCAGCCUCAGACUCCCUGCAGGCAGUUUAGGUUGCAGAAGUGUUACUAUCUUUAUUCAUCAAUUUAUCUUGAUAAUGUAAAAAAAUGUCUGAUAAACAAAGAUCUGCCAGCGCUUAUAAAGAUUCAUGUUUCUAAUUUCUUUUUGUUCUCUCUUCACUCCUCUUAUUCUCCUCUCACUUCCUUGUUUCUCCACGUCAGAGAGAAAUUUACGGCUCCCAGCUGCUGCGCUCAUUUGGCAGAUUAAGCUGUGAUCAUUUGUGUGGAUUUCUAUGUACAUCAUACAUUUCCUCCCUCUAUGCGGUAUCAGCUCUUUAUAGUUUGGGGAAUGUGAAACAUCUUUUAAAGGAUCAAAUGGCCUCCUGUAAAAUGUACCUGAAGUUUUUUUUUUUUGUUGGAGUGUUUAGCAGCCCUUAGUGAAGGAUUAAGCCUCAGCAGAUGACGCAUCACGCUGUACUGAGUUGCCCUUGUCAAGUCUGGACACUUAACCCCUCGCUACUAAAAGCUUUCCGGGGUCAGACUGAGUGCAGCUCUAGUGUUGAGUAAUGGAGCCACAGUCAAAACAAGUUACAUUUCUGUGCGUUCAGGAAGGGAAGUCUUUUGUCGGUUCACAUGAACUCUGGGAAAUUACCUUAUAGAGAAGUAGACUCUCAUUUUGGAAUGAACCGAAUGUUGUGAAAUUUUGGAGCUGAAAGUUUUUCUUUGUGGCUGCAGCCACUAAUUUGUUUGUAUUAUAAUGUCACAUUUUUGUGCAACAGCUUGGGGAAAGUAUUGUGUUCAGUCUGGGAGAAGUUUUGAUGAAACAGUCAUUAAAAUAACUUGUCCCUGCUCUACUGUUUGAAACGUAUUACCUUCAGAUGAUAACGCUGCUCUCUCCUCUUGUGCUUUAUUAUUUCUGCGAUUGAUGGGGAUUUGUCUCUGUUUGUGUCUCUGCAGGCCAUUCGCUGCACACUGGUGAACUGUACGUGUGAGUGUUUUCAGCCCGGGAAGAUUCACCUACGAACAUGUGACCAGUGCAAACAUGGCUGGGUAGCUCAUGGUGAGUAAUUCACGAAUGCGUGUAUCCUCAUAAAGUGAAAGAUUAAAACCAACUAAGUAACUCGUCUUUAGGGAGUUCAAUCUCUUCUUGUUGUGGGGAAAGUAAAGGUCUUGACCUACAUCUCUGUAUUCUCCUCUGUGCUGAAAUUUACUAACAUAUUCCAUCAGAGUGAAAACAUCUGACAUCUCUUCCUAUUGUAAGCUUUUCAUUAUGAUUAAGUGACUUCAGAAAGCAGCUUCUCUCUAACUAUGGAUAUGAACGUACUUAGAUCCAAAUGUUUUUCCACAGUAUCAGUAACUUUGUUGUUUCUGUUUGCCUCUGUAUUUUUCUGCUGCUUUUAAAGUCUUGUUUUUGUACCAAAGAUAAAGAAGGAAAAACAGAGAACACAACCGCAAGACAGAUAUAAAAGCAAGAGACCACACGUUUUGAUUUUUUCACGCGGGUGUGAAAAAAAAGGAGAGGCAAGAAAAGUACAAAGAGCAAGAGAAGGGGAAAAAAGAAAACACCUGUUUGGCUUGCAUCGGCAUAAGAACUGGGCCGAGGGCCCUUCAGCGGAUCGCACAGGACCCCAAUGACUAUUUUUUAAUCUCUCCCUCUGAACUGUCAGGCGCCCGUCUCUCCUUCUCCCCCCACUCUUCAUUUCAUGUCGGCAUUGGCAGGGACUCUGACAAGUAGUUCUUCAUUUUUUAUUAUGUUCGUGUCUGGCUGCGCUGUUUUGUCAGGCAAAGCCCUCGUCAGCAGGAAAAAGCCGUCCCAGGAUCAGAGAGAGACCCAACCAGGUGUCACCCAGACAGGCAAGGGAAAAGAGAAAGAGAGGGAGGGAGAAUGAGAAAAAGAGACAGAGUAAGAGAGGUAGAAAGAAAAAGAGAGAGAGACAGGGGGUAGAGUGUGAGGUGAAGGAGGAAAGAAGGACUGAGCCAAGAGAAGGGGAAAAGUGAGAGUUGACCAGGUGUUGUCCAGGCAGCUCCAGAAGGCAGAGAGGUGACUGAGGUUGCAAUAAAGGGAUCAGUAACAAAACUGAUGUGCAGGAGACUUUUUGCCCUCAGCUUUGCCUCGCAGGAAACAUACAAACGACUACAUCUUUUUUCCUUGAGUUUUAAAACUAAAAAAGAUGCUUUUAAAUUCUGAGAAAAGUAUCUCUGACUUCUCACGUUUUGGGAGUGCUAAAGAAAACGAAUAAUCAUCUGAUCCAUAGAGAAGUAUGCUGCUAAAAAAUCUUGACCAUACAAAUAACAAUUGUACAUUUAAGGAUAGUUUCCUUUUCAGUAGAUAGAGAAAAUACAGCUUUGAAGUUAUCUGUUUUGCAUUAUAUCAAUGAAAUCAAACAAGAUUUUGGGGGAGGAAAAAGUAAAAAAUUUAACUUUCAUUUACAAUUUGAAUUUUUGUUGUUAUGUUUCUAAAAAAAACAAAAGGUUUAUAAUUUUUAUUUGCAGAGGUUGAGGUUAAAAAUCCUCAAAUUCGACAUGUCCAAAAGCCCUCUUCUGAAACCGGCCCUGUAUCUUUAAUUUCAUAUCAAAUAAACCACUUUAGCUUCUGCCUAAUUAAAUACAAAUAAAUUAGCUACAAAGUAAUGCAAUAGGACACACAAAUCCAGUCAGCAAACAGAAAGAGUGGAUCUAAUGCAGGUCAGGAUGGAGACAGAGGAGGCAAAUAAAAGUGGAGAUGCAAGGGCAGCUAAACUGUGAAAGAGCAUGAGAUUAGAUUAAAUAGAAAGAAUUGCAGAUAAUUACACUAAUGUCAUUGCUUUUAUCUGAUUCAUAUGUUAUAAUCAGCCAGUGCUGACCGUGCAGGAGCCUGCAAAGGAAGCUCUGAGCAGAGAGGGAAACUUGAUAGUCAUUAAUGGUGCCUGUCUCUGUGUUUCUACGUCUCUCUCUCUCUUUUUUUUCUCUGCGCAGCUCUGGACAAGCUCAGCACCCAGCACCUGUACCACCCCACCCAGGUGGAGAUCGUUCAGUCCAACGUGGUGUUUGACAUCAGCAGCCUGAUGCUGUAUGGCACCCAGGCCGUACCUGUGCGGCUCAAGAUCCUUCUGGACCGCCUCUUCUCUGUGCUGAAGCAGGAAGAGGUGCUGCACAUCCUGCACGGCCUGGGCUGGACCCUCCGAGACUACGUCAGGGGCUACAUACUGCAGGUCUGUGACCGACAUGCAUGCACACUACAUUGCAUCACACAUGUAUAGCCUCAUACAGAUUAAGUGUAAAUGUCAAAUCACUGUAUUAGCGGUACAGCUUACACACACACACACACACACACACACACACACACACACACACACACACACACACACACACACACACACACACACACACACACACACACACACACAUAUAUUGCUGCAAAUGCUUUUGUAUUUGUCGGUAACUUUUAGAGAUCUUCUAAAGUGGGCAAAUGAACGCCUCUCUCUCCAAAUGUAUCUACAAAUUUCCGCAGCAUCGCAGUCAUUUUGAAAAGUAUUGAUCAAAAGCGGAAUAGUGACAAUCAAGGGCACUUCAGUCCCAUUGCCCAUCCAUUUUCUCUGCAUUUCCACUGCUGUUACUUCUACUUCAGUCUGCCCCCUUUUCCUGCCCUGUCAACACUCUGCCCUCAGAUGGAAAAAGGAAAGGAAUUUUAAAAAAGUGGAGAAAUGUCACGCCAGCAAACUGUAAAACCACUGUAGUGUGUUUCCUCUCCAUCCAUCCUUCCUCCCUCCUACCACUGCCUCCCCCUCCCCCCCAUAUAAUUGCAGUCAGACACAUUUCUCAAUCAAAGGUACAGAGGUUUUGGUGUUGAAACCCAAACCAAAGUGUUCCUGAAUGAAUUAGUUAAGAGCAAGUGAACAUGUGCAUGUGGUUAGCUCUAUGUAUGUAUGCUUGUAUGUGUGUGAGUGUGUGUGUGUGUGUGAGAUCAUGUGCUUAUCUGUACGUGUAUAUGGUUUAGUGUUCCAACAGUGUAAGUGGAACAGCAUGGUAAGGAGAGGGUGAUUUGUACGUGGAAACAGCUUCUGUGAGUAAAACACUGGCCGAUCCGGUCCCUCUUUCUAAGAGUCUUACACACACGUUCACACAAUACCAACAUUAUCGAGCUUCUAGUGUAAAAAUAGAUGAUUCACCGUUAUUGUGUGAAGAUUAUGUUAAUUGUGUGUAAAUAUCUUAAAAGAUUGAGAGUGAAAAAAAUGUUUUAAUCUCUUAAAGUUAGUUAUCAACAUUCAAGAGUCUGUUGUGUUCUCAUUAUGAAGACUUCAGGUUCAUUUUUAGAGCUCCAUUAUUGCAAGUUUAUUAAUAAAAUGCUGAUUUAGUUUUUAAAAUGUCAAAAAAAUGCGUGACAAAAAUGUCCAUCAAAGGCUGCGGACACCUGAGAGAAAGUCACAUAAUAUUUCUGAAGCAUGACCGAGUGCGCAAAACCCCAGAAAAAAAUUGUGUAUCUGAAACAAAGACAAGUGGCAAAUUCGUUGAUGACAUUUGAUGUGAUUGAUCUAUUACAAAUAUUCUGUUGUUUGAAUCCGUUUCAGCCAAAAUAAAUAACUGAACAAGUGUUUCAGCUUUCUGCAUUCUUACAAUUUGAUUUGGAUUUUUUUUGUCUGAGGGAAUUUAUCCAAAAUCGUCCGAACGCGAUGUCUUGAGCAACCCUUGGAGCCCUGUCGUUCCCAUAGUCGUAGCCUCUAUGUUCAGAUCAGCUGGUUCUAAUAGUCAGCUGGUGGGAGCACCGUUGCUCAACCGCUCAGCCUCAUGUCACGCUACCGCCUAAAUCCUCUCGAUCUCUUCAAAAGAGCUUCAAAGAGGCCGAAACCGGCGAGAAGCAGCCAGUCACUUAAGGACAGUAAGUAGUCAUUGUGCGGCCCUAUUAGUCUGUAAGUAGCUAUGAAAUUCAAUCAUCUUAGCCAAGCCUCCGGGCCACACUUUGUGUCAGGGGUGUGUUCCUCACCAGUACGCUGCGCUAAAUGAGAGAUAAAAUAAGAACAGCUUCACAGAUGAUAGGUAGUAAGUGGUCUUUUUGAUACUGAUGUCAGGGGACAUUAUUUGAUGAUAAAUUAAUCGAGUGUUGUCCUCGCAGUCAGGUUUUCAAAGGUAUUAACAUACUGAUAUAGUGUUUCAGCUACGAGAUGUAUGCUAUGUCUUUUGAAAUGAGAUCAAAUAAAUUGAUACUCCUUUCGGUAAAUACAUACUCAAUUUCUUUUAAAUGUUCUGAUGAUUUCUCUUUUUGAUAGAAAUAUGAAAUGAAGUUUAUAUGGUCUUUUAAGCACUGAUAGGACACUGAGCUGACAGGGUUAACCAGCAGCCCCUCCAAGUCUUGACUGCUGGAUGUAUGGAGUGCAGGAAGAAGAAACACACACUUUUACUCGACUUGAGAAAGCGAGGAAAGCCCUGAAAAUAUGAACACAGCUUGGCAUCAGUAUUUUGCCUUUUCUGGUCCAACCAACACAUUCUCUCACGAUAUCUGACUCGAAUCCAAAGCUGGAUAAAAAAAAGGCUUGUGGGAAUACGCAGGUUUUAAGCUAGAAAAAAAAAAAACAGGCUUUGUUCAUCAGUAUCACCUACUACCCCGACAUCAUGACAUCAUACAAAUGGCAGUGCAAUCAUUUUAAGAAGUGAGCGCACUGACAUGUAAUAAAUGCUCAGAUCAUGACCUGUGUGCUGCGAUUGUCAAACGUAAAUCCCACAGCUGCACAUGACUAAACUGACUUUGUAGUUGUGGUCACUAUAAGGAUUUUGUGUGUGUUUUCUGUAGCUGGAUUUGUCUCAGUAAAACCACUGUGCGCUUCCAUUAGAGGAGGGGAAUUAGAUCAUCAAAAACCAACGUUUAUAUCUGCACACUUUUACACAGAGGUCCAACAAAAGCACUCACUAAUGUGUGGUUUAUUUAUAUCAAAGCAUGUGUCAUCUCUUCCCCUCCAAAGCUAAUUGUCAUUGUUAUUUUCACUGCGAUCUUGUUUAGACGAUCCUACAGAGAAGAGUAAUUUCCUCUAAAAUAAUGUUUUAUUGAAAAUAUGUCGCCAUGGCUUAAAUGUUGUUGUUCAGAAGGAAUUAAUUGAUGUCAAAAUCAGGUUUCUUUUCUUUUCUUUUUUUUCUCUAUGUGCCGUUCACUGCAUAAUAAAGUUAAGGCAUCGUAGAGCUGUGACUAAAGAUGUGUACACUCUGCAAUUUUCCUUUGUUAUAGGCGCCCUUAACUGAAGAAAUUAAUCAAUAUUAGGAAAGGCACAGUGGCUUCUGGUGUGGUUGGAAUUUUGAUUUGUAAAAGAGAGGGAUUAUGCAUGACAUCAAUAACCAUUAAAAUGAAUAAUCGUCUCUCUCCCCACUCUUCAACUGUUUUUGCCUGACCUCCAGUCCUUCCACUGUUCUAUUAUAGCAUUAACACAGUUGCAUUUCUGCAAACUUACACAGUAAUUUGCCUCGGUAUUUGAGACGUGUACAUUGAGCUUCAUGCGUUAAUAUUGCACCCACACUGUGUCAAAAUGAUUCUGGAUGUGUCUAAGUUUGAAAUGAAUUGACUUUUAAUGCCAGACAAGCCGGAAGAAAAUAACUUCCCUCUUGCCACUUUCCUGAGAGUUUAAAAGUCAUUUAAUAUCCAUUUAAUGUCCACUUACAUACUUGCAACCAGCUGGUUUACUACUACUGUGCUCCCUUAAAAAAAAGUAAUAAUCCCACCUUUUUUCUGGUGAUGAAAUGGUUUUGUUGGAUUAGAGAUCAAUAAGGGGCACUAUACAUUCUGUUAAAUGGUUCAAAAAAGACGAUUUAAAUCAACAGUUCGGUAUGUCUGUUGAUAUCCAAACAUUGAUCCACAUGAAAGGCUCUUUAUACCUAAAAUAUUAAGUUAAACUUGUCACUAAAUCCAAAAUGAAUAAAAAAAUAUAUAACAAGUUAAACUAAGUCGGGCGUUUUUACGUUGACAUUAGGGUUACUCAUUGAUGUCCCCAGUUUAUAGCUGUAACACUGAGGCUAAUUCUCACAUUAUGUGCAAUUUUAAAAGGUUGUGUGAGUGCAAGGAGUUAGAGUUCAUUUUUUUCCCCCUCUUAUUUUAAGAGUAUGUUCUUUGGAGAGACGAUAAUCACCUAGAUAAUCUGACAUCUGACAGCGUUCACCGAAAGUUAUGCGUGCACUCUGUACGUAAUAUUUCUGUUCCUCUCUUUUCACAGCUGUAUUUUUCUGCUACUUCUCCCCUAUCCUCCUAUCUAAGCUUCGUCUAAAACACUGUGUGACCUGCAUGGACGCAUUUAUUCAUUCCCAGAAUUCCUUGCACCUUCACUUUGGCAAGACUUUUUACCUUCUCCACCCUUCAUCCCUUUAUCCUUUUCUCUCCCCUCCCUCCACUCAUCCCUCUCUCUUUUCUUAUACGGUUGUUUCCAGACAGACCUAGAGCCAAUGUGCACCAGAUGCCCCACAUCCCUCCUCCUCCUCCUCUUCCUCCUCCCUCAGCUUCAUCCCAUCCCGCAGCCUGUCACUGCUCACUCUCUGUUCGAUACAGACACAUGGAAUUGCUAUCAGUACCGGCUACUCUCCCCCUGUCUCAGCCUCUGUCUCCCACACUCCACGCUGUCUAUUUUGUCUUCCUCUUUCUUAUCCCUUACCAAGUGAAAAAUAAGUAGAGAGAAAGAGAGGGGGAAGAUAGACUGAGUGGAAAAAAAGAGAGAGUGAUAGAGCAUUUGCAGCCAACAUAUGGGCCGAAGCCCAGGGUUUUCCUGAGCGACAUUCUCAGUAAUGUUCUGUCCUUGUAGAACAUUGGGCUGCCUCCACUUUUAUGAGAUGUGGUUUUCCUGACUCCACACGGCUUCCAGAAGACCCAGAUGGAACCGCUAACAACCCCCACCACCGCCACGCAACCACACGCACACAUACUGUACACACACAAACAGUCUCAACCUCUAAUUGCACACACACUCGCUGGAAUGCUUAUGCAAACUAUCAGGCACACACACAGCCACAAAAUCACACUGGUUUCCCCCUCCAGCACAGGCUUUGUUUCAGUGGCAGACGCCUGGACACGAGGGUGUGUUUAAAGUUACAAAUGCAGUCAAAUAAUCUCCUUAAAUUCAGAUUAUUUAUCUACUUGUUUAGUAACUAUAUGAGAACAUUUUCGUUCUGUGUUCCACGCUGCAGGAGGCCUGCGCUGCUAUUAAAAAACUUGUGACCAUAAUGUUGUACAUGUGUACUUACACACAUGGAAUAUGAGAUGUAAUUACAUGGAUUAGGGUGCUACAGCGUUCGUGUAAGACAGGAAACCAUUUCCAGUCGCAGGUGGGACUUGAGGCCUUAGUAAAGGUACAGCUCAGCUCCUCUGUGGUGGUUUAGAGAGGAAUUUAUUGAGUUAGAGUCACAUUUCAAAAUUUUGUUCCUUUUUUCUUGCAUUCUCUCCGCCUUGCUGCACUCCCUCUCUCCGUUUUCUGUCUCUCACUCUGUCAACUGUGAAGGGCACCAUAUCUCUUGAUCCUUGCCUGAGAAACUUCCAUUUUAGGUAGUCAGGCUCCGUGCAACAACAUUUUUUGGACACAAUCCCCUUCUCCAAUCUCCUCCAUACGGCACACUUGUAACCCCUAUUUUCCUGCUGUCCUCCUCUCCACCCUCCAUCACCUCCCAGCGCCUCCCCCUUCUCUCAGAACCUGUUUUCUGUUAUCACUACUUAAUGCCUCACCCUGGGAGAUGGACGGGGGAGAGAGCAUUCUCCUAAGGUGGAAAUUCUUACGUUCAUAUGGUUAUGAUUUGGUGGGGAGGUCAGGCUCCAUUUUUGCUGGAAGGCUUAUGGUUGGCUCUGCGCUGGCCGUGCUGGGCUCCAAGCACUUCAAAGAGGGCCGGUGUACUGAAUCAAGGUGAUUCUCAGCCCCCCCGCACACACAUACACACACUUGUCCUGCCCGGUGCUCUUAGGGAUGUCUUCUCCCUUCUCAUACGCAAUCGCUCACUUCCAAGUAAGCUCGAGAUAAAAGGAUGUGAUGUCAGAUUAGAGGAUCAGUCAGAGAGAGGUGGAGAAGUGUUAUCAGUAAGGCAUUAAAAACAUUUGAUAACAUAACCAAUUUUAUAUAAAAAUCACUCUACUCUGAAAACACCAAAUCUAAAAGGGCCGGCACGCUCUGUCCCAGGAUAAACAAUCCAGAAAUCAUAUAAUCAUUGCAGGAUUUGUAAACCUCCUCACUGUCACUUUUCUCACAGCUUGCAAAGCUCACAGCCAGUUCCUUACACAAGCUGUGCCCAUGCCAAAUCCUCAGUCCGGCUCUUUUCAAUCCUGAACUCAAGCCUCAAAUGAAUCCAAGCUGGAGAGGCGAGGUUACGAGCAGGUUAUAUUGUAUGCAGGAAUUUAGGGAAUAAUUCCACUUAUAUUGGAUUUGGAAAGUAGCUUGAAUUUAACCGUAGAUAAAAUGAAGCUUCCAGAGCUGAUGAAAGUUUGACAUUGUUGAAAAGAGAAUAAUCUUGAAUGUCUGUGUGAAAUCUGUUAAUUUGGUUGGUCUGAUAUUUUAGAACACCUUUGCAAACCCUCCAGUGGAGCUAAACAGAAAAUAGGGAUGUAAAAUUAUUGCUUUUGUUCCAAUUAUUCUUAGUUUUGAGAAAUCUGAUUUCUUUGUUGUGCAUCCUUAAUUUUUGAUGCCUGAGGUGAAGUUUGUCAGACAGAAAUUUGCUGACGUUUUUUGUCAGAUAGCUUUUAAAAUGUUAUUUUUGAACCACAGAGAUGUGUGUUUAUGGCUUUAUAAAUGUCUAUAACUUGUAAAACUUGAGAUAAUCAUCUAAAAACAUUAUUUUAGUUCAGCUGUGGUCAUUUCCACCUUCUCACAAGCUCGCCUUCCCUCUACCACCCCCUCCGCUGUCACCUGCUGACUGUCAGUCCCCAGCGGAGAAUUGAGAAUUGUUUUUUCAGUGUGUGUACUCAGGUCUUUGCUCUUAUGAACUGCAGUGCUGUGCUGUGUAUCAGUGUCAACAUUGUUUCAACACAGUGUAAUGUAUUUUCUCCCUCCUCCCAUUAAAGUAGAGCUCAAAUCUAUUGCUUUCUGUGGUUUAACCCUUUACUAGCCGCCCCAUAAAUGUUCAGUAUCACCUGGUUCUUAACUAACUGCAUGCAGAGACACACCACAUAAAGUAUAAAACAGGUAUGAUCUUUUAGGAACCCUUUUUUUUCCUUUUUCUUUUUUUUUUAUUAAGGGUGGUUUAUGCUGAUUAAAAACAUACUUUCUUACUCGAAUGUUACAACAGGCAGAGCCGGCAUGCUGAAGCAGUUCAUAUACUGCCUGUCAGGAUCAUGGAUGCGUCAGUACAGAAUGAGAUGAAGGGCCAAUACACACAGCAAUUUCUUCUCAGGAGACACUUAAGUAAUUACAGCACAUUUGGAAAUCCCUUUAACGCAUCCAUUACAUGCUUGGUGGCCACAUGUAUUUUUCAGGAUGUUAUUUGAACCCAGGAAGAGUGACCCUGUAUUUGGUUGAUUUUAGAGAUCAUGAAUAUUCCAUGGCCUAACCUAACGUAUGGGUGAAAGAGCCCUGUGUGUGUGUAUGUGUGACUGUGUGUGUGCGUGUAUGCAGGGGGUGCUCUAAUAAAAUCUGAUUGGGGACUCAGCAAGCUGGGCAGGGCAAACACUGGCAGUGAAAACGAUAUGUUUAGCAUACAUGGCCAGGUCUAGAGGCUCCCAUGGGAUCCCAGCAGGGGUUUGAGCAAGCUACACUCCACUAGGCUCCACACACGCAGUAUAUAAGCGCCACCUUCUUACCAAUUUCCCUCUCAAAUCCCCGUGAUAAGGCUGACAUCAAAGCCUUGCAGCCAAGCCUACAGCUUUAUCUGAGUUGCUGGUUUGAUUCAGCAGCUGAAUGUCUUCCCAUGGCCCCACGAUACCCUGACAAACACUCGCGGGUUCAAUCUAUAUAUGAGGAGAGCAGCUUUCUCCGCCCAUGUUUUAGUGUAGAAAAGAAGCCACCAGUGCUUUGCUACUCCCCUCUAAGUUCCACUGGCAUGUCAUCAUUAGAAUAAAAAGGAAUAUUCUGCCUGUUUCAAUGGGAUGCCCUCUUUCUCCUCCUCAUCCCCUCUGAACACCCUGUUCCUCCCUCCUCCUUAUCCUCCUUGUCUGCUCCUUGAGAUAUGCGUUACAACGAUCAGUGUAAUGGGAUCUGUGGUUCUCUCGCCGCACAUUUGCCUUUCUCUUUCUACUCGAUGUCCAUACCCCUUGGAGGAUUCCCUCAACAGGUCCUUGCUGCUGCCCCAACACGGCUGAAGGUCCCCCUGUGAGAGCCUCUCAUAGUCAGCCAUGCACCCUAAUUGAAACUGGAAAUCUGCCAGGCUACUUAUCAGGAAUUUUUAUUUACCUCUGCCAGGCUCUGCCCUCUUUACUUUUUCAAAGCGGGCCAUGUUAUAAUUACCUCCUCAAACAGAGUCCCUCUCUUGCUGUCCCUCACUUCAUAUAUCCCUUUUCAUAAGGUAUAAUAUCCUGUCUCGCCUGCGCUGGAAGGAGGAAAUGGCUUUUGAAUUCUGAAGUGGCUUUUUCAGGGAGCUGUGGGUUUUUUUUUUUCUUUCCACAGAGGGAAAUUGAAUUUUACUUCAAGGUCAGCGACACUAAUGACAAUGUGGGAAGGUGUUGAUCUCUGUAGCACAGGUUUAUCUAGCUGCACCCCACUGUAUUGAUCUGCACUAGAGAUUUCAUCCCUGCAUUGAUUGUGAGACUCAGUUGUUUGGCGGUGUAGCGGAACUUUGUAGUGUGGUGUGUAAGCGCUGAUUUGGGACUGCAGCUGCUCUCUGGGGUGAAUAAAUGAACGUUUCAAACAAAGACAAACUCAUAAAUGUGUAAAGUCUUCAAAAGUGAGAAGAAAAAGGAUGCAGAUAAACAGCGCCGGCAGAUAAAGAGCACAGAUAUCCUGAACUGCUCCCCCACAUCAUGACUGAUGCUUAAAAUAGCGGUCGGAAGUGUACACACACACUCGAAAAUCCACAUGAUAUUUGUUCACUCGCACACACUGUACCUUCACAAAGCUCAAAAAUACAUCCACCCAUACAGACAGAGUAUUUCCACCAAUCACUUCCCUGAUUCAUGGCUGCUUAUAUGCAAGAUGGUUAGCUAUGGGUAGGUGCCCUGUGGUGUGAGUGAAUGUGUGUCACUUCCCCCACAAAUGGAAACAUUUAGACACUGAAGUGUGUCCUGAGGUGAGAGCUGUAGAGGCUCUCACUCAUAAAGUAGCGGGGAGGCAGCCUGUGGAGGAAAUGAGCUCGGCAGACUGGUAGAGGACGAGGACUGUGACACACACUGGAGGACCUCACACAUGCACAGACACACACACACACACAUUCACACUUGUGACCUGUGCUUGAGCUCAGCACGGAGUCUAUCACUGUCUUAUUUUUCGCCAAUGGCCCCAGCUGUAUUUGACUUCCUGUGUUGGUGUCGUUGGCAAGAAGGACACAGUAGCUACUGUACCUCCAUGUUGUGUGGUAGCGGCUGAAAGGUUAAGUGACCCCUCCAUGAACCAACAGCAGCCCUGAGGCACCUGUGAAAGUGUACCACAGCAUACAAAAUAAUGUGGGUGAGUUGCUGAAACAUAAAGGAGCUUCUCAGUUUAGAGCCCUCAUUUUGAAUUCCACAUCACAGUCUCUGAGUGAAUAUUUUUGGUGAUGACUGAACAAGUCAACACCUCAGCAGCUCACCGGCCCAGCUUCUACCUCUAUCCUUCUACUUCUCUCCUCUUUCCUUCUUCUCUUUCCGUUGUGCAUGAGUGCCUUUAUUAAGCAGGAUGACCUGUCAUGCAGGUGUUAGAAGGAGGGCCACAACUCCCCCACCCCUCACCUUCUCCCCUCUCUCUUACGCUGUCCAAAGAAAGAGUCUCUGCUACCAAUUGGUCUGGCUUCACUUCACUUCAGACAGGAGUGGAGAGGUGGACGGAGGGGUUAGGGAGGAAAAGGGGGAGGAGGGAAAAGGGAGUAAGAGUGAGGCUGCUGUGUGAGAAGGCAAAGCUGAACUCUUCUCUGAGAAAGCCAUGAAACUUCAAAGUCAGUCAGACUGCUUCUUAGGUCAACCUGUUUUUAAUGGUUAUUAGUAUUAGCAUGCAUUGAAAGCUUAAAGACAGUUUUAUUUUUGUUUGUUUUUAUCCGCAGCAAUGCCAAUAAACAAUCAGCGCAUUAAGUGGCGAGCAAAUGGAAUCAAUUCAUCCAGUUUUGCGCAGAUGAGUGCAGAAAACGAGGCGUGAAGCAGCCGCUCUCUGUGUUUGGAGUGGCUAAUUAGGAGCCCAUUACAGGGCAUCUCAGCAUGGUGCUACCCUGAUUGUUUAUUAGAAUUUCACUGAGGUGGAGGAGAGUGAGAGAAUAAGAGGGGAAAAAAGGGACUAAUACUAGUAAUAAAUGGAUAAUAAAUGGAUACCUCACAGAGACACACGCACACAGCUUUGGUGAAUGCCAGCCCCUGGCCCUCCUACAAAAAGGGCUCUUGUAAAAGCGAAGGGAAAAAAGGAAAAAACCUCUACCAGCGCUGUGCAUACGCUUGGCUCCGUCCUCUUAAAGACUGUCUUAUUAAAUGGAUAAGUGGCUGAGGACCACCGAGCGAGCCAUGCUGUCACUGGCACACUGCUCUCUGUGGGCUGAGUGCUGCAGGCGCAGACAGGAUAUGAUAUAGGGUCAAAAGAAAAUGAUGUUUAAAGGAUAAAUCUGUUCCCAGCACUCACCACCUAGUCUGGAAGUGACUUUUCCAGGUCAGGAUUGGAGUUGUUGAAGAUCUAGAGCUGUGUUUAAAAUGAUCACAUCCCUACUUUGAGAAUGUGUGUGUGUGUCUGUGUGUGAGUGUAUGUGUGUGUUAGAGGGCAAAAGCGGUAAUCAACAAAGACAACAGGGCCUUCUGAAGAGAUCAGUGGACUGCUACAGGUGACUGGACCCAGUACUGGCACAUGCAUGCAAGACAAACACACACACACCAAACACACACACACACACACACACUCAUUUUUGUGCACUGUCCUACCUAUCUAAGUGGGGAAUUUGGCAUCAUAACACUACCACCAAGAGGGGACCGCAGAGCCAACAGGGGACAUUUUUUUAGGUCCCCACUUGGUCAUGCUUUAAAUUAUGCUAAAAUCGUGUGUGUGUGUGUGUGUGUGUGUGUGUGUGUGUGUGUGUGUGUGUGUGUGUGUGUGUGUGUGUGAGUGUGUGUGUGUUGUGGUAUUUCUCUGUUAUCUUAAGGAUCUAAGGCUCAGUGCCAACUGGUCCUUUAGUGCCAGGCACUGCCUUAUCACCUCCCCAGCAUGUGCUCACACACACACACACACACACACACACACACAGCUGCAUUCUUACUCACAUGUGCACUUGAAACAACCCUCCUGCAAGGGGUUGUGCACAGGCACACACACACAUGCGGUACACACAAGCAUACACACACUGUAGUUCAUGAUGAUCUUCCCUCCACAUAAACAAAGAUAAGAGCACGAAUGGUCAGCACAAGGCCCCAAGAGGUACAAAGCUAUUACUGGGAGACCACAGUCGCGUGGCUGUGUGUGUGUGUAUGUGUGUAUAUGUGUGUGUGCAGUUGUGUUUGUGCUUAUGCAGGGCCAGAGCUCUUAGAACAGCGGCCCAGAGUUUUUUUUUUAUGUCACAGCCAUUUGCCUGUCUUACAGCAAUAACCACUGCUAACUGUAUAACAGAAGGUUGCUGCUGGUAGUAAGAGGUGCUAAACUCCUCUCUGACUUCCUGUCAAGGUCUUUGCCACCAGCCGUCACAGCGCCAAGACUCCAGAGUGAUCUGACAAUAUAAUCACAGCAAGUCACCAAACAAUGUGCCAAAGAGCCCUGACAGUUUGACAAUGACUUUGUCAGCAUGUGUUGAGAAAGGAAUCACACCUUUGUCGAGCAGUGCGGCCUACUUAGGUAUGGGGCGUGCUGUCUCCAUGUUGAUCCCUGACAAAAAUCCAGCCCCCGUGAGGUGACACAGUACAAAGCGUUUUCCCACUUUACCAAGCCGACAAACCUAAUUACUGUGCUAAAAUUCCUGGGAUCAGUCCUAGAUCAAGUCUCCUUAGUGCUGUGAGUUGAACAUCCAGUGUCCCUCAAGAGAGGAAUUCCAUUGAUUUCCCAGAUUUCCAGGUCUGAUCACAGAAAGUGUCUCGAAGAUUUGUAAUUACUCGCCGAAAUUCCCACACUCCUGCCUUUAGUUGGAACAAUUACAGAGUAGAACAUGUAUGUUUUGCCUGUUGAGUGAGCUGAAAUCUCAUUACCUAUUUAUUAGCUUUCAAAAGCUCAAGGCAGGAGUACAAAACUGUUGUUAAAGUUUGCCAGAGGUGACAUUUUCAACUCAAGUUGCCUGUUAUUAAUGUUUUAAGAGGUUUUUACAGGUUUAUAUCCUACGCAAAAUCAAUCUCGUUUCAACAGUGUAUGAUCUGGAAGCUAAAAAUACUAAGUUCCAGGCAUUUCUUUCUGGCUGAGUGACAAAAGUUCGCCUUCACGUAGCAGUGGAAUGAAUUCCUCAGCAUUAUGACCACAUCAGUUCCUUCAGCUCUUUGAAAUAAAUGCAGGACAGAAUGUGUUGUUAUCAGAGCGUAGGCCCAGCCACCUUCUCCCUUUAUGGGCAUGUUUCACUAAUCUUGCUACUGGCCUCCACUUCUAAGUCGAAACAGGUGUUGCACUCAUAACGCAAUCUUGUAUUAGAGCAAGCACCUCUGCUCAUACUCCUCCGAGCCAGUGUUUUCUUAGCAGAUUCCUUUCUUGGCCACGAGGUCUAUACCUUGUUUCAGUUGAGUUAGAGACUCCAGGAUGAGAGUCAUUAAAGCUAUUUUGAUAUGGAUGUAAUUUUAAGAUGGACUUGCUAAGGGUCAGAUAUACUUGUUACAUGCCCUGACGGUGCUUGAAAAAGCAAUAAAUCCAAGCGCUGGCACCAAACCAGUCAAGACAAAAGUCAUGUCGAUGUGAAUCACAACUCAUCAUUUCUGGUUUUGCCAUCCACUGUGUGCGUGUUAGGAGGUAGGUGAGUUAUAUUGUCUGCCUUAAAAUAAAAGCGAUAUAAAGUAAAAAUCAAUCUGGCACAAGACCCAGCACAGGUUUCUGCUUUGGUCCCCUCAGCCACCCUCCUCUCCGCCUUUUUCUUCCAUUUUCAUGUCUAAGGAUAGAGAGAUUAAAGGGAGGCCAUGUCUCAGCUCUGAAGAACUGCCAUCACUCAAAGAUGAGCUGUGCCAAGCUCCUCUCUCUCUCUCUCCUGCUCUUUCUCUUUGUCUCUCUAUCUGUUGGAUACAGAACAUCCCCUGGUGCUCUUUGGCCCUUCUCGUCAUCCUCAACCCACUCACACACACAUCACACCCAUGAUUUACUGUCAUACUCUGCUGUGCGUGUGCCUGUUUGCAUGCAUGUGUGUGGACAUAUGUGCUCUGUCUGCAUGGCAGCAGCCACAUCAAAUACUUUAAAGCAGCACUCCUCGGAGACAUUACCCCAUCCAUUCUCAUUCCCCCCAUAGUGAUUCCAAUACAGAAAAAAGUCAACAUUUCAAAACCUGAAAAAAUUAAUAAAUAAAAGUAAAGGCAGACUACAUCUGGCACAAUGUCUGUACUUAAGGUUUCCAAGUAUGUGUCUGGGGAGGAGAUCUGGUGGGACGGAGCCUGCGUCGGCUUGGAAGCAGUAGAAACGGAUGUCACACUGGAAAUUUAUACAGUGCGGUUCAGGGAGCAACGGCUGUAAAUUGACAAGUGAUGCUUGUGAGCAGCGUUACCCGUCUGUUUCCCUUUCUCUCAUCUUCUAUCUUUUUCCGCUCAUCUUUUCUUCUCCUACCAUAGCUGUUACCUCUUACAUCUGUGCUGGCCCCCAAGCAUUAUUGUUAACGGGUGAGAGCUACAAAAACAGAGGACUAAGAGGGGAGAAAGGUAGCUGUGCUCAGAGAUGUGGGAAUAAAUUACUUGUGUUCGCUUCACAACAUGAAAUAGUGACAGACCAAAAAUAUGAAGUACAUCUGAAGCUGAUAUCUUUAAUCUCUUAGCAAUGUUUUUCUUGGGUGGAUGUGAUCCUUAAGUCUUGUUUUGGCAGUGAUGAGAGAAAUGAAAGGGAACUGGAGUGUAUCCCUAACAAUAUAAAUACACUAUCACCAGAUAAACUCAAAACUAUAUGAAAACUGUGCUUUUUAAAAAAAAAUUCUAUGCCCUAUUAAAAACAUUAACUACAAGCCUGUCAUUUUUCCUGGAAAAAUGUUGAACAUGUCAGAGGCUUUUAGGCCACAGGCUUGAGCUGAGUGUGUGUGAGUGUAUCUGUGCUUCAGUUAGAUCGGGUCAUUCUACUGUAUAAAUGUCUCUAAUGGCAGCACUCUUUUUAAUAAUGCAGGAUUCUCGUUUCUCUGUCCCUCCUCCCCGUCACAUCAUGUUUGGAGUGACAGCCACAUAAGCCACCGUUCUGCUCUGUCUACUGUAGCUCAACUAGACUCAUGCGGAGGCAAUGAGAGUUCAACUCAAAAGAAAAAGGGAAGAAAAGACAGUUCGCUGCAUGAAGUUAUUUGGUCAUAAGGACAUUUAGUACAGCAUGAAGAAAUCUGAGAUGUUACAAACACAUCUCAACAUAUAGUUACUUCACUUUAAAAGACCUUCACAUGUCACAAUGUGGCAAGAUGGUGUUUUACUCUUGAUCACACUGCAGCAUCCCUAUCUGUUGUAUCUCAUACCCUCUUCUCCUUGCAAAUGUCUCCAUCUCUACACUUAAGAACUGACAUUCAAAAUACCUUCAAGAAAAGGUUUUUUUUUGUAUUAAAAAGGAAGCAAUGUUUACGACGGAGUAUUAGGGCCACAUUAAGAAAAAAAUUAAGACUUCGAGAUUAAAGUCAUUAACUUAGGGGAAUAAAGUCAUAAUAAAAUCUUUAUGACAGGCUACCAAGGAUAAUGUAAUGCUGAUGUGCCAAAAGAUUAAGUAUCUCCGUUUGAAAGACCUAUAUUAAAGUACAUUUUCACGGAAUGCUCCAUGGUUAGAAUAUAAGGAUUUUAUUAUGACUUUAUUCUCAUUAGUUAUGACUUUAUUCUCGUAAGUUAAGACUUUAAUCUCGAAAUCUUCAAUUUUCUUUUCUUAAUGUGGCCCUAAUACUCUGUCAUAUUUGGGUAAAAAUGCUCUGGUUAAGUGCAGGAUUUUCAAGUAAAAUUUUCUCUGUAAAUACAUGAAAAAUAAACCAAAAAAAGCUACGCAGAAUAUUUCUCAUACUGACAUUGAAAUUAUAAAGAGGAUUUUCUUUAGCAGUAACAGUGAUUUCAGCUUCUAUUUUGAACACCAACAUGUUUGCCUGUCUGAGAGAAUGAACUGUCUCUGCCUCACUGUACCAGUCAGCGCUAACAUUGCCUGGGAAAUGUUCAGCAAUGACAUCUGGCGGCCCGCGCUUUUCUCCCACCAGCACCGCCGCACGCCAAUUGAGAAGAGACAGAUGCCAAGACCACUGUGGCAGCUCUGUCUCACCCCCUCUCUCACAUUCCCCCUCUCCUUUCUCUCAGUGUACCAAUUCUCUGCGAUACGGGUAACAUGCUGUCACAUCUGGGCCUUACAGGGGAAAAGAGACGUGAAGGGGGAGAUAAUAUGAGACAAAGAUGAGGAGAGGGAUCAUCAGGGCGAGGAACUCUCGCACAGCCGUUCUCUCUCUCACACACAUGUGAUAUGUCACAGGCCAAAACAUCAAUGUGGGUGCCUUGAGGGUGAUGCCCCUUCAGGGUGACAGCGUGAUAAGAUAGGCGUAUUAUACCGAAGCACCAGUGCAGCAUGGUGCGCAUUUCUCGCUGUACCCCUACUUUGUCUCUUCCGCUCUCGCCCCCUCUCAUUAACCUCGCUCUUGAUUGCCCUCAGGCCUCCCUUGUGCUAAUUAGAGGGGGGAAAUAUGUCUACAAUGCCUGCACCCCUGUACAAACACACACGUUCACACACACACACACGGUUCUGUGCAGCUGACAGAAAAGCUUCUGUGACUGUAGGUGUGAGAAUGAAAGGCUCGUCUGCUGCCGUGUUUCAUCUGGGCUCUGAAUGUGUUGGCAACUGCGGAGUUAUCCCCGGUAGGUGAUGGUUAGUAGCGCUGCUGAUUCCUUUCGCAGAGACAGCCUUCAUCUCUGCGGCGCUCACCUUUGAUUCAGCCACACUCAAUCAAGAGGGGAGUGUUUGACUUAACAUGACACAAUUAGGCCUGAACAGGAUACGAAACGGGGAAUUGAUCAUUUGCAUUUGUUCUUCAGUCCUAGUCAGUCACUAAUUGUGAGGGAUAUCUCUGUAAUAUUACCACAGCUAAUUAACGUUUCGACUAGGGGUGGGAGAAAAAAUUUAUACAGCAUAGUUUUGCGAUAUUUUGUCUGGUGACAUAUUGUAUCGUCACGAUUACCAAGUAUCGAUUUUUUCAAAUUGGCAUAAGCAGCACUUAUACAGCCAAAUAAAAUGGUAUUUGUAAAACAAAGUUUUGACCCAGUUUAUCUUUGGAUCAGUACCCUCAUUUACAGCAACUUGUGUUUUUGACUGAUUAACAAUGUUAAAUACCAUGAUGUAUUAUUACUAUAUUGUGAUAUGUUUUGUAUCAUGAGGUCCUUGCAAAUAUACAGCCGUAUUGUAUUGUGUUGUAUUGUAUCCUAUCAAAUUGUAUCGAAUUGUGACACAUGUAUCAUGAUGUGUAUCGUACUGUAAGGUCCUUGCCAAUACCCACCCCUUGUUUCUACAUGAGAAAAUGUAAAAUGUGGACAGUAAAUAUAUCUUUAGGAGGAUGCAGAUAAACUCAUUGCCAAGUUAAAUCCCUUUACUGUCUCUAAAACACACACACACUUUAACCGACUAUUUCCUGCUCCACGGCAAAUUAAAACCUAUCGACAGAGAGGCUGCGCGACCUCUCCUCGUGUAGACACUUGGAACAGCACUCUGACAUCUCCAUUUAGGAGGCCUUUGUGUUCUGGGGAGCAAUUUGUGAAUAAAGGCAGCGCCCGUUUUCUUUGCCUCUUUUUUGUUGUACAUGCUGUUAGGGACAAGCACGAGCAUCGACAAACAUGCUGUGGGACUUGUACAGCAAAUAGCCAUUUGUACCUGGACUGGACCCCGGGCGAUCUGAGGGAAAAAAGGAGAACGAGAGGGACGAAGAUAGAGAGAGGGGGUACAGAUAGAUGGAGGCAUAAGGGAAGAUGGAGAGAGUAUUUAAGAGCACUUGAGUGCCAGCAUAGAUGUAGUCACUUUUCCCUGUGGACACAACCAGGCCCCUCUGCACCAUGGCAUGAUUUUUCACUUUAGCAGGCACCACUCAGUACUCCUUCAGUCCCCCUCUCUCCUCUCCUCUCAGUCACUGCGUGCUUCAAUGCCUCCAUCAUUCCCUUUCAUUCACUCUGACUACAAGGGGCACAAGUGCGCACACACACUCACACAACCGCAUGCACACACACACACAUGAUUUGACCCAUUUGCCCCCCUACCAUGGGUAGUAAAUAAUUCCUUUGUGAGGACCAUUAGUGAGUAUCUCAAGGGUUAAGAGGGGAAAUACACAGGCAGUCAGAUGGGUGAUUAGACAAUAAGAAGAUGAAAUGUCUACUAUUGUUUUGCUGCUUAUUGUUUCACAGAGCUCACAUUAGACCUGUGGCUAAUUCAUAUGCUUAAUGUCCUUUUAUUUGCCCUGUUUUUGUUCUCCAGAGGCCACAUAGUGAAGAGAAGAAGACAUUUAAACGCACACACACGCACAAACACACACACUCCGAUUAUUUGUACUGCUACCAUUCUCACAUGUGGCAGCGGGGUAUUCUGCCAAAAUCUAAUGAUCAGCAGACUGGCUUCCCAACACUGUUCGGGAUUCAACAUCCCUUCAGACUUAAGGAAAUGUAAGAUGCAAUUAUGCAAAGUAUAGAGAGGGCAGAGCCAAAACUCUUCGCCUGUCCUCCUGCAGUCCAACAGAGAAACCGAACUGUUAGUGUUAAUGUACUGUGUGUACGUGUGUGCAUUUGUUUCUGUCUGCGUAAGGCCUCAAUAAUGCGACUUGCCAUCUAAACGGAGGACAGCGCCUUACAAGGCUACACCGCAGUCUUAAAAGUGACAUAACCUUUGAAGAAUUAGUGUCACCAAGCCAGAACCCUUACUCAGGAGACUGACACUGAACACAGCAAUGUUAAUGUUCACUGUGUGUGUCUGUGUGUCAGUGCAUGACUUGUAUCUGUGGUGUCUGUGUCCGUGUGUUUAUGUGUCUGUAAUGCCACAUAGCCUGCAGUCAGUCCUGUAUGAGUGAACCUGUGGACACACUAACGGGUCCUCUGAGCCUUUAGUUCGGCCACUGUCAGAGGGAUCCUUGUAUUUUUCCACAGGCAUGUCAGAGGAUUACACAGUCCCUCUGCUGUUUCACUGUGCACCCCUCCCCACUAACCCACCACCUACAGUACACACAUACUCACACACACAUACGCACACAUCAAAGCAGCUCCGUGCAGUGCCCAGCUCUGAGCUAGGGGCACACUGGCCCACUCACUCAGCAGGCUGCUGGCACACACUCCACAUCUGCCUGCAGGGAAUGCCAAUGGCAAGCAUGGUUUGUGUGUGUGAGUGUAUGUGUGUCUGUUUGUGUAAAUGUAUGAGUGUGAUUGUUUAUUAAAAAUAGACAACAUAUGUUCUUUCUUGGGUCUACGCUUGUCUGAAAAGUGUUUACGACGGUUGAUGUGACAAUUUGUGUCAGCACCAGUAAAGAUAUAAGACACGUGGUUUCUUUGUAAGUUUCAAAUCGCUACCGUUGGAUCUAAAAUUUUUAAGAUCUCCUUUUUUUUUUAGGUAGCUGAUGCUCUUGUACUUGGGGAAAAAACAUUAAUUUUAAACUAGAAAAAAAAACAGGCUCCAAUGUUUUUAUUGAACACUGAGGAAAAGUUAAACCUCUAGUACUGUUAUCACUUACUUUUCAUGCUUUUCCCUAAAAAAGGAAAAUAGCAUUACUUUGAGGAAGAAAUGCAGGCAGUUUAAUAAACAACACGAGCUUUUCUGUAGCAAUCUAGCGACUGAUCACACUACCUGGUAAAUGUAAAUGACCAUUGCGUGGCACUGCACAGGAGUCAUGAAGCAACAUGAAUUAUUAAAGUACCAAAGCACAUAGGCCGAGGGGGAGAUAUCGUGCAUGUGAAUUACCCCAGAUCAAUAAAUAGAGAUUAGUGGUUACAUGGUUCCUAAUUACGCCCCCGUUUGACCACACUCACCUUUUCUCCCACCUUUUUGUUUUUCUUCUCUUUCCAAGCUCUGCUCCCAUCCCACUCUCCCUCUGUCAGGCGCUUUGGCCUACACACAGGGCAGCUAUACAAGUACAAUACAAAUCAAUGGGUUCACACAUUAACACACAGACGCACAGUAGACAAGGUAAGGGCUUCGAGACCUUUAACCUAAACAACUCUAGCCCUCAAGGUUGAUCAAUAGUCAGAAAAAUAGCGUUAACAACCCAUUGCACUCUUUCCAUCUCUUCUAAUCAUUCUUUCAAUGUUAUCUUUCCCCUUCCUUCUGCGCCAGAUUAGAAAGUUUAUUUCCCAGAGCUCCUUAGAAAUCCCAGAAGCCUGUAAUGCCCCCAUCUCACCUCUGAGCCACAGCCAGACACCCUGUUAGAGCCUAUUACUAUCACCCUUUCCCCCCUUCUCCCAACAAGACUCAGACAGAACUGGACAUUAGCUAAUCCAUACUUAUUGCAUCUGGGUUCCUCUCACAGCCUUGUAAUUCAUAUGGAGAGACAUAUUAGCGCGACAUGCCAGGCUGACAACAGGUCUGCGAGGUGAGAUGCUACACUGACACUAAAUUGACUUAGCUGCUGCCUCGCGGGAGGUUGUAGGGCACUGCUGCUGGGCUGACGACUACAGGCCCGGUCUGCCUGUAUUGGGUUUCUGUGAUGGCUGUUUAGCUUGUAGUGCUACACAGGGCAGGGCGGGGGAAAUGGAAGGUGCUCCGGCUCAUUGCAUAUACUGACAGGAACUCUGCAGACCACAAGGCUAUAGGGAUCAAUAGCAUUGCUCUGCAUAGCAUUUCCAGACCAGGCCAGACCCAAACACAGGAAGAUUGCGUUACACAUGGGCUUAAAUCAGGACAAGCCUUCAGUGUUAUUAGAACAGCAUAAACACAUUCAAUUUGCAAUCAGGUUCAGCUCAUGUUGUAUCAUAUUCUCCUUCUAAACUGAUUAUUUUCAAACACUAUUGUACAUCAGGGCAGACACAAACAUGCGAUCCCGUCCAGACUUGUGAUAGAGAUCUACACAGGUUAUGUUUUUGUCUGGCGAUCCUAGACCGUAGCCUCCAGGUGGCCCUGCAUCCCUCCCCUGAACAAACAGAGCAGCAGUUCCCUCCACUUCCCUCAUGUCACCGAGGCCAAGUCCAGACAUUGUGCGGCCCACUGGCCUGCUGACACGGCCACCCAGCCUGCCAGGGAUUUGCCACUGGGUCACAGAGUUGACAUUUAUCAAAGGAAAUUGCAUGGAGAGUAACAGGGAGUUGACAGUCCUCUUGUCACGUCGCACUCCAGAAUUUAGAAAACCUGUGCUGUACACACCCAUCUCUGUUUCCAACAAUAAAAGAAACAAUGAAGCUGUUAAGCACUGGAUGACCCUCCCAGGACCCACUACUAUGAGAAUGACAGCUUUCAUUUCGAUCAGCAGAUCAACACUCGCAUCAGAAAUCCCCUCAGAGAAUCACAGCUCAAAUCUUCAAGAAUAAGUUAUAAAAUACAGAUGUUUGAUAAGGGCCAAGAGGUUAAAUCUAUAAAAAACAAACCUAAUCACAUGCAUAAACAAAAGCCUAUAUCUUUCUCUAAGUGGGCAGUAUGAAUGAUUGUAAAUGAAUAUUUGUAGGCCGCAAGGGGGGAUGCAGAGUUUAGUGGACCGUGAGGAACCAUGAAAAUCUAAAAAGAAGAAGUCGAGUGAAAUGGAUUGAGUGUGUUAAAGGCCAGAUGUGCGGUGGAUGGAUCAAACAUCUGCUGCAUCUGGGCCUCAAUGCUCUAAAAUGACCCCCAUCAUCCGACUUCUCUCACCCUGUGUCCCCUCUAGAUCUUCACCAACUGCUAUUUAUUGUAGAUCAAGAGUUGUUCAAGGUAUUAUUAUUGGCGUAUAAUUGCUAACUAAGAAAGAGAGAAAAAAACAAAUUCCUCAGAGCAGAUUUUAUUUAUUUUCUGUUAUUGUUCUCGGUCUUGUAUGUUUUGAUGGUCUAGAGCUUUUCUUGGUGUUUAAGUUACAGUACAAAGAGGCAGCACCAGAUGGUAAUGGUGUUUAUUUUUGCAGUAAGUAAUCACCAUUUUGAAACGUAUGACAGUAGACAGGCCCGGAGACCUGGAACCAUGCCCCGAGAGACCUGAGCACCACUUCCUGUUGUACCCACAUGAUCGCAGACACUAUCACACACACACACACACUCAUAAACAUGAACAUCCUCUGGGCUGCUGGCGAUGUAAGCCCCUGGGCCACAGGGAUAGAUGUGUUCUGGCACAUAGACUGGGGUAGUGUAAAUUAUACUGCAGCCACACUGGCACCCUCCGCCUGAAAGAUGAAUGAGCCAACUUUCAUGCCAAGCAACAAUUCCAGUGAGGCAGUUUAAAAAUCAGCAAUACUGCGCUGGUUGUAAUUUGGGACCAUUUUACCUACUCAGUGCACUAUUUUACCUUGAUAAAGCAAAACACUUAACUCGCACUGCAGCGUAUGGCCUCAGAUGUCACAACACUGAUACCAAAAUCCACAGCAUGGCAAUGACAAACCCUAGAGUAAAACUUUAACAAUGUGAAAUGCUGCCAGUCAAUAUCACUUAACUAGACUCAGACUAGGAAAGAUUUUUCUUUUCAGUGGACUCACUUUUGAAAGAUGACCCUCAUUUAUUUGGAAAUAAAUAAUUUACAGUGACUUACAGUGGCUAAUUUUUUUUAAUUGAUUCACAUACUGUAAGUAUCGUGAUUUUUUGUUUUUCAAUUUUUCAAUCGAUUUUUAUGUUCAAAAAUCGAUUUUUAGUUUUCAAAUUUAAGAAUAAAUCUUAAAAACUGACUAACAUAUGAUGUGUAUUUUGGGGGAAAAUAUGGUUCCUGGAAUAGUCAGAAGGCAAUCAUAAUCAUACAACUGUUUCACUGGUGUAAAAAAUGCAGACUAAAGAUUUAGAAAAUCAAUAAUAUCGUAGAAUCGCAAUAAAAAUUGAAUUGGCAUCCAAAAAUCAUAGAGGAAUCGAAUCAGGAGAAAUGCAUAUUGUCCCAGCCCUUGUCAGUCGUGGAAUAAGCAGAACCAACUGGCUUAACGACAAAGAGUGUAAAUACCAGCAUACACAACUUUCUAGAAAUUACAGUCCUCAAUCCCAAAUCAUUAAUUUUUUCAUCAGAGGCCUCAGAGUUGACAGCUUCAUGAAGAUAUAUUCAAUAAAAACAUGAGUAAUAGUUCAGCUGUCACUGGUAUCCUCCUUUAAUCACUCACAAAAAUGACAAAUUCAUCAUAUCUAACAUUACACAUUUCCCUCCUUAGUGAAAUACAAUUAUCUAGUGACACCAUGAGCAACACCAUGUUGCCAAUUUGCUGAAAAGUAUCAUAGAUUCCUUGUUAACAUGACAGACACAGACUCCUCAGGGGCACCCAGACCCCCUAGUGGCCCUUUCUCCUUACGCGAGUCAGACCAGCAGUGAAAUACUGUCAGGGAAAGAAGUUAGGUAGAGGGAAGGUAGCAAAGAGAGAGAGGCUCGAGUUAAUGGUCUUGCAUUUUCCUGGCAGCAUGUCAAUAAUGGCUCUGAUCACAUUAAGUAAAGAGUCCAUUAGCUUAUUCUCUUUCCCCCUGCAUGCUCCAUAGCAAAAGCACGGAGGAAAGCUCUUCUAAUGCAGUGAGGCUGUGUGUUACAGACACCUCUAUCUAUUCUCAGCCAGACCAAAAACAAAAUGACCACGGAGGUUUACCUAAGGUACCAUCCAUUAUCUAUUCACAUCUAUUUCUUUUUACACAGUAAUGUUAUGUGUGGAUCACCGUGAUUGGAAAGAAGUCUAUGCUUUGUCCGAGUUAGUAAAGAUGAAAUUCAAAGAUUUAGCCACUGGGGUUGAAGCAAUCUUAAUCGCAACUCAGUGAUAUGAGGAACAACUCACCGUCUAUUCCCGUGUGGUUAUCGUAAGCCCUGGCUUUCGAGUUUAACUUUUUUUAAGCACAAGUUUUGCUAACUAUUACUUGCCUGGGGGUAUAUUGCGAUAAGGUUAUUAGACAAAAGAGGAACUUAAAUGACACAUACACAAAGAAUAGAAGCGUGUAGCUACGUGGCCAAAGAGCAAAUUGUAAGCAUAUGUUAAUGCACCUUCUCUGGACCGGCAUCCUGCCAAAAUAGUAAUCAAGACAAAGGAGAUGUGAUAUAAGAGGGAAAGAAAAGCAGGUUGUCAGCUCCACCCCCCUUCAUUUCUACCAACACACACACACACACACAAACACACACACACACAUUGGACAGACAGACCAUUUCUCAGCCGCCUCACUGCUUUCCACUGGCCCUGGAGGGGGCACAGCGGCCCCCACAUCUGUCUCACAGGCCCACGACAGACCUGGUUGCUGCAUCCAGACCCAGCAGAUCACACGACUCAUCCUCAAUUAAUGUGAACCAUCAGGCGUUCCCCUCGCUGCUCCUAUCACUCCACCCCUCUUCUCUGAGGCAUCCCCACAUGCUCUGUGCUAGGCCCAUUGGGUUUUAUUCAUUGACCACGGCUACAGUUUCUUAGCACAGUCAGGCGGGGGAAGCCAACGUUAUUGUAUUGUGCAAAAACUGACAGGGAAUCAAUACAACAGUCCAGGCUCAGACGCUGCUCACAUGUAAGCGCUGUGAGGUUCUUCAGAGGUUCUGAACUCACAGAACAGCCAAAUUUGCUCUGCAGAGCACCAAGGCCUGAAAUGGCUUCCAUGUGCCGCCCCAUCUGCACCUCUGCUGGGCUGUAGCCAAAGCACUGUCCUUUCCACUUUUUAAAGAUGCCGAGGCAUGGAUUUCAAACAACAUGGUGAUGAUGGUGGUUAUGGGGGUCAGGUUGGAUGAAUCAGAGGUCGGGAGAACUUAUAAAAAUAUCUUUUUGUUUUUUAAAUACAGAUAAUGAAAAAAGACAAGUCAGUGGGAAAAAAGGAACAAAAAACCGAACACCAAAAGACACCUGGAACAAGGGGAUGUGCCAGAUUGUGACUCACCCAUUUGUGGUUAAGUCCUCUACAAUAACACCCCCCAAACUGCCUCCCCAUCCUUUUAGUCUGUGCUGCCCUAUAAAUCCCCCUCCAGUCGAUUAGUGUGCCCUUAGCAACAACUAACACAGAGUCAUGAAAUUUUAACCAAAGCCAUGAGUUAAAUCAGGUUGGGAGGUGAAGGCAGGGUAUCUCGCAGCCAGUUGGCUGAUCAGUGUGUCUGGGCUUGUGAAAAAAGCCCCGUGGCCUUUACACAUUUACUCACACCAGACCCCAGUAUGCUUUUUUUCUACGGUAGUACAGAGCACAUUGUCCAAGACUAUGGCCUUUGUAUGGUGGUAAAUGAAAUGAUAAAGAAGAAAUCACUUGUUAUUCUUCACAUCAAACUUAAGAGAAUCCAAAAAGCAGUAUAGGAAACUUUUGUUUUACUAAAUAUACACAUAUAUAUUUCACUGCUUUUUGGUUUUUGGUUUACAAUGUGAUGUCGUGGAAAUUGCAGUAAACCACAUACACCUGUAAUCUACAAUAAAUUUCCUCUUUGACUCAUUAAAUAAUUUAAGACUCAGCACACUGGGCAGUAUAAGAAAACAACUACACAAUGAGAUAACAGCAUCCAGUUUUUCGAUAGAAAACCACCGAUCCUGUCAACAAUGAAAAGAUGAAGCGUGUUUAUCAUUGUGAAGCAAACCCCUAAUGUUCAUUAUGUUGUCAUCCUGGUACUAAAACUAGGUUUAUGUGUCUGAAAUUUAAAAAAGCAAAUCAAGCAUUCAUGCCCCAUUGGCGCUCACAAGGUCACUACAAAAAAAAAAAAAAAAGCUGUGUUUUGAUGUGCACAGCAUAAAAGAACAAUUUACCAGGAUCACAGAGUGCAGAUUUCAGCUGCUAUGAUUCUUACUACUGUCCUCCACCCACAUCUGGACGUAGCUGAUUUCCCCAUGGUCCAUCACAGAGGAAGAAGUAGAGCUGGUUGUUCACACAUGACCUAUGACCUGCCACUGGGGAGCCAAUGGGGGAGUAGCCUGUGUCUUGGGAGCUCUUGCCCUCUGAUGUGAUGGCUCCAGGCAGUGGGCUUUGCGUGAACCCAUCCCCCAUGGCACCCCUCGCCACUAGAUCCCUUGCAUUAUUCAUAAAGCCCAAGAUGGGGUGGGGAGAGAAACAGAAUAUGGAAAAGACAGCAGCAAGGUUCAAGACCUUCUCAGAUCACAAGGAACUUCUGCUUAACCUCCCUUGAAGUGGCGAACACAGGGAUAGAACAGUUUUUUAAGGAACUGGAUCUGAAAGCAGGGAUGGAGAUCAAUGGGGUGUCCCUCGAGGCUCGGUGGAGAUCGCAUUCACUGCAAGGUGAUUGUUGAAUCGAUGUGGUUCCCAUGGUUCACUUUGCCAUUGUGAGAACUGAUCCUCUUUAUUUCAAGUGAUACUGUCUUACGAUCUGUUGAGUUAGCCUUAUGCUAAUGUUUGAGCAGUGUACCCUCAGACUGAAGUACUUGGAGCCAGUUACUCUGUUGACAUGAAUAUGUAAAUAUAAGUGGUUUUAUGUGACAUGUUUUGUCAGGGUCAGAGAUCUCCCAUUUGAUUUACUGCAUAAAGGAAUGGGUCAAUAUACACUUUAGAGCAAAUAUUUUCUUUUUCUAUGUGUGCAAAACAUUGUAUUCCUCUCCACUACCUCACAAACACACCAGUCAUUGUGUAUGAUAGGUGAUGAUUAGUGAAAAGCAUAUACAUGUUAAGCUAUUAAUCUCUAAUGCACACUAUGGAACCUAACGUUGUAUACCCUGGCUCUUAAUACAGCAGAGCACAUAACCUUCUAAUUGCUUAAUUGCCUGAUUUGUUUUAACUGACAGUGGUGCCCUGGCCCGUGACAAGACCAUCAUUUGCCCAUCCUCAUUGUCAGCAAUUUGCAAGGUGUAUUUCCCUCUACACACCCACUAGACAACAUCCAGUGCCACAGCGUUAGACACAGCCAUGAAUUAAGAAUGCAUUGCAGAGGCAGAGAGAUGAAUAAAUACAGCCAUGGCUAGGUUAAUUCUGAAAGACAUGGAGGCAAGCAGAUAAAAUAAACUAACAGCAGCAUGCUGUCCACCAGAUAAAGUGGGUACUUCAUCGUCUCUUUGCUGUAAUUAUUGGCUAAUAGUCAUUAACCUGGCAAACAGAGGUUUAGCUGUAUUGUUUAAAGGACUCUGGGAUGCAUAAUGACAGACUAAUAUGUCAUAGCACUGGGGGAGAUGGGGGAGGGGUGGAUUAAUGAGAUUUUACUGGAGGGAGUGUACAAGAAGAGGUGGGGCACGUCUGGAAAAUAUAGGGGAAAGAGGGCCACAUUAAGCUAAUUGGAAGAUGAGUGCCUACUUGUAAAAGUGCUUCUAAUGGCGUAUUUGUUACUCUCACAGCAUCACAAGACUAAUGCAGGGGAGCAGAGUUUUGAGACUUACUGUAUUAAGGACUAUGGAGUCUUAUGUUUGUCUGCAAAUAUGUAUCAGCAAAUACUUAAGAUGAAUUCGAAAAGAGUGCGUGCAUAUUUUCAUGCAAGUUCAAUGACUGUAAUUUCCCGUGAGGGUGAUCUGCGUGAAAUGUUCUUGUCUAGAAUUUAGCAUUACAGCAUUAACACAUUACCACUUAAAAAUGACUUAUUAUAAAGUUAAUGUAAAUGUGGUAAUGCAGUGAUGACUACCAUGUCAUGUUGACACAACCCAGAUGUUUUUUGACUUGUCACCAAAGUUCAACUGAGCAAUAAAUAACAGUGCUUGGAGGGCCUCCUCAGAACAGGCUUAAGUGCACUGCAGAACUGCAUACUUGGUCUAGCAGCUUGCACCGACACUAGUAAUGAGUUUGGGUUGGCAUGUGUUAUUGUAUUUUGCAUUUCUUGUACUCUGACUUCAUUAGGGGGCAAGUUGAAGGACUUUUUAAUGAUACAGCUUCAGCUUUGAGGACAAUGGCUAACACUCCUAAAAAUAAUUUAAAUUGUCUCCUUUUUGGGUGCUUGUAGUUCUUUUUGUGAUAAGAGUAAUUAUAUAAAUAAUAAUUUCAAUCGUGUCAAUAACUUACAUCACAAUUUUAUGAGGAAAGUUCAAACUGAAACCAUUAAGAUACUAACACCAAGAUGUUUUAAAAAGGAAAACUGAAAUAAAAGUUUCCUAUCAAUGAUCCUUUCAAGGCUGUGCUUCCUUUUAGUAUGAACUGCUCACAAAAAAGAGAAACUAUUCAUUUGUUUUGUAGACUUGAAAAGCAGAAUUUUUCAUGCCUAAAUCUGAGUAUUCACAUGUCUACCACAAAAAUGAACUAUUUGUUGUCGCUUAAAAAGAUUUAGAUACUGAUCCCCCUUUUUAGAACAACAAUUUCUGAAGAAAUGUGUCUGUGGAACUAUUUAAAGAUUCACUUUCUAAUUUGCUUUCAUAUUUUUUGUUUCAAUGAAAUCACAUGGAAGCACUAAUGCCCAGAUGGCCAUGCAGUAUGAAAUAAUAGUGCCCAGGCUAGAAUUUAAAGUCAUACCUCCAGGCAAAAACUCCAGAGCGCACACAGAAUGAAAGUGUAAAAUGUUUUUUAAUGUAUAUUUAACAACAAAUACCCCAGUGACUAUUGAUGUUUGGUCUCAGAAGGAUCUAUUUCUCAUAUAUCUGAGGGCAUGAUAUGAAACCACUCACUUUUAUUUUCACUGUUUUUCUGCUCUUCUUUUUCUGUGUCUCUCUCGUACUCACUCUCUAUCCCUGUCUCUCUUUAAACAUUUAUCUUCUAUUUUCUCCUUACAGGCCCUUUGUGCUUUGUGAUGUUGGUUUUUACAGCUUUUUACUCACCAGAGCAGCCAUUUAUCUUUUAUAGAUGCCAGCAGCUAGAAGCCCAUCUGAAAUGUUACCAUUUUACGGUGACUAAUUGUCAUCGUUUGUGCUACUCCCUAGAUGUCAUUUGCACUUAAUCCCAUAGGUACCUGUGUGAAAAAUAAAGUAUUUACACUGUGGCUCUCUGCCUCUUCCAACUAUUUUCAUUUGGUGCAUGCAGGCACUUGUGACAUGCCAUCUUGUAUGAAAAAAGCCACAUCAGAAGCCAUGGUAUAUAGACAAAUGGUUCAGUCAGAGAUGCAGUAACAGAAGUAGAUUCAUACAAAAGGAUUAGGUCAAAAGUAGGAGACUAAAACUCAAUAGCCAAACCCCAGUCAGUUUUCAGGCUUUAACUUCUCAGAAUGCCAUCACUGUAUUUGUCAGCAUACGCAGUUAAAAUGAGUCAGAUUUUCUUGAUCAGUCAGAAUAUCUAUGAAACUUUUCAUCAUUAUCCACCACAAAAUAAAGAAACUGAAAGGACAAGAGCUAUUAUCUAAACUCUGAUUUCAAUAUUUGAUCUUUCGUAUUUCUGAAACUUUUCAAGUGUGCAAGCACUGGGUAUUUAGCACGUAACAGGACGUGCACCCAUUUUUACAUUGCAUAUUAACAAUGCAGAUAUUUUAGGCAAUGCACCUUGUUCCUUUCCAAUGCUGCCUCCUGUUUGAUUAAAUGCUAUUCUCAAGGCGUAAUCAGGCAUAACAACAGAUACUCUGAAAUUUUCUCUGUGAGUGUCAAAAGACAUUUCCUGACACACAGAAUGGCAGGCCCACCCUUCCUUGAGCUUUACUGCCUCAGAGAUGUUGAAAAAGGACCACUUCCUGGUUAACACUGAUUACUCUAUUAUUUCUGAUUAUUUAGCCAUUUAAUAUCCAAAAAUCCCUUGAUACAGUUGGUUUACAGAUGGGGUCCCAUCAAGAGUUCACAUCCUUAUGGAUAUGUUUUUGUGAGCCUCAGAUUAACACCCUUACACUGUAAGUAAUCAGAGACUUCUAAUCGUCCCACUAGCUCUUUUGAUUUGUUUCCUUGAGAUUCAAAUAAAUUUGCCUACUCAGAUCACAAUGGUAAUACUUAUCAUAUUCACAAGGCAGGAUAAAAGAAAAGAUGAAAAGAUGAAUGAGAGUCAAGCUAAUGGCAUACAAGGACAGUGAAGGGGUGUAAUUCAAGACAAAGAUCUGUUAGCUGCUUGUUGCUCUGGGAGCCUCUGAAUUUUUUGAGCAGAAAAGCUUGCCCUUGCAAGCUAACCUCUGCUCUAUUUUCUCCUUUGACCACAGUAAUUAUUCACAAUCAAUAAUGGUUUUUAUAUUUGUCUUCUUUCUUGUCUGUUCUGGGGCUCUAGGAUGCUGCAGGCAAGGUGCUGGACCGCUGGACCAUCAUGUCCCGAGAAGAAGAGAUCAUCACCCUGCAGCAGUUCCUGCGCUUUGGUGAGACCAAAUCCAUCGUGGAACUGAUGGCUAUUCAGGAGAAAGAAGGUCAAGCGGUUACUGUGCCCUCCUCUAAGACAGACUCGGGGAUUAGGACAUUCAUUGAAAGCAACAAUAGGACCCGCAGCCCAGGGCUCUUGACACAUCUGGAAAACAGUAGCCCAUCCAGCAUUCACCAUUUUGAGAACAUCCCCAACAGCUUAGCAUUCCUCCUUCCCUUUCAGUACAUUAACCCAGUAUCUGCUCCCAUGCUUGGGCUGCCACCCAAUGGUCUGCCUAUGGAGCAAUCUGCUCUUCGACUCCGGGAGCCCAGUCUGCCAAACCAAGGGGAACAGGUAGACACCAGUGAGUCAGAAGUGUCCCUGUCACCCUUCCGCACAGGUCAGAGCCCCAGCCGUGGAGCCCUCGGAGCCUUAAACAACAACAUUGAACCCAAGACAGAGCCUAAUAACAGGGCAUCACCCAUCUCACCGACCCCUUCAACCCAGCAGGCUCAACAACAGCAGCAACAGCAGACACAGCUACAACAGCAACAGCAGCAGGGCCAACAACAAUCCCAAAGUCAAUCUCAACAACCCAACAGUUUGAGUGAUCACCAGGUCCACCAUCACUUUGUAAAGGAUGAGCACUCUAAGUCUAUCACUCAUGCUUCCUUUUCCUCCAAAAUGCACCGCAUGCGUAGAAUGGGAGCCACCUCACGCAAGGGUCGUGUGUGCUGCAACUCUUGUGGCAAAACCUUUUAUGACAAAGGUACACUAAAGAUACAUUACAAUGCUGUACACUUGAAGAUUAAACACCGUUGCACCAUUGAAGGUUGCAAUAUGGUCUUCAGCUCACUACGGAGUCGCAAUCGCCACAGUGCCAAUCCCAAUCCAAGGUUGCAUAUGCCCAUGCUGCGCAAUAACCGUGACAAGGACCUUAUCCGUGCCAAUUCAGCCCCUGGUACACCUGUCAUCUCAAGCACCAAGAAUGGUGGCUUUACACUCACCAGCCCUGGAAGACCACCACUCGGUUUCACUACUCCACCAGUUGACCCUAUGCUCCAGUCACCUCUGCAAAGUCCACUGGUGUUUCCCACCCUCAAGUCAGUGCAGCCAGUCCAGCCAGUGCCCCCAUUCUACCGUACACUACUGUCCCCUGCAGACCUUGUCAGUCCCCCGGUGUCACUGCCCACAAGCCCAAUUCUGCCUACCACCACUAACAGUACAAGUCUGAUGGACCAACAACAGCACAUUCUGUCUGCCGUGGCUUCACACAAUAAUAUUCAUAUGUCAGAUGCAGGACACUUGUCCCACCGGUUACAUACAUCUAGUGCCAAUCAUGACCUCUCCACUGGCAGCUGUGACCCCACACCUAAAAAGAAGCCUCGCAAAUCUAGCAUGCCAGUUAAGAUUGAGAAGGAAGUAAUUGAUGUGGCGGAUGACUAUGAGGACAAGGAUGAUGAUGAGGAUGAUAACAUCCACCAUAAUUCACACCAUCACCAAUCAUCCCUCCUUCACAACAAUGUCAAAAUGAAUGGUAACUGUAACAGCAACAACAAUGGUGGUGGGAAUCACAGUGGUGGCAGUGGGCAGCAAUCCCCCUCCCAAGAUGAGAUGAGCCCUGGCCUAGCUAUGCGAGGCAUGAUGAGACAGAGCGAAGAUGAAUGUCGGGAAGGGACCGGUAGUGACAGCAGAGGUGGAAAUGAUCUUCAAGGCUCUGGCGAGCUACGCUGUAUGGACAGUUUCACCUCUGAGGACCAAGACCAUGAGAGAGACUUUGAGAAUGAGUCUGAAACUUCAGACUCCAAAAUGUUCUUCCGUGAUGAGCUGAUAGAUGUGGAUGAACAACAAAAACACAUGAGGGGUGGAAGGAGUCUGGACAAGGAACACGACGAUGAUGGUAAUGAAGAAGCCCAUUUAAGAAAGGAAAUGGAGGGAAAAGGUCAUUCCUCACCAUCCUCUCAGCAGCCUCCUCUAAAGAUCAAGGAAGAACUGAACGAUCCUACCUAUGACAUGUUCUGCAUGGGCCAAUAUGGCCUCUACAAUGGGGGCAUGGCCGCUGCUGCUGCCGCUGCAGCAAGCAUGGCCGCUCUUCACGAGAGCUUCAUCUCUUCAAUGGGCUACGGAGCUAGUCCACCAAAAUUUCCUUCUUCUCAAUCACCAGACGGAGACCCAUGCUCAAGUCCUGACCCCAAGAUCUGCUAUGUUUGUAAGAAGAGCUUCAAGAGCUCUUAUAGCAUGAAACUGCACUACAAAAAUGUGCACCUCAAAGAGAUGCAUGUGUGCACUGUGGCUGGCUGCAACGCUGCCUUCCCUUCCCGACGAAGCAGAGACAGGUUAGUUCUAGCACUAAAGUAAUGAUUUUAUUUUACUGUUAUUGUGACAGCCACAGGUAGGUUCAAUGCAAAAUUUUUUUUUAUCACAACUAUGUCAAUAAACUCAACAGCCCCAAAUUAAAGAAAAUACUUGACUGAUUUAUAAGGUUAUAUCAGUUUGUUCAUCUUUUUGUUUCAGAGAUAAGCCAUUAAUGCUGAGCUACCUUUUAACAUCUGUUUGCUAAUGUAACACUGAAUUGAUUCAGGGACAUCUGCUCCAUGUCGUGUCAAAGUUCAGACAAGUAUGGUGACAGGAUGACAGUUGCAUACACAUGGAAGCACUAGGCAAUUCCUCUCAACCUCAAGUGUGUUGUUUACCUGCCCACACCAUCUUACCUACAAGAAGGUGACGGUGCAUAUAUCAAUAGAAGACAGCUGUUUGUCAAACCACUGCAUUUAUUAGCACAUAAGAAGGUGAGGUUAGCCAUACUCACCUAGGCUUGUUAGCACAUCAGUCCCACAGAUUUAUUCCACAGAAUUUCUAGAUAGCAGCAGCACUGGCAGCAGGUUGAUGCCAUUACACAUUAUGGGGGUAUAUAACCUCAGCUGGUGCCCUGGGCUUGCAAGUGCCCCUAAAGGAAUAACAACCUCCCUUCUUUUAACUUUAUACAUCAUGUGAAAAAGCAAGCUGCAAAUGAGAGCACACUACAAUUGUCCAACAAAUCUGUCUCAGCAAAGCUUUAAUGUAUCUCCUCCAUCAACAUUGCUAUCUCUACUUUCCACGCUAAGCCCUUUUAAAAUUUGUAGUUUGAGUGGCAUUUGUUCUUUAGAAACAUUUAAAAAGAGCAUGUUAAUCAAACACCCUGAUAAAAUUAAUACAAAAAUGGAUUGGGGGAAUUGCACAGAAUAUGCGUCUGCAGAAAGAUGACAGAAAAUUAGAAAUCUACUUUUUCUCUGUACACUGCAUCUCUUAUAUAAUUAGUCCCCUUAUGCUCUAAAUAAAUUGUUGUAUUUAAAGAAUUUAAUGCCAUGUCGGAUUUUAAAAUAACAAUAAAAAGGGUCCAAAAUGAAUGCAAGGGAAAUCAAACUUGUUGAAUAAUUUCAACAGGCAACAGGACUAACACCACAAAGAUUUUUCUACCUGAAGAAAAUACUAUCUGAAUAAGUGAAAUAUGCAUAUUUGAUCAGCAGGUCAGUGGCGCUUAAGUGGGCAGUGAAAAUUAACAAGGGUGAAAAACUUAUGACUGCUCCUGUUUUUUCUAAUACGUAUAAUUUUGCAACCUCACUAUGUAAUCUUCUGUUAGCUCCUGAAAAAUAAACUGAGAAGAAAACUGAAUAAUUAGUGUAAAUUAUAAGGACCAACUGGUGUACGUUGAAUGCAUUUUCACAAAUAUGCAGCCAGGUGUUAGAUAUCAUAUCCAGGGAUGAGUGAGGAGCCUUAGACAAGCACACAGGGUUGAAAAAUCAGUCCGUACUACCAAGAGAAAAAGUAAAAACUCCAUACCAUCUGUUUAAUUGCUCACUCUCUUUGCUUGCUGCAAACAACACAGUAAUGAUAGAGGUAGCUUGGUGGCAGUGAAGGACAAGUGGUGCAGGAAAAUAGUGCAAACUCAAUACAAUAUAACUCCUGAUGAAUAAGACCAUAGCACACAAAUGUUUCCAUACUUUUUUUCUUUUUUUACGGGGAUAGAUUCUUGGUAGCAUAUGGGACAUAUUAUUCUUCUGCUGGUUCAAACAGCGAACAAAAUAACAGAAAGAAGGGCACCACACAGUCAGGGGAAUUAUGGGGCUUUGAGACGAGUCAGUACACAAGCUGGGUCUUUAUCAAAUCUGUCCCUUGAUAAUCCACUAAUGACAUAAUGUUUGUGUGAGUACAAUGGUUAUGGUAGUUGGAAAUGGGAACACAGUUUAGUUCUUUUUCAUGUCUACGUUUCCUCUGAUAAAUUUAACCACAAGUAAAAAACAGUAACCCUUUUUUUCCUCCGAGAAUUUUGAAAUUUAUCUUUGAAUGCCACCAAAAUGAGAUCUCACCCUGCACCCUCAGAUAUUAACUAUAAAUUAAAACAACACUUCAUAUUUAACAGACAAAAAAAUCUUUAAUGCGUUCUUUGAAUUUUGAUAAGAGAAGGAUAAUCAGGAGCCUCCCUUAAUGUUUUUACUGCUGAAUUAUCUACACUUCGGCAGGUUUGCCCCACUUACUCUUCUUAAUACCUCCUAAACAGCUGUUUACAUCCAUCAACAGGGAAGUCCAACUUCCUCUACAUAUCCGAUUAGUCCAGUGACCAAGCGAAUUGAAAAAGGUGUGUAAACACCCCACCAGACACUAGCAUCAAAAGUUCCUGAGCCAAAAUGAAUAAAAACACAGUAGAAAGAUCAUUUAAUCUACUGAGAAAAUAAGACAAAAGCCAAUGGCUUUGUCAGAAUAGAAUGCUCUGUGAAUGCACUGGUAUUUGCUCAGUGAAGAUUCCUACUAUUUUAUGAAGACUUUAUUAAGAAGGUUAACCUGACAAAAAUACAUGUUAGUGGGCAUGAAUAGUGCAUAUGCAUACAAUGAUCAAUGCAGGAGUUGAUAAUUAAAUGUGCUCUUGAACAGGCCUGUAAUGUGAGUGAUUUUUGAGCGUAAAACAGAGACAAACAGAGGAGAGGGUAUACGUGAGUGUUUUCACCGAGCUUCCCAGCUGCCUGCUGUACGGAGGUAAAUGAUUGCAUAUUUAACGUGGGGAGCGAGCAGCGUCGGCAGAAGUGUUGAGGAGGCUGCAUGAUUAACUGCUAGGAGGAUGCGCAUACCAGUAAUCAUCACCAUUAUUGGCCUCGUUAAUCAUAUUCUUUAAAGCGUUGACAAGACUUGACUUAUUUUAUUUAUCAACCCAUCUCGCAUCUCUUUUUUAACCCUCGGUGUUGCAUUUUUAACCUGCUCCUUUGGCACUCAGAAACUAGGUGUCCUCACUCUCUCACAUUCCCAUGGUGAGGCAGCGCCCAGCCUGCGGUCCCUGCACGGGCCACUGCAAACGGAAAGAGUGAAGGUUAAUUAUGUUGGAGAGUCUCUUCCCUCCUCUCUCCUUCCUCUUUCUGUCUUCCUCCCUUUCCCUCGGUCCCCUCACAGCAUGUGGGCUCACUCCGCCGCUUCACAAUCAACUCUCUGUUUGUCUCUUAUAAACAAAGGGCACGCUGCUCAUAGAGAGAAUAUGUUAGCAUCACCCGCUUACCCCGGGUUCAAAACAUGAGCUAAUUAAAGAAAGUUGAAAUAUAACAUCCCUUUGGUUAAUAACAAAAGUGUCCUUGUGAUGUUUUGGAGGAGAAUAAAAAGAAGUGUUUCACUCUGGACUAAAUAAUUCUGAAAUAAAUACCCAUGCUCGCGUCAUUAAAUAUAUUUUAAAUAAUGCAUACUUAAAAUGUAUUUUAGGUUGUUUUUAAUGUCUUUGCACCAGAUUGAAGUUGUUACAAUCUUUCAUCUUAGCCCAUGCUGUUGUACCGACUAAAACAAUGCAAAGUGACAGAGAAUGAUUUAUGUAUAUAACAGUGUUGUCCUCCCACUUACACACACAAAACCUCAUAACACAGCCUAAAUGACAGGAAAGACAAAGAACCACUUGUGUCAGUUUAAUACCACUCAGCCCUUCAUCUCAUUUACACAUUAUGAGUCAUUUAGACUAUAUUCACACACACAUACACACAAACACGCGCUGACACAAAAACAAGGGCAAGGGCCAUCAGAUGAACCUAAAGAUGAUUAACGCCGGUUGGGACAGGCACACUCUCGCUCUUCCUCCUCUGCACAGUCAGAAAUGGGCUCUCUGGAGGCCUCCCCCAUCUUUUGGGCAAAGAUGAGACUGUCAAAUUGGUUUGCCAGGCACAUUACUAGCCAACAGGGAGGUAGAGAUGGAGGGAGGGGGGCAACUAAGGAGUUUGGUUAGGGGGAGGAAAGAUACUGAGGUGGAUUGAUGGAGGUGGUAGGAUAGAGGGGGAGGGAAAUGGGGCAGAAAUUCUAAAUUUGAUAAAUGAAGGGAUAAGUGCACUAUGCCCACUGUGUGUGUAGAUUUAGCUGACUUAUUUUGAUCAUUGAGGGCAACAAGGUACAACCAGUAUAGGAGUUUAAUAACAAUGUUGAUGCUAAUUGUCUGAACUCUGCUUUUAACCCCUCUUCUUAAAUUAAAUAAUUUAAAAAAAAACUUGCAAAUGAUGUAUCAUUAAGUGACCUUUCUCUUCUUUUUCAUUUUAUUUCCAACCGUAUUUCUUUCUGUGUAGAUAAAAAAAGACUACUGUAACUGAGUAUAUUAUCAUGAGAUGUUGUAUUCUAACCAUGUGGUGUGCAUAUUGAGUGUCUAAAACGGCUACUGUAAUCAUAGUGCAGACUACUUUCUGCAUGAUAUUUAGCAUGUUGACUUUUAGUGUCUUUAACUGAGAUAGCCAUGGUUAACUUAGAGCUUAUUAGCAGUGAGAAGGUGUUGUAAUAGAGAUGGAGACAUGUUGCAAAGGACCCGACUACCUGAGCAUCAUCAACAGCAUCCUGAACUUAGGGCUUAAUUGAGCAGAUGUGGCCCCCCCAUAUCAGAGCUUGCUGCUGGAUAUCCCUGCAGGAAUUAUUUUACAUACUGAUGACUGAUGAAGAUAUAUUUCAGACUGUCCUAGAACACUGACCUCUCAGAGCCAAAUGUCCACACAUGUAUUCGGCUAGAAAGGAACACAGCCCCACAGAUAUUGAAUCAUGACUCCCAUAUUUUAGCCAUAAGCUUGCACCAUAUGGGUGAAACUGUACUAUCAAAGGAUAAAGAAGAACAAAGGAUUUAUAUAGUCCUUUUGAUCGAAGUCCCACUAUAUGGAAGUAGUAUAUUUUCUGUUUUUCACACACAUACACGCAAACAGACAAAAGCACGUGUAAGCGCACACACAUGCAGUGACAGCCAGGGCCAAUCGAUUUGCCACGCUCUCUCUCUCCUCAAUGCUGACGAUGCUCGAGUGGACGGGCUCCUGGUUGCCUGGUUCACAGAAAAGGGUCCCUGAAAUGAAUGUAUUUUUACCUCUUGCAGGACAAUGUCGGAUAGGGAAGUAAAUAAUUAAAGGAAAGGGACCCUUUUUGACUGCAUCAACCCUGCCACUGCUGGUAAGCUCUACCAUCCAUUGUGACUCCAUUUUGCCCGUCCUGCCAAGGAUGACCGUUUUUUUUUUUUUUAUUUAGUUUGUUUUCUUCCUUUUUAUUUUUUGUUUUGUAUCACACACAUGCCCUCCCUGCAUGGAAACCCUUCACAUUAUAGGCAAUGAGUGUUUGCUUUUUUAAACUAUUGAAGUGUUGACCUAAUAUAAGAGGAAUGGGGUUUGUGUGUGUUGUACAUGACAUUAGCCAUGAGUUAAGUUUCCUUUAAGUAUUUUGCAGUUCAGUUGUGGUCUGUGUGCGAUUGGUACCCCCUUCUUAGUCUGACUUUGUAACUGUGAAAUCGGAGCAUUGGAUAUCAAGCCCAUUCACCUUGCAUCUUUUAGGCAUGGCUUUGUGUGCUAGCUGAAAAUCCUCACUAAUGGUAUCAUGGCUUAAGCAUGGCACUUGUUACUUAGUCUCUUUGAUCAGCAGCAGCACACUGUGUGAUACAGUUUGCCUUGUGUUUCGGAAAAAAUGCCCAUCUUAAUUAAAUCCAGGGCCACAUAGAGACAUGUUCACUGAGGUGCUCGAUUAAGCUACCUCCAAUAGGGAACGAAUGCGAUAAUGCUGUCAGGGCCUAGUGCUAAUAUGCUAUCCAGUUCCCCUCGAUUAUCACAUUACCACAGCUCGAAUCAAUUGAUAAACUCCCAUUCAAUAUGGUGGAGUAUUUAAUUGAGUCAGGGUCUAUUGGAUUUGAGGGCUGUGCAGUGCAGACGUGCUGACAGCAGUAAACACUAGCAGGAUGCUCUCUUUCUCUGUGCAAUCUUGGAGCACUUUUCUGUGGAGAGCAGCUGGAUGAAUUUCUAUCUGUGUAUGAUUUUCUAUCCACCUCUGUGGAUAGAAGGAUUUCAUAUACUGUUUUUUUAAGAUAUUGAAUCUUCCUGGAACACAAGUCAGCCAACUUGAGAUGACAAGAAUUUAUUAUUUUAAUUUCAACAGUUUGGGUAUUAUGAAUUUGAGAAUUAACAUUCCUCAUUUACUGCCACAAUUUAUUGAUAUAACUAUGGCUGUUUUCCCUCCCUAGGCACAGCUCCAACAUCAACCUGCACCGCAAACUGCUGACCAAAGAGCUGGACGACAUUGUCCUGGAUCCCCAACUCACGCCACUGCCCAGGGACCUGCGAGCCGAGAUACUUGCAAAGAUCUACGCUGGGCACCACAUGGGCAUGGACCCUUUGGCUGGUAUGGACAUCAGCGGUGCCAGCCUCGGGCCCACGGGCCUGAACCACAGUUUCCGUUCCCCAAUGCGCUUUGAGUAUCCCCAUCACCCUCUCCACCACAACCUAAGACACCACCACACCAACGGCUUCUCCCAGGGCCAGCCAGACGACUACACAGUGCUGGACCUGAGCACCACAUCCAGUGUUCAGUCCAGCAGCAGCGUCCACUCAUCACACGAGUCAGAUGAGGGCAGCGAUGAGGGCAUCCUACUAGAUGACCUGGAGGAGGAGGAAGGGGAGGAGGGUGAGGAGGAGGACAACAGUGAGGGGGAGGAGUGCUCCCAGCGAGCUGAGGGGCAGCCUGAAGGAGGACAUCGGGAUGCGAGAAGAGAACUAAGAGGAGAGGGACAAGGUGAGGGGAUGGAAACUUCCUCCUCGCCAUUCCUCCUCUCAUCCACAGGGGGCAGUAAUGGUGGCAGCAGCGGGAUCCUCUGCAACAUCUGCCACAAAAUGUACAGCAACAAAGGAACCCUGCGUGUGCACUACAAGACUGUGCACCUGCGUGAGAUGCACAAGUGUAAAAUUCCCGGUUGUAAUAUGGUCUUUAGCUCAGUGCGCAGCCGCAACCGUCACUCUCAGAACCCCAACCUCCAUAAAAACAUGCCCUUCUCCACAAUAAUAGACUGAAUAAUGACUUGCUACUCUACCCUGCUGUCAGUCCGCCUGCUCCUCCCUUCAUUCCUUAUCCUUAUUCCUCCUCAAAUUAGCUUUUAACCCCAGCCCAGGACCAUGAAAUACAAGCCUGUAUGCCUCCUGCCCAUUCUCUAUAAAUCAUUGCAAGACAUUUCUCUGUCCCUCUAUUAAAUUCAUUGACUCUAAAUACAGUUUAAUAUUGUGACCUUUGACUUUUCCUUCUUUGGAAGAACAGAAUGAUGCUCUAAAGCAUGGAGUUUGCUUUACUACAAAACUCCGGAUGAUUUUUUUUUUUCUUAAGCCCCUCCACUUUUACUUUCAAACGUCUCCUCAUUUUGUUUUACUGUCCGUCUCCAAAGAAAUCGAUUCAAACUCUUAUUUGUGACUUUGCCUGCAGAAAUGAUAGUACUGAGAAAAAAUAGAAAAUCUUCUUGUUGUAUUUGUGUAAUGAUAGCUUUUAAAUGAACCCCUUACAAAAAGCAUGACAGCUUCAUUUGUAAAUAAUGUCCCAAGAGGCUUUUGGUGUAAAAGAGUUGUGUUGAUGGUUGUUUGCUUCUUUUUUUCUCUCUUUAUGGUUUUAUGUUACAGUCCAGUACAAUACUUCCAGCUAUAGGCAAGACAGAGGUAGCAUCGUACUAGCUUGACUCAUUUAUGUUAGCUUCAAAGACACGUUUUAAACUGAGUCCUAGGAAAAAAAAAGAAUAUCAUGUGGCUUGUUUUAUCUACUUGUUAGAUAUUCAGAGGUUGCCGGCAUGCUUUUUUAGGCUCCUACACUGAUAUCAUUCUCUGUAUUUCUAUUGAUUUUUUCUGUUUAUGUUUAUGAGCUUUAGUAUACCAAUUCAGUUUUUGCACUUUGCAUCUAUACAAGGGGAUGUGUAAUAUUAUUAUAAUGAGGACUUUUGCAAUGGAUAGUUUAAGUGUUGUUUAGGGUCAUCAGUGGCUACAGUGCCGAGGGAAAUGUCAGUACCUUCAACAAUUGUGUGCCAGUUUCUUUCUGCACGCCAAACACAGUUUGACAUCAGAAGAAAAUCUCAACUCCCCGAACAAAAUCUCCAAACAUCACAUUAAUCAAAUGUCUCCAAAGUGUCCUGUUUCAUUACAAAAAAAUCAAGUAUAACUGAUCAGAAACUGCUGUUUCACAAACACAGAGGAGUUCAAUAUUCGUAUAUUCUUGUUUUCUUUUCGUUUAUGAAAUUAUUUGUGUAUUGUCGCCAACUAUGGUCACAAUUAUCACUUCAGAUGUACAGUGGGGUUUUCUGUGUACAGCAUGAAAUUACAGUGACGUUGUCAAACAAAGUUACCGAUGCAAGAACUCAUGCUUGUUCUCAAAAUAGACAUCUUGGUGAAAAAUUGCUUUCCCUCUGAUUUCAAAGAAAAAUAUGAAAAUAGUCCUUCAACUGUGACCAAAACAAGCGUGUUUUUCAGUGUGACCUUGUACACAUAGCUGCCCCUUUAGAUAAGUAUGAUGCACUUGAGUCUUAAGUAUCUUGCUGUGAUAUUUCAGUAUCGGUUUCCAUUGCUGAUUGCCGGCUUCAGAUGUACUCUAUAAAAAUGAGUUUUUCUUUGGCUGUUGUUUACAGCCAUUUUGUCCAAGACUGUCUCAUGGUACAAAUAUUUCCAGUAAUUGGGCAAAGUAGCCAAGGGAAGGGGUAUUUAUUGGUACGUGAUGUAUCUUCAUGGAGUUGUUUUUGUCCAGUAUAAGAAUAUUUUUUGUGAAAACAUAAAAAGUAGAGAUUUUUCCUUAGUUUGACUUCUUUGUCAAUGUAUUAGCAAUGCCAUGUGUUACUAUACAAAGAGAUCUUCUCUUACUUGACUGGUGCUACACACAGAGGGAAAAUAUGCAGUGUUAUGUGGUGUGCUGUACAGUAUUCACAACACCCUACAUCCAUAACAGUGUUCACUUCCAUUUGUUUCAUACGUAAGCCAUUUUGCAAUAUAGACAUGACCUAUUCUGGUGAAAUAUUUCAUGUCUUUUUUAAAUACUUCACCUCAAUGACACAUGCAGUUUUUUUGUCCUAUGUUCUCCGAGAUGAAAUGAGCGAGGCAGAGAAGUGAGGCUGAUGGAAAGGUUGCGGAGGUGGAAGGCUGACUAGGGAGGAAAGGAUGACAGCAAGGAUCAUUAAAAAUGUGCUGCUUCUCCGUUACCUGGAGGCGUCCCUGCCAUUCCAGCUUCUUCCGUCUAAUAACUCACUUGUCACUUCGUUACACUGCCAGACGCCAAGGUUGCUGACAAGACUGUGACACUGACAGAAAGAGAAAAAAGGAGGGAGGUUGUGCUCUACGAACAAUUCAAUUACGCUCAUUCAAUUUAGCUGAAUUUAAUUCGCCUAUUCAUUUUCUACGUGUGCUUUUUCUUAUUCACAGUCACUGAUAAUUCAAUUCAAUUCCUUUCUCCCACUCUGUUUCUCUCUUUGUCUGUCAGAGCGCAGUCAUUUAACAACCGCCUUACCCAUUUCUUCAACCCGCCACUCACUUACCACCUCCACACCCCACAGCGCAGGUCCUACAGGGACACACACUAAUAGUGUAUGCUUAAGUUCACUGGACGGCCAUGGCAUAGGAAAAAGGGAUGGGUAAUUGCCUGUUUAUCCCAAGUGAAGGGAAAAUUGAGUACAGGAACCCCAGCCUUCUCCCUGGAGUGGGUUUCACUGAGGCGCUUGCUGCCUCAUUCACUCAUUCAAUCCCCCCGGCCUCGCUCUGGCAGAAAUAAAAAAGUGCUACUCCAGGAACCCUGCUGACAGCUGUCUCUCUAACACACACACAUACACACACACACAAACGCAGACUCACAUGUGCUUCCUACUUACAGGCCAGAGGGAUGACAAGAUCUAGAUGACUUGUUAACCUCUAGUGAUGUGGGAGACAGGGGCAGAGACAAAUAGAGAGUAUUCUUACUACAGGAAAUGAAACUCUCCAUCUAGCAUUAACAUUAGAGCUGCUGCCAAAAUGUAGAAGUCUAACAUUCCAUUAUUGAGAGUGAUGUGAUAUAGCUCAAAGUAAGGCAAGCAAAGGCUCAAGCUCAUAUUAUUAUAUUUUUAAAAACCUGAUCCUUUAGCCACUAAUUAUUUUGGACACAUUUCUCAGUGUCCAAUUAAAAAGGAAAUUUUUGAAAUGAUUGAUUUACUCUCAGAAAAAAAGAGAGUUGUUCCUAACCGACAUAUCUUCAAAAUGCCCUAUAACCUUUAAAUCUGAGAAGAGACCAGUUUUCACAUUUCUUCAGUCUUCGUCUUUGCUCACUUUUUAUCAAGCAGCAGCUGCAGCGCAUGACCUCUAUCUGUUUGCUGUGUGUGCAAGACAAAAAAAAACAAAAAACUGAAUAUUACAGAAGAGAUUCCCUUAUAACACCCCUAUCCUACCUCCUACGGGCUGUUUCUGAGUCCUGCAUGGUGCUGGUCAUGCCAGCAGAGCUCAAAGCUGGAAACAGAGCUGAGAAAAACAUGCAAACUCCUGUCCGGCAUAGCCAGGGAGACAGACGGCAAGAAAGAAGGGAGAGACAGUGGAAAGGGAUUGGGUUUUUCAAAUAGUGGUCUAGCUGGAGCCUUGCGGCAGUCACUUAACAAGGCAGGGGCGAAAGAGAGGAACGCAGGGAGAAGAGAGAGCAAGAGAGCAGCAGCAGCAGGACCGGGACUCCCCAGGACUCAUCGCCAGCUUCUUCUUGAUUGCCUGCUGGAGUGCGAUCAAGCCGCCCCUCACAUUUCCACCCCUCUCUCCUACACUCUCCUCUCCUGAGAAAUGACCACCAAUUUGGCCCUCUCCUCUGAGAAAGCCCCCAAUCCAAUCUUUGACUUUUUUUUUACUUCUUCGACCACAUGGGCCCAGGUGCAUUCUGCUACCUAGUGACCAGGCUACGGAUGAACAGGAACACGUCACUUAGAGUGCCUCAUUGGCCCAGACCACUGGAGUGAAUCUUUAAUAUUUGAUAAGAGGAGCGUCAGGCAUCAAUUGUUCUGUAAUUCUACAUAGCACACAGAGGGGACAGAAAACAGUUGAGGCGGUUGACCUGUUAAUCACUGUCCAUUUUGUUCACGUCACAGAGUGAGUUAGUACAGUACAUGGCAGCAGAGAGGAUGGGCGGUACAAAUGCAUGCAAACAGUCCAGUUAAUGUAGCUAAUGGAACAAAGUGGGAUUAAAACCUUUGAUGGGAAAUUACAAGAAAUAUGCAGAAAGAAGAAAAACACACACACACACAGUAUAUGGGUUUGUAUAGAUGCUUCAGUCUCAUGUGUUAUGUUCUUAGAAAAACACCAUCAUUAAUUUGAACUGGAACCUGUGAAAUGUCAAUGAUCCUGAAAAAAAAAUACUGUAAAUUCAUAGAACGUUUUCCAUUGUGCCAAUUAUAUUUUACAGUCUUAAAGUAUAAAUAAGCUUGAAGAUUUGGUGAAUUUAGAGUUUUGUUUUCAGUUGUGUUUUUGUGUACCAAAUGCCAUUUCGUCUAUGUCUCAAAGAGCCCGUGUUCUCGCACUGGCACUCUACAGCGUUGCAUGGCUACAAAGUCGCACUGCAAAGAACAACACUUAAGUGUCAAAAUGGUGAUUUGGAAGCCUCAUGAAUACUGUAUGUUACCUGAACAGGUGUUUCCCAUUUGCAGACAGGAGGAAAAAAAAGGUCCUCUUUUAAAAGACUCUUCUUUUUUUCUUUCGUUUUUUUUUUUUUUUUUUUUUUUGCCUUUCUUGUAUUUGUUUCUGUAUCAUACUGUCUAUGGUUUUUGCAUAAAAUGCAUAAGGGUUUUGGGAUGUAAAUGGAAUUUUAUUCAUAUUUUGUCCAAAUACCUCUUGUAAUUUGUAUCAGAAUUCUUGUACAAUUUUUAUAUUAAAGAUUUAUCAGUCACUGGCA